AGAGCGCAAUUGGGAUCAUGGUGGCGUUUCACAAAUCCUCGGACCAACCAGAACGGAAGAAACGGCCACAGGACAGGCAGUCGAAAAAUUCACACCCAGAAAAGUGAAAACGACAAGAGGACUCAGCUUGAAGUGGGCUUUUCUGUGGAUGCUAUCCGUACCUGGAUGCAGAUCAAGUUUACGGAAUAAUGCAUGCCAUUAAAAUGAGCCAAGCCUAAACAGCUUUGCCCAGCGUUCUGCUUAGAUGAGGCUCUCCUAAAAUGGAUAGGAGCAAAGGAAAAAGCUACUGAAGUCGUACACAUACGCACUCGUUCUAAAAUGUCGCACCUGUCUAUAUUAAGUCGUGGCACUGGGCAGGUGGUCCGAAAGAAGGAGGAGAAGCUGGAGGUGUAUUUUAAUCCAGAGGUGAGUCCUUGUCCCCAGGUUGCAAUGUAGACACUUAGCUGCUAAUGCUGAAAUCGCGGCGCAGUUAUUUUCUAUCUGUCCUCCUUAACCAGUGUUAAAAGAGAUGUUUUGCCUAUGAAUCCUCCCCCACAUGUACACAAUUUGUUGCAGCUAAGAUAAAAAGGUAAAGGGGCCCCUGACCAUUAGGUCCAGUCUUGACCGAUUCUAGGGUUGCCGGUGCUCAUCUCGCUUUAUUGGCCGAGGGAGCCGGCGUACAGCUAAGCCGCUUCUGGCGAACCAGAGCAGCGCACGGAAACGCUGUUUACCUUCCCGCCGGAGCGGUACCUAUUUAUCUACUUGCACUUUGACGUGCUUUCGGACUGCUAGGUUGGCAGGAGCAGGGACCGAGCAAUGGGAGCUCACCCCGUCGCAGGGAUUUGAACCACCAACCUUCUGAUCGGCAAGUCCUAGGCUCUGUGGUUUAACCCACAGCGCCACCCGCGUCCAUAUAUAUAUAUAUGCAGAUGCAAAUGUAAAGAUAAUUGUUGUUGUUGUUUAGUCAUUUAGUCGUGUCCGACCCUUCGUGACCCCCUGGACCAGAGCACGCCAGGCACUCCUGUCUUCCACUGCCUCCCGCAGUUUGGUCAAACUCAUGCUGGUAGCUUCGAGAACGCUAUCCAACCAUCUCAUCCUCUGUCGUCCCCUUCUCCUUGCGCCCUCCAUCUUUCCCAACAAGAGGGUAUUUUCCAGGGAGUCUUCUCUUCUCAUGAGGUGGCCAAAGUAUUGGAGCCUCAGCUUCAGGAUCUGUCCUUCCAGUGAGGGUAAAGAUAAUUACUCGACUUCAAAUAGAAAUACAAUACAUCUCGCCGCUGUGGCCGCUUAGCUUGCUGUCUGGGUGCUAACUGUUGGUGGGCUACUUCAAGGCCCCUUUUUAUCUUUUAAUUGGACUUGGACCAGGCAGCUCUUCAGAGAGAGACUGCCCUCUUUGUUAAGGUCGCAAGCCUACUUUAGUGGCAACUCAUCACAUGGUUCCGCCCCAAGACUUUCUCUACAGUCCAUGUCGGUUGACGCUGGAGGAUUACAGUAGUCCCCUGUCGAGGCUGAAAUACAGUAUAACCCGUGUUUCUGAGGCCUUGAUCUCAUGACCGCUUCAUCAUGCGGAAGCCACAGGGAAGGCCUCGCCUGCGCUGACUUCCAGCUGCUCCCAGAGGAUGCUGAGCCCAUCACGUGAAUCCACUUCCAAUGAUAAAUUCAGUGUGUGUGUGUGUGUGUGUGUGUGUGUGUGUGUGUGACAGAGCAGCUUAAUUGCUAGAAGUCAGAACCUUCCCAAUUCCUUCAUGUAGUUAAUUGCUUGUAAGGCUAGCUGCCAGUCACAUGUGGCAUUCAUGCGAGUACCUGAAUAGAUUUAUGGUAUGAAUGUUUUCUUUUCAAAUACUCCUCAAAUACAUUGCACCUUAUUCAGAUAGUUUGCAUGGUGAACCAUCUCAGUCUAAAAAUAUUCAGAAACACAACAGAGAUCAAUUCCCUUUAAUCAUGCACAGUUUUUUUAUUAUCAUUAUCAGGCAGCAGCUGCCGACAUUGUGACACAGGGUCCUGUAAUAAGAUUAUUGGAGAAACCCUUUUUCUAGGGGGGAAGCUGUAAGAAUACAAAGACCAGGGAAACCAUUUUGUGUUGUGGAAUCGUUUCGCAGAGCUGAUGUGGAAUACCUUUUCUUUUUGCACUCAAGUCUCUGUGUGCAAAAUUCGAUGGAUACGGUUGUGACAAAUGUUGCAGGUCCUUUUUUCUGAAGUAUGUUCUGGAGGCUUCUGUGAUUUGUGUGCUGUGUUCAUGCUUCACAUGAGAUCAGUCAUGCUGCCCUGUAAAGCCCCCAUAACAUAAUAAGGAGGGUUGGGAAAGGUACCGGUAUUUUAUGGUGUUUCGUAACGGGGGGGAAAGGUUGCUGCUGUUCCCUCCUCAUCUCACAUACAGUGGUACCUCAGGUUAAGUACUUAAUUCGUUCUGGAGGUCCGUUCUUAACCUGGAACUGUUCUUAACCUGAAGCACCACUUUAGCUAAUGGGGCCUCCUGCUGCUGCUGCUGCGCUGCCAGAGCACGAUUUCUGUUCUCAUCCUGAAGCAAAGUUCUUAACCUGAAGCACUAUUUCUGGGUUAGCGGAGUCUGUAACCUGAAGCGUAUGUAACCUGAAGUGUAUGUAACCCGAGGUACCACUGUACAGUCGUACCUUGGAUCCUGGACACCCUGGACACUCGGACAUUUUGGCUCCCGAAUGCCUCAAACCCGGAAACGAUUGUUCCAGUUUGCGAACGUUAUUUCGGAACCCAAACAUCCAACAGGGCUUCUGCGGCUUCUGAUUGGCUGCAAUCAGAAGCUGUGAUUUGGUUUUCGAACAUUUUAGAAGUUAAAUGGACUUCCGGAAUGGACUCCGUUUGACUUCCAAGGUAUGACUGUAUUUAGAAGCAAGAUGACAUGCUCUGAGCUGUAGAAAGUUUAAAAGAAGUCCAGCUCAAGGAGCACAUUAUACACUCUCUCCACACGGUCACCCACAUAAUUCCACAACAGCUACUGUAUUAAUGAAACAGAAUUGGUUUAGUUUGAGAAGAACCAGAAAAUACAUAACACAAAGGGGCCUCAGUGGCUGUUGUAAGAGGGUAAGCACAUCAGACAGAAGGACAUUAUUUCUCAAGCUACAGGAUACCAGUGGAUUGUGGCUAAUGCCAUGUGUAAAGGGACCCCUGACUGUUAGGUCCAGUCACGAACGACUCUGGGGUUGCGGCACUCACCUCGUUUUAUUGGCCGAGGGAGCCGGCGUACAGCUUCCGGGUCAUGUGGCCAGCAUGACUAACCCGCUUCUGGCAAACCAGAGCAGUGCACGGAAACACCAUUUACCUUCCCGCUAGAGUGGUACCUAUUUAUCUACUUACACCUUGACGUGCUUUCGAACUGCUAGGUUGGCAGGAGCUGGGACCGAGCAACGGGAGCUCACCCCAUCAUGGGGAUUCGAACCGCCGACCUUCUGAUCGGCAAGCCCUAGGCUCUGUGGUUUAGACCACAGCACCACCAGCGUCCUUAAUGCCCUGUUUACUAGGCUUCAAAAAGUAGCAGGGGGCACUGUAGUGGAUGAGAAGUGAGCGGUGAGAGGUGAGCAUGCCAGCUGCAUGUGCAGAAGUAGGAAACCUCGUUGAGUUUCCCUUCUUAAUGCCCAUGUUUAUAUUUUAACGUUUUGAUGGGAUUAUUCUAUUGUGUACGGGCAACCACAAUUUUAGGCGCAAUCAAUAUGUGCAUAAUUGUGCACAUGUAUGCAGCGCUGAACCCGGAAAUGUCAUAAAAGACGUUGCUAAAAGGGCAGGUGUCGGGCAGAAGGGGGUGUUUCAAUUGCGUGUGAUAGUGCGCAAUGACCCGGAACGCAACCUCCACACAGAUCAGGGGUUGCCUUUAUUUUAAUUAUGGGUGCUUACGUUUAAAUGUUUGUCUUUCUCUGCUUCUGAGAUCUUUGCGUGUCGAGGUCCCCCGGCCACCCCAAUAACUCACACAUCACACAUCAAUUUUUGUUUAAGGUUUUUGGCAUGAUUUUGGCCACAACCUUAUUUGAAUACACACAUGUGAGUGGUUGCUUAGGCAUUGGUUACGACUAUCUGUCCUUGCCCAGGGGACAGAACUGACUUCUGGAUUCCAGAGGAAGCCAGUCAGGGAAACAAAUAUUGGGGAGAAAUGAAGCUGGGCAUCAGUCCCUCACUUCUCACCCUCAUGCUGCUGGGGGCUUGCACAGCGCAAGUCCGAUGCCAGGGACAAGGACGAAAAGGAUGGCAAGCCCCUGGAUUCCUUUAACAGAAUUCCCUCUCAGCACCACCAUUGGAGGGGUAGGCAUUUACCCCUCCACCAACCAAUGUGAACCAAUGCCUAACCGCCAACCUUACAAGUUGUGACGAUUUGCUACGCAGUAGGCAAAAACCAAAUGGCACCAGCCAAUCAGCCAAAUGGACAAAAUUCCUACCUGGCCCCUGCCUCAAAGCAGACGACCCCAUGACAGGCAUAGCAAGGUCAAAGCAAACGAAUCCCCCCAAUUCAGGGAGGGUGGGCGGGUGAUCCGCUGCAAGCAGCCAAGAGGACGCCCAAGGUUGGGCGUCCAGUAUUUAAACCUCUGACCCCUCCUCCAAAUUGGCAACAAGGAAAUCAACCCAGAGACCCGAUUUUCCCAAUCCCUGCCUGGGUCUCAAACUUCCACCCAGCAACAGUGGGGUGGCCUGUAGGCCCCCACCGCAACACGUGCUCUCUGUUAGGGAGAACACACUUUAUGCUUUGUAAAAGCGCUUAGAGGCCUGUUUUGCCAUUAAGCGAUAUAUAAAUUAAUAAUGCAUUUAUUUAUUUUUUACAUGUUAGGAUUAUUUGAACUGGCAGUCCCUUGAAACCGAUUUCCACGACUAUCAUGACCUGGAGGGAGACUGCGGACUGUGUCUUCCUAAAACCUACAGCACGAGAACAGGCGCGUUACUUCUCUAUUCAGAAGAUCUAGCCAAACCAUCAAGGAAGCUGAAAGGAAUAAGGAAGACGCAGCGAAGACUUAGAAGCAAAAGCCAGAGAAUACACAUAGAGCUUCACACCCUCCAAGAUCUGGUGCGAGCCAUCUUGGCAUAUGGACGCAAAAAGGUAAGAGAGCACAGCCCAAUUGUAUUCAGGAAUUAGUAGGUUAUUUCUAAUUAUACAUUUAAAAAAAGAGGGGGGGAAUGCACAUCUAAUAGAUCACAUAUGUGGGCAUUUCAAUAUCGUCUAUGCCCAUAUAUAUAUAUAUAUAUAUGUAUAUAUAUAUAUAUAUGUUGUUGUUAUUAUAGUUUAGUCGUGUCCGACUCUUCGUGACCCCAUGGACCAGAGCACGCCAGGCCCUCCUGUCUUCCACUGCCUCCCGCAGUUUGGUCAAGCUCAUGCUGGUAGCUUCGAGAACACUGUCCAACCAUCUCGUCCUCUGUCGUCCCCUUCUCCUUGUGCCCUCCAUCAUUCCCAACAUCAGGGUCAUUUCCAGCGAGUCUUCUCUUCUCAUGAGGUGGUCAAAGUAUUGGAGCCUCAGCUUCAGGAUCUGUCCUUCCAGUGAGCACUCAGGGCUGAUUUCCUUCAGAAUGGAUAGGUUUGAUCUUCUUGCAGUCCAUGGGACUCUCAAGAGUCUCCUCCAGCACCAGAAUUCAAAAGCAUCAAUUCUUCGGUGAUCAGCCUUCUUUAUGGUCCAGCUCUCACUCCCAUACAUCACUUCUGGGAAAACCAUUGCUUGAACUAUACGGACCUUUGUUGGCAAGGUGAUGUCUCUGCUUUUUAAGAUGCUGUCUAGGUUUGUCAUUGUUUUUCUCCCAAGAAGCAGGCAUCUUUUAAUUUCGUGGCUGCUGUCACCAUCUGCAGUGAUCAUGGAACCCAAGAAAGUAAAAUCUCUCACUGCCUCCAUUUCUUCCCCUUCUAUUUGCCAGGAGGUGGUAUCCUAGCCAUUUUACUGCCAUUCUUUUGCCCAAACCAUCCUGGGAAUUGUAAUUUGGUAAGGUGCUUUGAGAUGUCCUCAGUUCCCAUGCAAAGUGCAACAAUUCUGAGAAGAGAGCAUUAAACCAACUCAAGCCUGUAACGUGGAUUUACUCACACAAAUAAAUUUCCUUCAACACGACUUCUAAAUGAGAAUUCAAACCAUUGAGGAAUAUUACUCUGUGCACUUAAGGAAGCUGAUAUUAGAAGUAUCUGGCCUAUGGAUAGAUUAAACUAGCCAUAAUCAGUGCUUUUUUUCUUUAAAAAAAUGUUUAGGGGUACUCUCAUUUUCCUACUCAUAUUGAAAUACUGCCCCUCAAUGAGGCCAAACAUAGAUUCACAAAAUGUUUAGGGGUAUUGUUGUAAACAAAAAUUGCCCUUUUCCCUUAUGGGGUAUCCAAGAGCCCAUAUAGAGGUCCUUACAUAGGUUCCCUAUUGGUAGGAGAGAAUAACAGAGGCCAACCAGAGAAUAUUGAGAAGCAAAGCAGCUAGUAAGCUUGAUCUUUAUUGAUCUGUUGCAACAGGGUGCUCCCCUCACACGCAGGAAAGGAGGAGGACCCAGAAAAAUGGCAUGAAAGGCCUUAUAAAGACUUUUGAAAUUUCCAUCCUGCAGAUCAGGACCACCCCCAGAAACAUCAUACAUACAUCACAGAAGGGGUGUAACCUAAGACCACCCCUCAGAUACAUCACACCUACAUCAUAGAAAAGGCGGUCUUAAAACAGAAAUUUGAAUGUUGUUUUUCUCCUCUCAUUGUUUAUCUCCUGUCUGGCAGGUUCCUUGAUUGUAUUUCCUGGGUAGCCUGGCCAGUCUUUUGUAAUGAUAAAUACUUAGUUCCUGGGCCAGGUCACAGGUGCACACCCUAUUCAAACAGAGACAUACCCUUAAGACAGGAUUUGUGAAGGAAAAGGCAAUGGGGAGGCUUUUCCACUUGGACCUUGCAGAGAAAACAUUUGCUCAGUUUAGGAAUCAAAAUGGUUCCAGGUUGGCCUUCCUGUGCUGAUCUAUGUACGUGCGGUUAUGAACAUUGCCAUAUAUCUAAGUCCAUAAAAUUCCUAUCACAGUAUGGAUACCCCCAGGAAAAAAGCACUGGCCAUUAUGGUGUACAUCCAACAGAAUUCCCUCUUUCACAAAGCUGGGAAGGGAAUCCUUUACUAAAUACUGUCUGACCCAAUAAGGACUCCAUGCCUGAAGAACGAAGACAAAAGACACCCCUGGAAUCACUGCCUGUGGUACGAGCCGUAUCAGUGUAGCCAAGCACGACAUCCAUCAAAGAUUAAAGGAGAGAAAGGGUACUGCUGUGACCAAACACAUGGAAUCGUGUGCCGACUGCCACGAACAAUUAGAAUCCAGCAGGGAUGUUCGCAGGCUUUUGCAAAUCACGCUGCUGUCGGAGAUGGCAGGGAAGGAAGGUGGAGUUAACCCAGUGCCAUAUUUACGUAUAAGCUAAACAAGCUAUUGCUUAGGGCCCCCUCUCUUGGGGGCCCCAGGAAAAUUUAAAGGAAAAAACAACUGGAUGUACAUUUCCAAAAUACAAGAUAAAAAGCAAAUAAAAUAAAACCUACAUACAGCAACAGUGUUUUGUGUUGUGUAGGCUCCUAUUUGUUACGUGCAAAUGGACCUAUUAGGUCCAUAAAUUACCAUAUAGCAUAUAUUGAACCCAAAAAACAGCGACAAUUAGUUGUUGACAAAGGACAGCUGGACAUAUAAAGGGCCCCAUUACCUUCAGUAGCUCAAAGUAAAGGUAAAGGGACGCCUGACCAUUAGGUCCAGUCGUGACCAACUCUGGGGUUGCGGCGCUCCUCGCUUUAUUGGCCGAGGGAGCCAGCUUCCGGGUCACGUGGCCAGCAUGACUAAGCCGCUUCUGGCGAACCAGAGCAGCACACGGAAACGCCGUUUACCUUCCCGCCGGAGCGGUACCUAUUUAUCUACUUGCACUUUGAUGUGCUUUCGAACUGCUAGGUUGGCAGGAGCAGGGACCGAGCAACGGGAACUCACCCCGUCGCGGAGAUUCGAACCGCUGACCUUCUGAUCGGCAAGUCCUAGGCUCUGUGGUUUAAGCCACAGCGCCACCCGCGUCCCUUCAGUAGCUUAGGGCCUCAUCAAACCUAAAUCCAACCUUGAGUUAACCCAUUGCUCCAUCUGAUCAGGCAUAUCGACGUUUUUUUAAUUGGGAGAGCAGCAGAGUCCUAAAAGGUCUUUUUGGAAAGUCCACCCUUCCUUCAAACCACAAUUCAUCCUGCCCCCAUUUAACUGUUUCUGGUAUAACCUCCACUGCCUUGUGGGAUAUCUUUGGGAGAAGGAAAAGCUAAGGCGUAAACCCUACACAAAUCCAGUGUGGAAUUUCUUGGGUGGUGCCUUGUACGCCUCCUACUGGCAACUCCUGCAGCCAAGCUGGUGCCAAACGUAUUGCUCUGCUUUCCUUUGGACCACAUCGGCAAGGCCAGGAGCGGGGUCUUGCCAUCUGGGCAGCCCAGGACCUCCAUAAACGCUGCCCAGACCUGUGCCCCAGGGAGCACAAGUGGGGAGAACAUUGUUGUGCUCAAGUCCUCCUCUUUGUGGAGUUCCCAUAGACAUCUGGUUGGCCAUUGUGAAAACAAAAUGCUGGACUGGGUGGGUCUUUGGUCUGUUUCCUCAUGUUCUUUUGUUCUACUUUUAAUCGCCAUUGCUGGGGUAAUCAGUUGUUGUUGCUGUUUAAUCGUUGAGUCGUGUCCGACUCUUCAUGACCCCAUGGACCAGAGCACGCCAGGCACUCCUGUCUUCCACUGCCUCCCGCAGUUUGGUCAAACUCAUGCUGGUAGCCAGGGAGUCUUCUCUUCUCAUGAGGUGGCCAAAGUAUUGGAGCCUUAGGUUCAGUAUCUGUCCUUCCAGUGAGCACUCAGGGCUGAUUUCCUUCAGAAUGGAGAGGUUUGAUCUUCUUGCAGUCCAUGGGACUCUCAAAAGUCUCCUCCAGCACCAUAAUUCAAAAGCAUCAAUUCUUCGGUGAUCAGCCUUCUUUAUGGUCCAGUUCUCACUUCCAUACAAUAUACAGGCAUAUCUCGGAAGCUGAACAGAAUCCGUUCCGGAAGUCUGUUUGACUUCCAAAGCGCGGCUUCUGAUUGGCUUUCCCCGUCGGACGUUCAGCUUCCGAAAGAAUGUUCGAAAACUGGAACACUCACUUCCGGUUUUCGAUCGUCCAGGGGCCGAAACGUUCGACUCCCAAGGUGUUCCAGAUCCAAGGUACGACUGUAUAGUGAAACUAGAAAUAUCUACCCAAAUCCCCUCGAGCAGAAGUGUUUAAAUUGGAACCUGGGAACAGGGUGAAUAUAUGGAGUAACUAGCUGCAGUACCAAAGAAAACGGACAAGUCUCAGCAUGCCUGCAAUUACUCAAAGCACUUCAAUAGUUUUCAUAACAAGGCACCAGCACAUGCUAAUAUAAUGCAACACAAUGGCAUUUGACUCAGUUAGAAACCAAGACCAAUUUAAGCUUUAUCAAUUCCCCUAAAUUUCAAGUUUGCUUUGGCUGAAAAGUGGGAGGACAGCUACAAAACGGUAAAGAGGACAAACAAAAGUUCUUUGCCAUUAAUGAGGCAUAUGAAUUGCUGUUUUCAUAUAACACCGUUCACCUUUCCAGCUGCGUUUUAAAGCUAUUUAUUUCUCUUCCUCUCCCGUUUGUAUUCCACCAUAUCCUUACCUUCAGAAGGCUGACAUAUUUCAGAAGACUGAAGUGUUUUUAAUCAAACGGAGCAGAAAUACAAAAAUAGAGCAAGUUUAAAACCAGCGGCUGUUCUCUCAAACAACAUGCGCUGCUUUGAGCUCCUUGAGACACAAAAUGUGGCAAAUAAAUCAAUAAAAUAAAUGUUUGCUCCAGCCGUUGCUUUUUAAUGCAAUUAUUUCCAAACUUUUAAGAUAUUUAUCAUGUUGCAAGUAGAUGUUUAUGCACCAAGAGAAGGCAGCCAUUUCUUCUUCUUUAGGAAUUUUCCUUGUUCAUUCUCAUUUUAAAAUUUAUUUCGUACAUAAAUAUACCACUUGAUGACUAACACACAAUAUGCAGCGCUCACCCCCAUUAAUGUGAACACUUCACACCCAGUUUCUGCCUCAUAAUUACUCCUGGUUCCCCUAUUAUACAACAUAAAUCAUGCCAUGUGACCCCCGAGCCAAGGAUAUAAGUAACUGUACAACCUUUAGAAGACAUCUGAGGGCAGCCCUGUAUAGUUUUGUUAUGUUUUGUAUGUGUUGGAAGCUGCCCAGAGUGGCUGGGAUGACCCAGUAUAAAUAGAAAUUAUUAUUAUUAGUAGUAGUAGUAGUAGUAGUAUUGAAUAGUAUGUCCCUAUUGUUAAGUUGUGGGCGAACAUAUCAGACGACACAGCGAUUCUUCCAAAGCAGCUCUUUAUUUGUAAGCUGGAACAGAACUGAGCUGAGGAGCUCAGUCAGCCUGCUUAUAUAGAGCUCCAGAACAAUCGCAACUGUUGCAACUUUCUAAAACUAUCCAAUCACUGAACGCCACUUUCGAUCCUUCAUUUGCAUAACUAUCUACAGUAUCCCCCUGCUGGCCCAGGGUGAAAACUUCAGUACAUAACACCUAUUUUAAUCAACUAUCCCUCAUCCCAUUCUUUUCUUACACCUCUCACACAUCUGUCAACACACACAAAUGCCCCUUCUGUUCCUCCUUCCGCUUUGCUGAAGGGGCGCUGCACAGCUCUCCCUUUCUUAGCCCCUUAGCCUCUUCCGGGCAGGGGGAGCCUUCAUCCCGCUGCCCUGAAAAGGCUUCGCACGGCUAUCCCAGAAGCCAGAACAGCCAGAGGCUAUCCUAGAAGCCAGAUCCCUCUUGCUGUUCUGGCUUCUGGGAUUCAGAAUAUUUUUUUUUUCUUGUUUUCCUCCUCCAAAAACUAGGUGCGCCUUGUGGUCUGGUGCGUCUUAUAGAGCGAAAAAUACGGUAAUCGAUGGGAGAGAACAACACACUAGUGUGGGUGGGAAACAUUGAUGUGCAGUUCAGUCGAAAGCGCUCCUGUGCACAAGGAAAAAUAGGGUCUGUGUGACCCACAUGCACUUUUACAGCCUUACUGUUUUCAAUCUUAGUUUGAAACUCAGCCUGGAAUGGCAAUAUUUAAAAAAAAAAAAAUGAAGCAAAAUGAUUCACGCAAUUCUUUGAUCCAGCAUCUGGUUUAAGUUAAAAUUCAGUUUUAUUUAAUAUAAACUUGUUUACUGCCCAAAAUUGUAAAUGUUAGUCAUCAAGUUCCAAACAGAAAAUAAGAAGUCUUAGAAGUCCAUUGUAAAAAUUUGUUGUCUCAUCGUUACUCAUGAGUGAGUCCGAGCGAAGAUAGAUGUAACAUUUUAUUUUAUUUUAUUCCAAAAAUAUUUUAUUGCUUUUCCAAAUUUUUAAUGAAACAAAUAACAAUACAAAUAUAAAACAUACAUAAUAUAAAACAUACAUAAUAAGAAAAACAGAAAACAAAAACACAAUACUAAAAAGAAAAAACAUAAAAACAGUUAUUACUUUCAGUGCCUAAUUUAACUUUCAUUGUUAAAUUACUUCCUCGAAUCCCCCCAUCUGAAUUUCAUUGUAUCUCCUUGUAGCAGUUCUCCAAAAUCUUAAUUCUAAUAAAAUUAAAUCCAUUUAAUUACUAUCUUCUUCUUUUAUUAAUUCUAAUCCCUAUUGUUUAAAACCCGUUGUUAUUGUAAUCCUCCGCCUGUUUGUUACUUCAAAGUAACUUCCAUUAUCUUAUAUUACAAUAUUUAGCCAAAUAUUCUUUAAAUUUCUUCCAAUCUUCUUGAGUCUCCUCCUCCUUCUGAUUGUGGAUUCUUCCAGUGAGGUCGGCCAGCUCCAAAAAGUCCAACAUCUUCAUCUGCCAUUCUUCUAUUGCUGGUAUUUUUUGGGAUUUCCAGUUUUUCGCUAUUAGCAGUCUUGCCACUGUAGUGGCAUACAAAAACAAUCUAACAUCCCAUAGAUGUAACAUUUUAAACGUAUUCAUAGAAGUCCUUCACCACAGCGGAAUGGUUCUCAAACCUUACCUUCCCAGCUUCUGUCCCAGCUUCUGCCAACCUAGCAAUUUGAAAGCAUACCAGCACGAGUAGAUAAAUAGGUACCGCUCUGGCAGGAAGGUAAACGGCGUUUCCAUGCACUUUGGCUUCCGUCACGGUGUUCCGUUGUGCCAGAAGCGGUUUAGUCCUGCUGGCCACAUGACCCAGAAAGCUGUCUGUGGACAAACGCCGGCUCCCUUGGCCUGAAAAGCGAGAUGAGCACCACACCCCAUAGUCACCUUUGACUGCACUUAACCCUCCAGGGGUCCUUUUACCUUUUUUACCUUUACUUACUUUUAAGAAAAACGUAAAGUGGCAUAUAAAUGUUCAUAUGUGUGUAUGUUCAAUUCAUUCAUUGUCUUAUUUUUUUAAAAAAUACAAGCACUUAAUAACAGUUGGGCUUUGGGAGACAAGUGUGUUGGUGAUUGGUGUGCCAGCCAAUAGGCUCCCUGUAGAGGUGGCUUUUUCCCGUUCAGACUUAAGUAUUUAUUUAUUUUAUUUAUUUCAUUGAAAUAUAUAUAUACACCGCCCUAUACCUGGAGGUCUCAGUACACUGAAAACAUUCAGAACUGGGGGUGGGGGGUGGACAGAAAAUAUAUAUACUACGUUUGUGCUGAAUAAUGUAAAAUUGCUUUCUAAUUCUUUAUUGUCAUCGUGUAAAAUAAUCUGGGGAUUUUUCUUAAUAAUUUGGGGGUCUCGCUUAUCUGUCUGCAUUGCUUCCCUCUUCAGCUCUCAUAGCUAGAGAUGCCUUCAAAGAUAUUUGGGGGGGAAGUAAUUUAUUAACAGCAGUCAAUUGCCAAUGUUACCCAGCUGCAAUUUUUAAGCUUUUUAACAUCUUGUCAUCUAUAUUAUGGUUAUGCAAGGAUAAGAACAGAGUCACUUGGCAGCCGUACCUUCACUUCCUAACUGAACCAGACAUCCGGACUGACAGACAGAUGAGACCAGGCUAUUCACCAAAGAGGUACCUCCUCAAACUCUCUCAGACCUGGGACCCGCACAUUUUACGAAAGCUUCAGUGUGCAGGUCAGUAUGAUUUGAAAACAAGCCAAGAAUCUAAGAGAGGUAUUCUUAUAUGCAACCUCAGGGGUUUGUAUACUUGUGGCCAAGGGAUGGAAAGAUCAUGAGGCUCCCCAAAUAACAGAUUGGCAAAUCGAAUUGCAGGAAUUGGUGGAGACGGCUCAAUUGACUAGUAAACUCAGAGGAAACUCAAAGCAAAAAUUUGUGGGAAAAUGGGAUGGUUAUAGAAGAUAUGUUCAAAAAUACAGUAAUAGUUUUGACUCUGUGCUAGCAUGUGAGUGAUAAAGGAACUAAAAGGAGGUGGACAGCAAUUAAGGAUUUAUUAUGUUUUCAGAAUGUAUUGGAAAAUUUAUAUAGAAAGGUUUAUUGUUGUGUGUACAUUCGAUUGUAAGAUAAAAUAUAUGCAAAGGGACUUGACAGGAAGUCAAAGUUGAAGAAAAGAUUUUGUAAGAUAAAAGGGGACAAAUAUUUACUUUCAUUAUUAUCAUUUUACGUGUGGGUGUGGGUGUGUGGGUGUCUGCACAUAUGUGUGUUUUUGUAUGGAAUGUUUGGGAGGAAAUAAGACGGUAAAUAACAAAUAACAAACUAAAGAUUGAUGUACGUAAUUUUUAUUUCUUAAUUAUAUUUAGUGGUAGUAUGGUUGUAUUGUUUUUUGUAACAUAAAAUCAUUCAAUAAAAAUUAUUCAGAAAAAAGAAAAAAACCAAGCCAAGAAUAAUGCAGAGAACAUUUGGGACCACAUGGAAACAAAAUCGUGAAAAAUUACUUGAGAAAUUGUUGGAAAGUUCUUAUGCAGGAGCAAAGGAAGGGGAGGUGGCGGGGGCGGGUCGCCCCAGGUGUCACCACUGGGGAGGAUGACAAAAUGGCGGAUGGCACUCACCGUGGGGCCUGCAGCGUGCCCAAGCCACACAUCUCUCCUGGGAGUGACGUGGUGGCUUGGGCACCCGCCACCUCCAUGCUGCCCCAAACGGUCCGCCUGCCACCUCCACCUCAGUUGUAGGGCGGCUGAGUGGGAGGAGGCGGGCAGAGUCCUCGAAGGCCCCGGGGAGCGGCUUGCCCCAUCUGGCACCGCCCUGUGGGCAGCUGGCCCUGCCCCUGGGCACAGGGCACACACGCCGCCCCAGGUGCCUGAUCGACUUGCUCCGCCGCUGUAAGGAUGGAAACAGGGGGGAAAACAAUUGUAGGAAACAUGUUUUCCUACUAAAUAAUGAUCUUCAAGAAGACAAAUAAAAACAAGACGACAACAAGAAUCCGCCGACAGCAUACAAAUCAAUCUGGCUAAUCUUUUUUUUUGUUUUUUUAUUCAAAAUUAAAACAAAACAUAUUAUCCAAAAACAUAUCAUUUUUAUCCCCCCCCCCCAUUUUUCCUCCCUCCCCCCCCCCACCCUCCCAUACACACACCCCCCCUGGCUUCCCUCAGUUCCAGUCUUUGGUUUCUCUGAGAAUACUGUUUUCUGCAUGUUACAAAGUUGUAUAGAUCCUCAAACUAUUUAGCUGAUUAUUAUCAAUAAAAGGUUUGUGAAUGUUUCUUCAAAGCCAGCCAAGGAGUCCAGUUCGCUUUGUUGCGUCUUCAAUUACUUUGUAAAGGGUUCCCAUUCAUCUUUAAAGUCACAGUUAUCCUUGUCCCAUAGCUUAUAUGUCAGUUUUGCCAGUUCUGCAUAGUCCAUCAAUUUUUCUUGCCAUGAUUCUUUAGUUGGGGUUUCUUCAGUCUUCCAUCCUUGUGCUAUUAAAACUCUUGCGGCCGUUGUCGCAUACAUGAAGAUGUUUUUCGGCUUUUUUGGCAGAUCUUUCCCCACAAUCCCUAACAAAAAUGCUUCAGGUUUUUUAACAAAUGUUAAAUGGAACAUUUUCUUCAAUUCGUUGUAUAUCAUUUCCCAAAUUUUUAAAAUUACAUUACAAUCCCACCACAUAUGAUAAAAUGUUCCCUCCUUUUCCUUACACUUCCAACAUAUAUUUGAACUAGUUUUGUACAUUUUCUCUAACUGCACUGGUGUUGUGUACCAUCUGUACAUCAUCUUCAUGUAAUUCUCCUUCAAUAGGGAACAAUCUGUAAAUUUUAAGUCAGUUUUCCAUAAUUUAACCCAAUCUUGCAUCAUAAUGUUGUGACCUACAUCUUGUGCCCAUUUAAUCAUAACUGAUUUUACCUCUUCAUCAGAGACAAAAUGACUCUCACCCCUACUACUAUCCUGGAACGUUGCUGGAUGGCAAUCGAAAAUAAGGGACAAAGACGUUUUAACCUACGUAUCACAGUUCAAGAUCAUCCUGCUCCAAGAAACCUGGAUGCAAAAUCCUUUCGAACUACACAAUUACUUUGCUUUCCAUUCCCCUGCCUCAAUCGGCCCAAAAGGCGGAAGACCGGCGGGAGGUUUGAGCACCUUCGUAUCGACAGAUCUAGGAGCCUCCAUAUCCAAUUGAAAAUCGAUAAAAAUGGAUUUUGGCCGUUAAAAUAUUCUCCACCCAUUUUAAGAUCAUAUGCAUCAAUGUUUAUAUUCACCCACUUAUGAAACAAACUGAUCUUAAAAACAUCUGGAACGAACUGGAAGACUGCAUUCUCCUUGUCUCAAAUAAGUUUCCUCUGCCUCCUUAAUUAUUGGUGGGAUUUUAAUGCAAGGCUAGGCCACUCAGACGAACAGUUAAUCAAGGAAAGUGGAAUGGGUCCCCUAAAUGCUAAUGAUGAAUAUUGGCCCCUAUUCAGGCGUCACUCACUUGACCCAGUCACCAAUUUUGCUGGUACAUGUCUUUUUAAUGGCACUUAGAUUAAACCUUGUUAUUUUAAACGGCCUCUCCUCGGGGGACUGCCCUGGCCAAUUUACUUACUGGUCAGGCCUAAGGCAUUCUGUUAUUGACUACAUCCUUGUCUCCCAAGAACUUUUCGAUGAAUAUAUUGAAUUUACUGUAGAUAUAAGAACCGAAAGUGACCAUUUACCCCUAAAUCUUAAAAGGACUGAAUUUUGGGAACCCUCUAGAUGUGGGCUUGUCCCGCAGACUCCUGAUCCUAGCGCUUUACAACAAAUAGGUAGAUCCAGAAUUAAAUGGUCCCCUUAUGUUAAUAACCAUUUUGGUAUUUGGACACAAUCAAUGGAAGGUCAACUCCUCUGGGCUGAUCUGACUUCCAACGACACUGAAGAGACCUCCCCAAUUGACCACUAUAACACAUUAAUCCGAAAACUCCAACCGUUAUUGUCAAGACCCAGAAGAUCUAACCAAAAUGACUCCCCUACCAACAAAAAAUGGUUUGACCACGAAUGCACUCAGGCAAAACUUAUACUCAGGGAAUGCUUUAAGGUCUUCCAGCAAAAUCCUAACCCUAUCACUAAAUUGGAGUUACAACUUAAAAAAAGAACUACAAAGAGUUAUUAAAAACCAAAAAAGAACCGCAGACUCUCUCAUCUGGCAGGCCCUCAUAAAAGCGUCAAUAGAAAAAGACAAUUCUAACUUCUGGAAAAUUAUCUCCAGUCAAACCAAAGCUCCUAAUGAGGGCACAAUAAUCCCUGCAAAUUCAUGGGAAGAGCACUAUAAAGUGCUGUUUAGGGAACAUCGUCCUUCUGCGCCGCUUAACAUCCCCUUAGAUAAUGAUACACCAUGGCCCCCAACAUCUGAAACUGAAAUCGCUUCGCUAAUUCUACAAAUGAAAUCUGGCAAAGCCCCAGGAAGUGAUUUCAUUGUCGCUGAACUUUUGAAAGCGCAAAUAAACUGGUGGGCCCCGGUCCUUGCAAAUCUAUUUUCAUAUAUAGACAAGACAACUGAAAUCCCUAAAGAUUGGGGACUAGCUAUAAUUGUUCCCAUAUUUAAAAAGGGCAACCCCUCUGAUCCAUCUAAUUAUAGACCAAUUAGUCUCCUGAAUGUGAUCUGUAAACUUUAUACAAAACAUCUAUGCCUAAAAUUAUGGGAAUGGUUAGAUCAUAACAACUUGCUAGAAAUUGAACAAGCAGGGUUUACAUCUGGACGUUCCACCAUUGAUCACUGCUUAGUGUUAGAUUACUUUGUCUAUAAGUAUGCGAAAUAUUGGAAAAAGUCAUUAUAUGCGGCCUUUGUGGACCUAAAGGCAGCAUUUGAUUCUGUAUCUAGGAGCAGGCUCUGGGCCAAAUUGGCCAAUAUGGGUAUUAACAGAAGGUUAUUACUUCUGAUGAUUAAGCUUCAUGAGAACAAUACCCUCCAGAUAAGACUUGCACAGGACGGCAGACUCUCUAGAGAAAUCCCAGUCCAAAGAGGAGUUAGACAAGGAUGCCUAUUAGCCCCAUUCCUAUUUAACAUCUAUGUUAACUCCCUGGUCACAUGCUGCCGUGAAAUUGAAACCCACCCCCCUGUGUUCUCUAAUGGCAGAAAAGUACCAAUUUUAAUGUAUGCGGAUGACGCUGUUCUUCUCUCUCAAACCAAAGUGGGUCUGAAACGUGCCUUAGGAAAGUUUAGUGACCAAUGUAACACUGAACUGCUAACAAUUAACUUUGCCAAAACCAAAAUUGUACAUUUUAACCGCUCCUUCAGGAAGGAUAAUUGGAGCGUAAAGGGAAACGCCAUUGAACAGACUAAGACCUUCCAAUAUUUAGGCAUCACUUUCUCUUAUAAUGCCAAAUUCUCAGCACACUUGACCACAUCAGCUAUAUCAGCAGAAAGAAGUGCAAAUGCUAUCCUUAGAUUAUUCAGAAGGAAAGGAGCUGGCUUCCUCCCGAUGGCCCUAACAGUCUUUCAGGCAAAAUCUUUAGCCCAACUUCUAUAUGGCUCUCAAAUUAGCCCCUCUGCCAACCUUAAGACCCUUGAAACAGUACAAUCUAAAUUCUUAAGAUCAUUAUUUGCUACCCCUAAGUGUACACCUAAUGCAGUCUUAAGGCAAGAGGCAGGACUGCCCAGAGUGGAAUUAAAAGUCUGGGAACAAGCAAUAUCCCUCUGGUUGAAAAUCCAUUACAAUCCUAAGGGUCUAUUACCUUGCUUCCUGGCCGCAGUUCCCUAUCCUCCUUGGCUUAUGCAAAUAACUAACAAGAUCAAACAAAUUGGCCUAAACCCUGAAAAUAUUUUUAUUGGAACUCUGAACAAGGCAAAAGCUACUAUUACUCGGAGACUUUAUGAUAUCGAAUUACAACAAGAAGGCGCCCUACUCCCAGAGACGUAUAGAUGUUUAAAAGCUUGGCCUAAUUUUACAGCUGCCCCUUACUUAACCAACAUCACUAGCGAAGCCUAUAGAUGGGCUUUCUCUAGAGCCCGCUUUGAGACAAUGCCCUCAGCAGUGCUGUACGGCAAAUUCACGCGGGUUCCAAUGCAUGCGCGUCUCUGCCCUUGUAUGUCUAAUAAGGUAGAAUCUGUCACACACAUUCUUCUAUCUUGCGAAUUCUAUAGUGAAGAACGAGCUCAACUUAUUUUACCGCUUCUAUCAAAAUUUAUACCCCUUCAAUAUUAUUUGGAAUCCUCCCUGAAAUUCUUCGAAAAUACCUCCUGGAAGAUUCCUCAAGCUCAGUAUCAUAUGAGGUGGCUAAAUUUUGCACUUUAGUAAUUAAGAAACGUAAAUCUCUUCUGUCGAAUGGCACACUGCGAAGUUCCCUUGUGUAACCUUUUUUCUUUUCUGAAGUUGUUGCUGAUUUCUUGUUGUCUGAUCUUGGGAUGUUUAGUGUCACUGGCUUUGGCCGCAAUAAACUUGAACUUGCUUGGUUUUGAACUUUACCUCUUCAUCUUUCGUCUCCCAUUCUAAUAGUAUGCUGUAUGUGGCCUUCAGUAGUUUCACUUUCCCUUCAAUCACUUCCAUUUGAAACCUAGAUCUAGUAUAACUAAAUCAUUUCUUACUGUCUUCUUUAUGUGUUUCAUAUAGUUGUCGAUAAUGCAACCAACUCUGAAAGUGGUCUUUGAUCUCACCAUAAUCUCUUAAUUUGCAUUUUCCAUCAUGUUCCUUUAAUAAAUCAGCAUAUGUGAGCCAUUUUCCUUUCUUUCCAAGUGGUUUGAGCAGCAAUGCUUCAUGUGGUGAGAGCCACCACGGGGUCUUUUGUUCCAAUAAGUCUUUGUAUCUCUCCCAUACUCUCAUUAAUGAUUUUAUAUGGUUGUAAAAACUUCUAUGAAUCUUCCCUUUCCCGUACCAUAAGUAUGCAUGCCAGCCAAAUCUGUUGUCAUGUCCUUCUAGUUCUAAUGCCUCUUGCUUGUCUAAUCUCAUCCAGUCCCUGAUCCAUACCAAACAAGCAGACUCGUAAUACAAUUUAAGGUCUGGGAGGGCAAACCCGCCUCUAUCUUUUACAUCUGUAAGUAUUUUAUGUUUUAUCCUGUCUGAGACCGUGGCAAAUGGAUCAAUGAGUUGCCUCAGAAUAAGGAAUCUACCUUUGUUCCCGUCUUUUCCCAAGUGAUAUAUGAAUGCUAUGUAUACAUUUUGCAGGCUAUAUCAGGGACCCCCUGUUGCUAGAGGAAGACACACCAGAUCACAGAAAGAAUCAGGAUCUGUCAGCUGUUCCGCCGAAAUAUAAUCUUCUGCAUAUUUUCUGUUCACCGUACCAAUACUUACAGGCUGAAUUAGAAGAAGAACAGGCUAAGCCAGGUACAGUAGCAAAUGAAUGAAUAUCUAUAUCGAUCUAUCUAUCAUCUAUCUAUCUAUCUAUCUAUCAUCAUCAUCAUCUCACAACUAGUAUUUUCUUAUUCCCCUCUCCUUAUAUCAAUUACAGCAGGCACCCCAAAUUCAGUUCUCCAGAUGUUUCAGGACUACAACUCCCAUCAUCCUAGCUAACAGAACCAGUGGUCAGGAAUGAUGGGAAUUGUAGUCCCGAAACAUCUGGGGGGCUGAGUUUGGGGAUGCCUGAGUUACAGUAGAGGAAAGAAAGAAAAUUAAAUUAAUGUGGGAUGCAGAUAUUUAUGGCUUGAUUGUAAUGUCUGCACAGUGAAUUUAUAUUUAUAUUUAUAUUUAUAUUUAUAUUUAUUUAUAUUUAUAUUUAUAUUUAUAUUUAUAUUUAUUUAUAUUUAUAUUUAUGUGCCACCAUAGAAGAAAAGAGGGAGGAGAGACCAUUGUCAUAAAUCAUGAAACAAAGAAGGCUGUGAUCUUAUGUAGACUGGACUUGGGAGCAAAGACCAAAGACCAAAGUUUUAUAUUUAUAUUUAUAUUUACAUUUACCGUAUUUUUCGCUCUAUAAGACGCACCAGACCACAAGACGCACCUAGUUUUUGGAGGAGGAAAACAAGAAAAAAAAUAUUCUGAAAGCAGCAGUGAAAGCAGCAAUCCCUCUCCUGUUCUGGCUUCUGUGAUAGCUGCGCAGCCUGCAUUCGCUCCAUAAGACGCACACACAUUUCCCCUUACUUUUUAGGAGGGAAAAAGUGAGUCUUACAGAGCAAAAAAUACGGUAUAUUUAUGUGCCACCAUAGAAGAAAAGAGGGAGGAGAGACCAUUGUCAUAAAUCAUGAAAUAAAGAAGGCUGUGAUCUUACGUAGACUGGACUUGGGAGCAAACCCUGUUGAACCCAAUGGUGCUUUUUUCUGAGCGGACGUCUGUGAGGUUGUGCUGCCCAUGUCUUCUUCUGCCCCCCUCACACUGAAUUUCGUAGCAUUGGGAAGGGCAAACAUGCUCUGAGAGAGACAGGUUGUCUCUGUGGCCAUUUUAGGCGGCAGCGUUCGGUUGUCGUGGAGGACAGCCAGGUGUUUGCAGGUGAUGGGCAGACCAGGAGACAGUCUGCUGCGCGGAUUCUCCUGUUCCACAGUUUUUGCACCUCUUGCUCCUCUUCAUUUCAGCGAGGCUGGCUCGGGAAAACUUCCCAGUAGAUUUUACCUAGUAUUCAGUUGCUAACCGAGGGAAACCAUUAAGAUUUUCUGCCUCAGGCAUCAUGAGGUCCUGUUUUCGUUUUCACAUUUUUAAAAUUCUCUCCGGGAACACUCUCUCAUCAUGCUGAGUGUGUGUAUGUGUGAAUGUUAUUAAUGCAGAGGAAAAAGUGGAAAAUUAAAACCAAUUGCACAUAUCUAUUGCCUUGGGGCAAAUUAUCUGGAUGGAAUCUUAGGGCUCACCCAUGCAGUGGACCCUCUGGUUGCGAAUUUAAUUCGUUUCGGGGGUCCAUGCGCACCCUGAAAAAUCAGUAAUCAGAGACGCCGCUUCUGCGCACGCGUGCGGCGUGAUAGAGCGCUUCUGCACAUGCACAAGCGGCGAAACUUCCGGGUUUGCCGCUUUCGCAACCCGAAGAUUAUGUAUCCAGAACGGUAGAUAAUCUGAGGGUCCACUGUACUUCCACUUGUCCUGUGUCUGGAAAACACAGUUCCAAACAGUUUUCCGUAUAGCCCCACCGUUUCCCCGCUCUUUUGCGCUAAAUUGGAGCAAACAUCGAUCUGAGGAGCACCCGGCGGAUGUUUGUUCUGAUUCAGUGGUAAAGAGUGGGAAGGCAGCACGACAAGCCCCCCCAAAAACACAAAAAUGUAAACAUAACUAAAAUAUACUCGGAGUCCAGAGUGGAUUUCGUGCUCUUUAUUCAGCUCAUAGUGGUGAGGAGGAAUGGAAGUUCCCCCAGAAUGUCUGCCUUAUAUACAUUAUUUACACAAUGGCCCCACGUGAUUGGCUAAUUCCGGGAUUCUCCUGUAGGCCAAUCAGGUUGCGGAUUCCCUUCCACCUGGAGCUGGAUUGGGUGGCUCCUGUGGACCAAUCAGACUGCUGCAUUCUGAAUCCUAUUGUUCUAGGACCAAUCAGACUGCUGCAUUCUGGAUCCUAUUGUUCUAGGACCAAUCAGACUGCUGCCUUUUGGAUCCUAUUCAACUCAGUACAUAACAAUAACUGUUGAAAACUGCCUAAGGCGUACCUUCCUAGGAGUAAGCCCCAUGGAACCCAACAAUAGUUAUGCCUGAGCAAUGGCGGAACGUUCCUCGCUGGUGCCCGGGGUGGGUAUGCAUGCGCCAGGGCGUGCACAGCAGACCUGGGGCGGGGUUUGCUGCCGGAGCAAGCUGAGCAGGUCUGCGCUGCACUGCCUGGCUGGCUGGCUGUGCAGUGGGGAGCCCAGCCAGCGGGCACAGCCAACACCGCCCUGCUUUGAGGGGUGUGCUCAUCGCACCCUGCUAGCCUAGUGCUACUUUGCGAGACUCGCGGAAACGGUGCAGGGCGCAUGCCUGUUGUGUCCUUCUCAAGCAGCGGCCCUCGCUCAUUGCUGAAAUACGAGAUGCCCCCAUCUGCAUUGGCAUUCCGCUGGCUUUUGAAGAUGCAACUUUUAACAUAGACAUUCCCUUGAUCUCCUGACCCAAGUCUCCUGUUUUAAGUGCUGUUUUAAUUGCUGUGUUGUUUUAAUGCAGAGGUGGGGAAACUCUUGGUUCUCCCAAUGUUGCUGAACUACAACUCCCAUCCUCCUUUGCUGGCAGGUUGUGAUGGGGGUUGUGGUUCAGCAACAUCAGGAGGGUCAAGGUUUUUUCCUGUUUUAAUAAAGGUAAAGUGACCCCUGACCAUUAUAUCCAGUCGUGGCCGACUCUGGGGCUGCGGCGCUCAUCUCGCUUUACUGGCCGAGGGAGCCGGCGUACAGCUUCCGGAUCAUGUGGCCAGCAUGACUAAGCCGCUUCUGGCGAACCAGAGCAGUGCAUGGAAACGCCGUUUACCUUCCCGCUGGAGCGGUACCUAUUUAUCUACUUGCACUUUGACGUGCUUUCAAACUGCUAGGUUGGCAGGAGCUGGGACCGAGCAACGGGAGCUCACCCUGUCGCGGUGAUUCAAAACGCCGUCCUUCCGAUUGGCAAGUCCUAGGCUCAGUGGUUUAACCCACAGCGCCACCCGCGCCACCCCUGUUUUAAUAGUACUGUCUUAUUGCACAUUUUAAUCAUGAUAAUUGACAUUUUAAUGUUUGAUGGAUUUGUUUCAAUGUGCAUUUUAAUUAUGGUGUCUUUUUCUGUAUUUUAACAACGUUGUGCAGUUUUUCUUUUAUGUUUUGAAAACUGGUUAGAAGCCCUCUGGGCAUUAUAAAUUAAGAUGAAAACAAAACAACAACAAUACAACUGCUUUGCAUUGUGCCGUGAUACUGACAUGCUCACCUGUCUGACAGGCCUUGCUUCCUCAUCUCGGAAACAAUAUGAGGAAAAAGUCAAGCUGGGAGAAAUCUAUGAAGAAGGAAAACAUGCCAGAAUAAGAGCUCGUAUUCCUUUAAGGAUUUCAGUAAGAAAACUGAGUUUUCACCUUCCACGGCAGAGGCCAAAGGAGUCCACCUGGAGCCAGCACAUAGCAUAUAGCAGGAUUCCAGAGGUAUUAAUAACUAGACCAAAGUUUUUGGCUUGGUGUGGGAGAUGCUCAUAUGGGGAACCUGUGGCCCCAUCAGCCCCAGUCAGCAUGACCAAUGGCCAGGGCCUCCCUCCACUGUUAGGUAAAGGUAAAGGGACCCCUGACCAUUAGGUCCAGUUGUGGCCGACUCUGGGGUUGCGGCGCUCAUCUUGCUUUAUUGGCCGAGGCAGCCAGCAUACAGCUUCCGGGUCAUGUGGCCAGCAUGACUAAGCCGCUUCUGGCGAAACAGAGCAGCGCACGGAAACGCCGUUUACUUUCCUGCCGGAGCGGUACCUAUUUAUCUACUUGCACUUUGACGUGCUUUUAAACUGCUAGGUUGGCAGGAGCAGGGACUGAGCAACUGGAGCUCACCGUGUCGCAGGGAUUCGAACCGCCGGCCUUCUGAACGGCAAGUCCUAGGCUCUGUGGUUUAACCCACAGUGCCACCUGCAUCCCCACUCCACUGUUAGGCCAUAGGUAUUGUUGCAGAGGGUGCACAUGUUGAAAUUCCUUCUUCUUCAUGGCCUAUAAAGAGGGCUUUUUUCCAUCAAGAACGCCCUGGAACUCAGUUCCGGCGCUUCUCAGUUGGCCGCCAUUGCCAUUGUAAGAGAACAAGGGUUCUGUCGGGAUCUCCGCUCGGUCAAGCUGAUGAAGCUCAUUUUCUUCCCCCGAGUCUUCGGAAUUGCCUCCUGACGUGUUUAAUGACCUGAGCCUUUAAUGAGGCCUCAGGCACAUUCUUCAGCAGAGUUUCCAGCACAGAAAUGAGACGAGAGGUUUGGCUACAUGCUAUGCUUUAUUUCUAAGCUACGCAGACAGCAAAGAAAAAUACAUCCUCUCUCUCUGAGCAGAGAGCAACUGAACAAAGGAACAAAGGAAACAGGGAACCACUAACGUCACAUCCUGUCUCCUCUCCCGUGAGACUUCCAAUAGUAUGGAAUCCCUGGAAUGUCAACUCCAAGCAUCUGCUCAGUGGCAAAACAGAAACUAACAUCCUCCCCCUUUCUGUGAACACCACUGGGCAGCGUGUCAGUACAAUCUCAGUACAAACCCAAUUUCUGUACUUAGGUACAGUGUUGAUCCUUUGAAACAACCUUGGACAAUAAAUCAGCAGGAAUUUUAUUACCUGGCAUGUAGGACACUGUUACGAGUCCUUUCUGAACACAUUCCCUAGCAUGUUGCAGCUUCAGUUGCAAGUGCUUCGUGCUUUGCUUACAACCUUCAGAAGUCAGCAAAGCCAAACAUGCUUUGUUGUCCUGAUAAACCUGAUAAAACAGAAACUAACAACUCUCGUCCACAUGAUACCACUUUGUUCUCUCAUGAGCCCUGACUUCACAUAGGGAUGGAAACACACAUGGAGCCCUAUGUCAUAGCUGUCAACGUUUUCCCUUUUUUAAGGGAAAUUCUCUUAUUCCGAAUAGGAUUCCUCGCAAGAAAAGGGAAAAGUUGACAGCUAUGCCCUGUGUGCGUGUGCCUGCAACACACAUGUAGGAAAGCCUUGUGAGUACAGUGGUGCCUCGCAAGACGAAAUUAAUCCGUUCCGCGAGAGUCUUCGUCUAGCGGUUUUUUCGUCUUGCGAAGCAAGCCCAUUGACGGAUUAGCGCUAUUAGCGCUAUUAGCGGUUUAGCGGCUAUUAAAGGCUUAAAGGCUUAGGGGAUUAGCUGCUAAAAGGCUAUUAAAGGCUAUUAAAGGCUUAGCAGAUUAGAUAAAGGGGAAAAGCGAAAAAAAUCUCUAGACUCGCAAGGUAUUUUCGUCUUGCGAAGCAAGCCCAUAGGGGAAUUCGUCCUGCGAAGCAACUUCAAAACGGAAAACCCUUUCGUCUAGCGGUUUUUCCGUCUUGCGAGGCAUUCGUCUUGCGGGGCACCACUGUAUUGUAGAGUGAUGCCGUAACACUGUCCCGACUUAGGCAGCCUUCGUUUAUCUUCCCUUGGCCUAACUAAGGGCUUAUCCACCUUUUGCCCGCUCUUUCCAGGCAGAGAUCUGCAACGCUCCAUGUCCGAACAUUGUUGUUUUUCUGCCCCAGAGCUUGCCCUCUGAAAACCUGAUCUUUGGUGCUCAAUCAGAGCAAACAUUGUUGUGGGUUUUUCACAAAUUGCUGUCUGCUACGGUUCAGCUUCAAAGAGUGGGUUUUGGAAGGGGCAAGGUGAAUAUAAAACGGAAGAACAGUAUAAAGAGGUGUGGGAGAUAGCUAUUAAUGAUAAAUUAACGUGCUAUUGAGGAAAGACGGCGAAUAUGCAGGAGAAAUGAUUUGGGGGAGAUAUGGAAGGGAUUUGUAGAAUUUGUACUGUUCAAACGGAAAGGGGUCAAACCAUCGCAAGAAGUGUUGAAAUUUUGGAAGGUUGGGUAGUUACAGUGGAAUGGUCUUGGGGGUGGGGUGCGCUUUUCUAAAAAUAUAUUUUAAAAGAGAGGGUUUUACAGGGAAAGCUCUGGAGCAAAACAAAGAACGCUUGGACACACAGCUUUAAAUCGCAGGCUGUGCCUGGAGAGAGCAGGGCAAAAGUUAAGUGUGGAAAGGCUCUAACCCGAGAUCCUUUAUAAAUCAACUCCAGUGUUCAGUUCCGUCCCUUUAGUCUUUGAAUUUUGCACCACUUGCCUCCCUCUGCUGGCUUAAAACUGAAGUGUUGGUGAGUAGAGCAGUUUUUUAGUUUUGUUUUUUUUUAAGAAAACCUCUGGUUUAAUCCCAGAGUCUAUGAGCCCUGCAUUAAAAAUGUUUGAUGUUUUAUUAUGGUUUUAUAUUUGUUGGAAGCCACACAGAGUGGCUGGGGCAACCCAGUCUGAUGGGUGGGGUACAAAUAAUAAACGCUAUUUAUUAUUAUUAUUAUUAUUAUUAUUAUUAUUAUUAUUGGCUGCUUAGUGGCCCAAGGUAAGUGGACUCCCACACCCACACCACAUAAAUAUAUACUUAAUUAAAUUACUGUUUGCUGCUCGUUAAUGGCGUCCAAAAUCUGAAGUAUGAAGUGGACCAGAGAGCCAUUGCCAGACAUUGUUGUUGACAAUGCUGAGCUAGUAGCUUGACUUGGUAUAAGGCAGCUCUCUAGGUAAAGGUAAAGGGACCCCUGACCAUUAGGUCCAGUCGUGGCCGACUCUGGGGUUGCAGCGCUCAUCUCGCUUUAUUGGCCGAGGGAGCCGGCGUACAGCUUCUGGGUCAUGUGACCAGCAUGACUAAGCCGCUUCUGGCGAACCAGAGCAGCGCACGGAAACGCCGUUUGCCUUCCUGCCGGAGUGGUACCUAUUUAUCUACUUGCACUUUGACCUGCUUUUGAACUGCUAGGUGGGCAGGAGCAGGGACCGAGCAACGGGAGCUCAUCCCGUCGCGGGGAUUCAAACCGCCGACCUUCUGAUCGGCAAGUCCUAGGCUCUGUGGUUUAACUCACAGCGCCACCCUCUAUGUUCCCAUAAAUGCUUCUUUUCAAGUGUACAUUUGUGUCAUCUCCUAGGACAAAUGGGUGGAAGUUCACCGAGAUGGGGAGGUUCAAGACCAUAGUGAAGAAGUGGCAAACCAACCCAGAGAUCAUCAAGCAACGGGGAAAACCAGCAUCGAUACUUCCGAGCUUUGGUGUGAGAAAUCCCACGUGACUUUCUAUGGAGGUUUCUUCCCUGGAAAAAAGAUCACGUACAGUGGUAAGAAAGUUAAGGCUGCUGUGAGCCGUUCAAAAUAUUCUGAGGAUUGCUAACGACAGCAAUUGUUUCUGCCGGUUAAAAGCAGAGGCAAAUAAUUUGUUGAUUGGCAACAGUCUCAAAACGCAGGAUUAAAUGCAGGACAAAGGUAGAAAAUUCCAUCAGUAUGUUUCUACCUGCUGAAGCCCGCAACCCCACCUCCUGGGCAGGCCGGAAGUGGCUUUGUUUCAGAAAAAACGGUGAUUAAGUCAAUUUGCAUUAGAAUGUGAACGGAACCAAAUUUCUCCCCAUCUCUGAUCAGGAUGACUGUAUUUGAUCUCUCAUCUCCUUUUGGUUUCCACAGUUAACCGAAAGUAUCUGAAGGGCAAACAUGAGAGAGAUAAAGGAACCCCUGUGACCACAGACUUGUUCUCUCCUAUUCAACCAGGAACAAGGCCAGAGCAAAGUGAAGUCAUGGAAGAACAUAGAAAGGAGGUCCGUUUUUGUUUUACCCCCAAAAGUUUAGCAUGUCCAGGUCCGGUCCAGGCCUGGAUUGAAGACCACUCUGAAAUCCCAUGUGAUUUGUGUCCCAUGGUGGAAGAAAGAUGAGAUAUUAAUAAAUAUUAAAAUUAAUAACAUUAAUAUUAAUAAUAUGUAAAUUAAAAUAAAAUAAAAAUAAUAUAAAUAAAAAUAAUCUGGGAAGGACACAGCCUGCCCAGCAAUCCCUUUUUCAUAGUUUUACAUUUCUCAUAGUAUUACUAUUGCAGCAGGAUGCGGGUGGCGCUGUGCGUUAAACCACAGAGCCUAGGACUUGCCGAUCAGAAGGUCGCUGGUUCGAAUCCCCGCGACAGAGUGAGCUCCCGUUGCUCGGCCCCUACUCCUGCCAACCUAGCAGUUGAAAGCACGUCAAAGUGCAAGUAGAUAAAUAGGUACCACUCUGGCGGGAAGGUAAAUGGCGUUACCAUGCGCUGCUCUGGUUCGCCAGAAGCGGGUUAGUCAUGCUGGCCACAUGACCUGGAAGCUGUACGCCAGCUCCCUCGGUCAGUAAAGCGAGAUGAGUGCCGCAACCCUAGAGUCGGCCACGACUGGACCUAACGGUCAGGGGUCCCUUUACCUUUACUAUUGCAGCAUGAUUUAGGUGGCAUUUUUUUGGUUUGACAUUGUUGCGGUUACCCCCCAAAAAAGUUGUUUUGCAAAAUGGGGAACGGUGAUGCCAUUCCUGGCAGCCUUCUGCUUCUGAUGAACUGUCAGCUAAUAAUCCCAAAACAAUACACAUGAAUAAUAGUGAAAUAGAGGGCAACACCCUUGGGUGCAGCACAGAGAAGUUAAGUAUGGCUUAGGCUGCAAUUCUAUGCUCAUUUACCUAUAGGUAAGUCAUAUUAAUCUCUAUGGGGCUCACUUUUGAGUAAUCACACAUAGGACAAGGUGGCAUUUCCUCACUGAAAUCAAAGGGGAUUAAGCAUGAUUAACUACAUGCUAGGCUCCUGGUGUUGUGUUUAAACUACAAGUACAAACAUGGAUUCUCCCGAUUCUUCAGAAUGCUUACAGUUGAAUGCAUGUAGGAAAACGUAAUAGUUCCAAAACCAGAAACUCUGCCCACCUGUAAAGCCCUUCCCUAAGCAGCGUUGGGUAACAAUUUUCAGGAAUGCCAUCCAGGGUGAAAUGGGUGGCGACAAAAUGAGUGCUGUCAAAAACAUCCCCUCCCCCCCCAAAAAAAUCCCUAACAUUAAAACAUUUUGAAGUUGUUGUUUUUCUCCAGGUGCCAGAGAUUUGCAGGUUACCUCAGAUAUCCGAAGACUCGCCCAGAGCUUAUAGGGAAAAACUUAAAUCUGGAAAGCUUCCCAAAGAACCUGUGGCCUUCCCUUUGCUUGUUCAGCUGGAAAAGGAGCCCGAGGCAAAAAACCUGAGAGGUAAAACCACCCCCACCCUAGAUAAAUGGCAGGUGCACAUUCAGUAAAGGGGAACGUCCCCUGUUCUGGGCAAUACCAGUUAUAGCAUCGCUCAUGUUAUCGCCUCAGAAUAACUGUUUCCGCUGUAAUAGGAAUUUUAUGGUCUUGUUGUUGUUGUUUAGUCGUUUAGUCGUGUCCGACUCUUCAUAACCCCAUGGACCAGAGCAUGGCAGGCACUCCUGUCUUCCACUGCCUCCCGCAGUUUGGUCAAACUCAUGCUGGUAGCUUCGAGAACACCGUCCAACCAUUUUAUGGUCUUAGAUAUAUGGUAAUGUUCAUAACCGCACAUACAUAGAUCAGCACAGGAAGGCCAACCUGGAACCAUUAUGAUUCCUAAACUGAGCAAAUGUUUUCUCUGCAAGGUCAAACUGGAAAAGCCUCCCCAUUGUCUUUUCCUUCACAAAUCCUGUCUUAAGGGUAUGUCUGUGUUUGAAUAAGGUGUGAGCCUGUGACCUGGCCCAGGAACUAAGUAUUUAUCAUUACAAAAGACUGGCCAGGCUACCCAGGAAAUCCAAUCAAGUAACCUGCCAGACAGGAGAUAAACAAAAACAGGAGAAAAACAAUAUUAAAAUUUCUAUUUUGGACCGCCUUUUUUGUGACGUAUGCAUGAUGUAUCUGAGGGGUGGUCUUAGGUUACACCCCUUCUGUGAUGUAUAUAUGAUGCUUCUGGGGGUGGUCUUGAUCUACAGGGUGGCAAUUUCAAAAGUCUUUAUAAGGCCUUGCACGCCAUUUUUCUGGGUCCUCCUCCUUUCCUGCGUGUGAGGGGAGCACCCUGUUGCAACAGAUCAAUAAAGAUCAAGCUUACUAGCUGCUUUGCUUCUCAAUAUUCUCUGGUUGGCCUCUGUUAUUCUCUCCUACCAAUAGGGAACCUAUGUAAGGACCUCUAUAUGGGCUCUUGGAUACCCCAUAAGGGAAAAGGGCAAUUUUUUGUUUACAACACGCCAGCGCUUGUUCCCAGCUACGUUCAAAUUCUGUACCUGCAUCAAAGGCAGUCUCUGUGCUAACUUCAAAAGUUUUCCCCCUGCCAGAAUCAAAGCUCACAUAGUGCUUUACUUGAGGUAAAACAACAGUAGGCCUCAACAGAAUCAUAGACUUGUAGAGUUGAAAGGGACCACGAGGGCGAUCUACUAGUCCAAUGCCCUGCCGUUCAGGAAUCUUUUGCCCCAACAUGGGGCUUGAACCCACGACAAGUAGAAGUCAAAACCCUUGCCUGUCUAUUGCAAAUCAGCCAAAUCUCUACCAGAAGAAGCCAGUCUACCUUCUGUCCAUCCCUGCUACAGAGUACAUCUCGUAGGCCAAGUCGUUGCCCUCCAAAUAGUGUUGCGGGUGGCGCUGUAGUCUAAACCACUGAGCCUCUUGGCCUUGCUGAUCGGAAGGUCGGCGGUUCGAAUCCCGGUGACAGAGUGAGCUCCCGUUGCUCGGUCCCAGCUCCUGCCAACCUAGUAGUUCGAAAGCACAUCAAAAUGCAAGUAGAUAAAUAGGUACCGCUCCGGCGGGAAGGUAAACGGUGUUUCCGUGCGCUGCUCUGGUUCGCCAGAAGUGGCUUAGUCAUGCUGGCCACAUGACCCGGAAGCUGUACGCCGGCUCCCUCGGCCAAUAAAGCCAGAUGAGCGCCGCAACCCCAGAGUUGUCCGCGACUGGACCUAAUGGUCAGGGGUCCCUUUAGCUUUUUAAAUUGUUUCUUUCCCUUAUUUGCAUUAUAAUAUAAAAGUGCUUUGCUCUGGUGCCAGGUAGAUAAGACAAUGGGUAAAUCUCUUUUGUGGGGGUGGGGUGUAACUUUUAGUUUUUGCAUUUUAAGUUUUGAGCCCAGGCUCACAGUGCAUAAAAGCAACUGGGAUGUUGCAAUAAUAGCGCAUACUCUCCAACAUUUAUUAAAUGAAAAUAGCGAAGUCUUAUUCAAUAACGGCAAGAACAAUUUUAUUAUUUAUACUCCACCCAUCUGACUGGGUUGCCCCAGCCAUUCUGGGAAGCUCCCAUCAUAUAUAAAAACAUAAUAAAACAUUAAACAUUUUUUUUAAAACUUCCUUAUACAGGGCUGCCUUCAGAUGUCUUCUAAAGGUUGUAUAGUGACUUAUCUCGUUGACUCGGGGCUCGCAUAACUCCAUACCCUCCAACGUUUCUCCAGUGAAAAUAGGAAUGUCUUGCAGAAAAGCGAAACAUUCUAGGAUCAAAUCAAAAACCGAGAUGACUUCUGUAAAUCCGGGACGGCCCCUGGAAAACAGGGACACUUUGAGGGUCUGUGAGAGGAUGGGUGAAAACCUGUUCUUGUUGUUUAGUCGUUUAGUCGUGUCCGACUCUUCAUGACCCCAUGGACCAGAGCAUGACAGGCACUCCUGUCUUCCACUGCCUCCCGCAGUUUGGUCAAACUCAUGCUGGUAGCUUGGAGAAUACUGUCCCACCAUCUCGUCCUCUGUCGUCCCCUUCUCCUUGUGCCCUCCAUCUUUCCCAACAUCAGGGUCUUUUCUAGGGAAUCUUCCCUUCUCAUGAGGUGGCCAAAGUAUUGGAGCCUCAGCUUCAGGAUCUGUCCUUCCAGUGAGCACUCAGGGCUGAUUUCCUUCAGAAUGGAUAGGUUUGAUCUUUUUGCAGUCCAUGGGACUCUCAAGUCCCCUCCAGCAUCAUAAUUCAAAAGCAUCAAUUCUUCAGCGAUCAGCCUUCUUUAUGGUCCAGCUCUCACUUCCAUACAUCACUACUGGGAAAACCAUAGCUUUCACUAUACGGACCUUUGUUGGCAAGGUGAUGUCUCUGCUUUUUAAGAUGCUGUGGAAACCUGUAUGUUAGUUAAUAAAGUCCAUUUAUUCUCUCUCUCUCUCUCUCUCUCUCUCUCUCUCUCCCUCUCUUACCUUUCAGGAACUAGUUGUAAUGAACCCAGACCUGAGGUCGACGUCUGUGAUGAGCAUCUGCCUCCUUUGCCGAAUGAUCUCAUUUUAGAGCCAGAACAUAAAAAUCAGCAGCAGCAGCAGGAGAGGGUGAUGAUCAAUAGUGAGAUCCCGGAGGCUUCCCAAGGUAGUUUCCACCUACCGCCAAUAAAUAAUGGAGAGUUUCUGCUCAACGGAAGGAAAAUGAGAAAGAAAGAAGAGCAUUCUGAAAAGAACAGCCAAUAUCAAAGAGGUCUGUGGUGGCGCCCAAUGUAUCCCACUUUGGGGGAGGACACUAUUUUUUGCAUACAUAAGAUCUCAGGUUCAAGUGAUGGCAUCUUCACUUCCAGCUGUGAAAGACUCCCAUCUCAAGCUGCUGAGAGUCCAGGCUGUAGAUCAAGCAUCGCCAAAGCGGUGUCCUCUGGGUAACCGUUGGAGCUGUUGGACUACAGCUCCCACAAUCCCUGGUCAUUGGCCAGGCUUGCUGGGCUGAUGGACACUGUAGUUCAACAGCACUUGGAGGUCACCUGGUUUGCUUCCCCCAGUGUAGACGACUGUGUACACUGUCUACACAGUGUAGACAGUGUAGAGCCAGUGUGGUGUUGUGGUUAAGAGCGGUGGACUCGUAAUCUGGUGAACCGGGUUCGAUUCCCUGCUCCUCCACAUGCAGCUGCUGGGUGACCUUGGGCUAGUCACACUUCUCUGAAGUCUCUCAGCCUCACUCGACUCACAGAGUGUUUGUUGUGGGGGAGGAAGGGAAAGGAGAAAGUUAGCCGCUUUGAGACUCCUUCGGAUAGUGAUAAAGCGGGAUAUCAAAUCCAAACUCUACUUCUUUUUCUACUACUACUAAGCCAGAUGGACAAAAGACCACACAAAAUGGUGGAAGGUUACAUCAGUUUACGGUCUACAGUUUAUAACUACCAUAUGAUGCAAGUUUCUCCACAGUCACAAGAGGUAGAAACUUGCCUUUAAAGCAAACAAAACAAAACACCAAACCAUGCAGAAAUUCUUAAAAUGCUGAGUUUCAUUCCAGUUGGUGGCUUCCUGCCUGGUUCAUCAAAACCAAACAUGUGCAGAAUGCCAAUAGCUCUCGACAUAAACUCUAAGGGAAAGUGAAGGAAACAGCACUGGAAGAUAGAGAUACAGUGGUACCUCGGGUUAAGAACUUAAUUCGUUCCGGAGGUCCGUUCUUAACCUGAAACUGUUCUUAACCUGAGGUACCACUUUAGCUAAUGGGCAUAGCUGUCAACUUUCAGAUUUGAAAAUAAGGGAUCAGCAGCCUCGAAAAUAAGGGAUCAGCAGCCUUACCUGUCCCGGGGACAGUCUACGGGAUAUCUAACAAUCCGGGAUAGCAGCGGGAAGCAGCGGGAAACGGCGCUGGAAUAAGGGAAUUUCCCACAAUAAAGGGAAGGUUGACAGCUAUGCUAAUGGGGGCCUCCCGCUGCUGCCGCGCCGCCAUCCCCCCAAUUUCUGUUCUCAUCCUGAAGCAAAGUUCUUAACCCGAGGUACUAUUUCUGGGUUAGCCGAGUCUGUAACCUGAAGCGUCUGUAACCCAAGGUACCACUGUAUAUUUCUGGAGUUAAGUUGGCAAAAUCUAUGGUUGUGCUCUAGACAUACAAAAGAAGGCAAAUUUGUUUUCUAGCACAUAACUUUUAAUAACAUGUGCUUGUUUCCCCCUCCCCCUUCUUUGUUCUCAAGAACAUCAGAAUGGCACCUCACUCCACCAUCUCCCCCCUGAUACAGAAAUCCCGUAUCCAUCACCCUUGGGAUCCGUCCAAACUACUGACGAUUCCAGGCACUCUGGAUUCAUUCCAGAUGAAGAAGGUAAGGUGGAUGUAAAAAUCUACUGUGGUUAAGUCUCUUGUCCAAAAGGAACAGAUUGCACAUCUAACUCUGCACGUAUAACCCAAAUGUCACAUAAUAUCCUGAACGACUUGUUUAGCCAGAACAGUUUUUCUUCUUCAGACAAUACUAUUUUUAUUAUGCUCAGACACAGCAGUUAAUAUUUGUGUGUAUUUGUGUAUUUUUCUUUUUGUGUGUGUGUAGGUAGGUAGGUAGAUGAUAGAUGAUAGAGAUAGAUAGAUAGAUAGAUAGAUAGAUAGAUAGAUGAUAGAUGAUAGAGAUAUAUAUAGUUGUUAUUGGAACUUUGCAAUAGAAGCAGUGUAUUUCUCUGUUGUUGUUGUUUAGUCGUUUAGUCGUGUCCGACUCUUCGUGACCCCAUGGACCAGAGCACGCCAGGCAUUUCUGUCUUCCACUGCCUCCCGCAGUUUGGUCAAACUCAUGCUGGUAGCUUCGAGAACACUAUCCAACCAUCUCAUCCUCUGUCGUCCCCUUCUCCUUGUGCCCUCCAUCUUUCCCAACAUCAGGGUCUUUUCCAGGGAGUCUUCUCUUCUCAUGAAGUGGCCAAAGUAUUGGAGCCUCAGCUUCAUGAUCUGUCCUUCAAGUGAGCACUCAGGGCUGAUUUCCGUCAGAAAGGAUAGGUUUGAUCUUCUUGCAGUCCAUGGGACUCUCAAGAGUCUCCUCCAGCACCAUAAUUCAAAAGCAUCCAUUCUUUGGCGAUCAGCCUUCUUUAUGGUCCAGCUCUCACUUCCAUACAUCACUACUGAGAAAACCAUAGCUUUAACUAUACGGACCUUUGUUGGCAAGGUGAUGUCUCUGUAUUUCUCUACUCUGUAGCAAGUAUCUAAAGGAGAUGGUAGCUCAUUUAUAAUCUGGUCGGGUAUUUGUACUGUGUUUUAGCCAGCCAAUAUGAGUCACCAUGCUUCUGAAAUGCACUUCAAUGCAAUCUUCAGAAUUUGACUGGCAUGUUGUUGGCUUAUAAGUCAACUCCCUACUCUCCAGGUCUAGUACAAAAACACACACUGGGCAGAGUAUUCCUAGUCUUGCUGGCAGUGGCAGCCAUUAAUGCUAGGAUAAUACCUGUGCAAUGGAUUAGAUCCUAUGCAUUAUACACAGCAGCAGCAGUAGUAGUAGCAAAAUAAGACAGCAAAACAGUCUAGAAAUUGCAUGUUAACAAGCACAGAUGGCUCCACAGCAACCAUGGGAAUGUCACCUCUCCACUCAUCGAUCAUGGGAUUGCGUGCUGACAUCACAGCCCCAUCAGUCCUGUACAGAAGAAACCAAGCAAAGACACCACAGGGCCGAGGCACAGCGGCAAGGCAAAUGCCACACAUCUGACACCAAUGUUGCACACUCCCAAAGCACCCUCCGCAUGAGGGUUGAAGUCCUCUUAUAGCAGAGAUAGCUGUGCCACCACCCUUUCAAUGGGCACAAUUCAAGCUGCACAGAUGAGGAAGCGUGGGCGUUUUCCUUCGCAGUCCCCAGCCAGUUCCAUAGCAUUCUUCCAAAAUGGCAGACAGCAUUCAAGUUGCGUGACUGGAUCCAAAAGAAGACCCAGCCCCUGCUCCUAUUGAAAUCCCUGCUUCUGAACUAAAAAUGCAGGAGCCCAGUUCUAUUUUCCAUUUGGCCAUCCUAAAAUUGUAUACAGACUUUUGCCUUCCUGUUACCAGGAUCUCUUUAGAGGAGUAACUCUGCAGCUUGGUCACAGUAAAAAAAUUAAAUUCUUUAUGCUUUUCCCCUUGUCUCCAUUUUUCAACCAAAAUAGACUUCCAGCCUCAGUAUUCAUGUCUUCUAACUUUUCAUGCUCCAAAGCAUUUGCCCUUGAACUCUUGGCAAACAAUUAACAUUUAAUUAAGUCUCCACAGCAUGGUGUUAGUUCUCCCAAAUCCAGCAAUAACAUAUUUACACAAAAUCUUUCUUUCUCUGCUUCUUUCUCUUUAAUCAUGGUUAUCUUUAUCCGCACUCCUGGGGUUGCAAAUAUUCCCAUUCAGAUAAACAGGAACAAGCUAAACACUAUAAUCCUGUGAGUGAUAAAAGGAGACAGCAUCUGUAUUUAAACGCUUUGGUUUUUUUCAGUUGUUUACCAACUUGGGAGAAAAUAGCUGGACUUUGCAGAGUGUUUGUAUCCCACAUGAGUCAUAAUGAGAUUUCAGAUACCCUAUCGGGCCUUUUAGCAACCAUGUGCAUAUAUAAUAUAAUAUUAUAUUAUAUAGAGAGAGCCUUGAGGCUAUUCUAGGGUUACCAGAUGUCCCCGGUUCCCGGGGACAGUCCCUGGAUUUGCAAAUCUGUCCCUGAACAAAUUCCGUCCCCGGAAUGUCCCCGGACUUGCAAAUCUGUCCCCGGGAAACGUGGCAGUGGCAGCCUCAGCAGCCCGGAGCCCGCCUGGUAGUGCAGAUGGCUCUGGCUGGCUCCAGGAGUUGCUCGCUUCCCGCUGCCGUGGCAUCCGCCAUUUUUCCUUGCUGGAAGUUCCGCCACUGCUGAAGGGAAACCGGGGACAUCCAGCGGUACAUAUCUCCUGCCCCCUUCUCCCUUUGUUUUGACUGAUUGGGGGAGGCUCAGGAGUUGCGGGCGGGCGGCUGUUGCCCCGUUUUUUAAAAAAAAACCUGCACAUUUAUGUUUCACAAGGUGCGAAAGAAGGGCUUUGCACCUUGCCUGGCAGAGAAACCGCCUGCCCGCGACUCCCGAGCCUCCCCCGAUCUGUCAAAACAAAGGAGGAAGGGGGAAGGAGAUAUUAUAUUGAUAUACAUUGUUAUACAAUAUGCAUGUGUACUUGGGCCCAGGGUCUUUUGCCUCACCAUCCGCACUACUGACUCCCCGUUGCUACUCAGCUUCAAAAAGUGUCCCCGGAUUCAUUGAAAAAAAUCUGGUAACCAUAGGCUAUUCCCCAUUCUGUACUGGGGGAAGUCACAGCCAGUUGGAGGAUGGAUGGCGGCUAACAGAUUGAGGUUGAAUCCAGACAAGACAGAAGUACUGUUUUGGGGGGACAGGAGGCAGGCAGGUGUGGAGGACUCCCUGGUCCUGAAUGGGGUAACUGUGCCCCUGAAGGACCAGGUGCGCAGCCUGGGAGUCAUUUUGGACUCACAGCUGUCCAUGGAGGCGCAGGUUAAUUCUGUCUCCAGAAUUACGUUUCCAAGCACAUUUCAAAGUGUUGGUGCUGAUCUUUAAAGCCCUAAACGGCCUUGGUCCAGUAUAUCUGAAGGAGCGUCUCCACCCCCAUCAUUCUACCCGGACACUGAGGUCCAGCGCCAAGGGCCUUCUGGCGGUUCCCUCACUGCGAGAAGCCAAGUUACAGGGAACCAAGCAGAGGGCCUUCUCGGUAGUGGUGCCCUCCCUGUGGAAUGCCCUCCCACCAGAUGUCAAAGAGAACAACAACUACCAGACUUUUAGAAGACAUCUGAAGGCAGCCCUGUUUAGGGAAGCUUUUAAUGUUUGAUGUAUUACGGUAUUUUAAUAUUUUGUUGGAAGCCGCCCAGAGUGGCUGGGGAAGCCCAGCCUGAUAGGCGGGGUAUAAAUAAUAAAUUAUUAUUAUUAUUAUUAUUAUUAUUAAAUCAUUUUGAGAUAUGGAAUGCUUUGAUGUGCAGCAUCAAAUGAGCAUAGGAUGCAGUCUAGCCUCCUGCUGCUACUACAACCACCAUAGGCAAAAGGGACCCCUUGCAAUAUUGUCUGCACUGAAGACUAAUGGCGAAUCAAGGUCUCUUGGCCUUCCUGUUAUCAGGGAUCCCUUUAAUGGGAGAUGCCGAGAACUGAAGUGUUGGACCUUCUGACCUAUGUGCAAAUAUGUGCGACACCGCUAAGCCCUUAGGGCAACAAAGGUGCUUGCAAUUUCAUUUUAGCAUUGUGUCAAGAAGGCCAGGAGCAUUAACAGGACCUUGACUGAUAGGGAUGAAGCUUAACUGGUUUGUGGGGAGGCCCUGAUUGCACUUUCUAUAGGGUGUUAAAAAGACAUUUGUCCUUAGGCCACACUGAUUAGCACAUCUGAGGAAAUUUUUCUUCCCCUUGCAGCACUUUGCGUGGCUCAGUUGCUUGGGUUAUCUGGAUUGUUUUGGGGUAUUUAAAAAUUAUAAUUAAGAUUAUUUUCUUAUUUAAUUGUGAAAGAGCUUCUGCAUAGCUGUCAACUUACAGAUUUGAAAAUAAGGGACCAGCAGCCUCAAAAAUAAGGGAUCAGCAGCCAAAAUAAGGGAUUUUGGCUUAGCUUAUACAGAAAUCCCGCACUCAUGGAGCCAGGCUGCUUUGGCUGCCACUGACUGUGUUUGGCAGGGGUUGGACUAGAUGAUCCCAAGGGUCUACAACUCCCGCCAAAGAAGAGUGGCAGACAAAAUUGAUGAACGACGCAGAGGUGCCAAAGCUUACAGGCACAAUUCGAAACCAGGAAGAGGUCCUCUGUAAUAAAGGGGGAAAGUUUAUAAUUUAGUUGAAAACUAUUGUAAAGAGCUACAUACAUUGGUAGGAUUGACAGAAGACUUGUAGAAAAAAUUUGAACUAUUGGAUUAAGAAAAAAAAAUUUAGCCACGCACAACCUCUCCAGCCGGGAGAGGCUGCGCGCGGCUUUGGCAGAAGCCAAGACAGCUAGCAGGAUGGAUCCCGCUCGCUGUCUUGGCUUUCUUUUUAGCCGCAGGGCUGGGGCGGGGGAAGCCCGAGCUUCCCCCGACCCCAGCCCCCAGAACGGGUCCCGGAGCGGCAGCGAGGUUGCGCGCAACCUUGCCUUCGCUCCCGGAGCUUGCUGCUAUCCACAAGCCUUCUGAGCCCGGCGAGAACUCCCGCCGGGCUCUGAAGGCUUGCGGAUAGCUGCCCAAAGCCCGGGGUGCGCAGCGCUGUGCUCCCCGGGAUUCAGGCUGCUGCCUGCUAUCCGCAAGCCUUGGAAGCCCGACGGGAACUCCCGCUGCGCUCCGAAGGCUUGCGGAUAGCUUCCUGAAGCCUGCAUUCAAUCCAUAGGAUGCGCACACAUUUCCUCUUCAUUUUUGGAGGGGGGAAAGUGCGUCCGAUAGAGCGAAAAAUACGGUAAUUCCUUUUCAAAAUGAACUUCUCAAGCUCUGGACUAGAUGGGCCUAUGGUUUGACCCAUGAGGGCUCUUCCUCGCAGUUCACGAAUAGAGUGCUACAAAUGAAAGGCCUUUCCCCAUCCCUGUGAAACCACUUUGCAGGAAUCGCUGCUAAAACGAACUUUCCUCAUAGUUUAAAACAAUUCAUUCAUUCAUUCUUUUCAAGUUUAUACAUUUCACUAAUUCUACAAUCGUUUUGACAUUUCAAUACUUGACUUCCUUCCCCCUCUUUCUGCAGUUCCUUAAAUUUGUUUUUAAUAUCUUUAGCAUAUCCAAAUUAACUUAAUUUACUCAUUUAUUCAUCUUCUUUAAAUAUAUACUCUUCUAAAACUGCAGGUUAUUACAAUGAUCCUGCCAAUGUUUUUAUCUGUUUACAAUUUAUCUGUAAAUAUUCAAUAAACCAUUUCCAUUCUUUUAUUAAAAAAAGUUUGUUAUCUUGAUUUCUUAUUUUUCCGGUAAGUUUCGCCAUUUCUGUAUAUUCUAUAAGUUUUUGUAUCCAUUCUUCCUUUGCCGGGACUUCUGCUUCUUUCCAUUUAGGAGCAAGUAACAUUAUUGCCGCUGUAGUAGCAUACAUGAAUAAGUUUCUAUACAUUUUAGGUGGUUCUGUCCCUAUAAUUCCCAAAAGAAAAGCUUCUGGGUUUGUUUGUUUGUUUUUACAAAUGUUAUCUUAAACAUCCUUUUCAUUUCAUUAUAUAUCAUUUCCCUGUAAGCUUUAACCUUACUACUAAAACAAAUUUGUAAAUCUGGUUCAUUCACGAAGCCAGGGAAAAGUCGCUUUGUCCCCGAACUCUGUGGUUGCCUGUGCUUAAUUCAUGAAAAUUACCUUUGAUUGAAUAUUUCUGCUUCACAUGGGAGAAGAUUUGCUUGUGUGAUGAUUUAGGUGUUGCUGGUUUUCAGUAUUUGGUAGAGUCAUCACAAUUAAGCAGAGAGAGCGCGUUUCUUUAGUUUUUAUGAAUGCACCAAGCGUAAUCAUUGGGAUACUUCUGGUUUCCAUUGCAGGGGAUGGCAAAUUAUUCCUUAAAACGAGGGCAGCUGUUUCCAUAAGGUCACCAGAGACCCCGCCUGCGGCUGAAGAACUGCGUGGGAAGGUUGGUUUCAUACAGAGAUUUGGCAGAGCUAUGAAUCAGCAAAGUAUGAUUUGCCAUUGUGAAUUACUUGUAAUUUUAUUCACGGAGAUAUUCCUCAUAUUUUUGACUAGGAAAUAAUGGCUACAAUUCAAACUACAGUUUCACACACACACAAACAUACAGCUCUCUAUCAUCCAUCCAUACAAGCAAAGAGGUAUAUUCAGAGUUUGAGGACACAUUCCAGACAGGCUAAAUCACAAAAAGAAGGGCCAUAGCAGGGUCGGUGAGAGGUGAAAUUCAGAGCCUGGGAAGAGUUCUGAGGGCCAAGUAGGGAGGUAGCAAGGGCCGCAUUUCAGGUUCCCCACUUUGUUGAUUUUGAAAUGGGCAAAAUACAGUGGUACCUCAGGUUAAGAACUUAAUUCGUUCUGGAGUUCCUUUCUUAACCUGAAAUUGUUCUCAACCUGAAGUACCACUUUAGCUAAUGGGGCUUCCCGCUACCGCUGCGCCACCAGAGCACGAUUUCUGGUCUCAUCCUGAAGCAAAGUUCUUAACCCGAGGUAUUAUUUCUGGGUUAGCGGAGUCUGUAACCUGAAGCGUCUGUAACCUGAAGCAUCUGUAACCCAAGGUACCACUGUAUCCUGUCUCUCCUGCAGCUGAUUGGUCACCUGUCUAUUUCUUCCCGAUACAAUCAUCGCAAUAAUGUGAUGUGUGGGCAAACAUAUAAGAAAAAUGGCUCCCUUUCCCUUAUGGGGUAUUCCGGAGCCCGAACAGAGUCCUUAAGUGGGUUCCCUAUCGGUAAGAGAAAAUAACAGCGGCCAACCAGAGUAUAUUGAGAAGAAAAACGGCUAGUAAGCCUGAUUCAAGGAACUGUUGCCACAGGGUCCCCACUCACCACACGCAGGAGGGAAGAGAACCCUGAACAGUGGUGCGCAAGCCCUUAUAUAGACUCUUGAAAUUGCCCACCCUGUAGCCCAAGACCACUACCCCUAAACAUCAUACAUACAUCAGAGAAGGAGGCGGUCUACAGCAGAAAUCCUGUCUGCCAGGAUACCUGAUACUGGUCACUGAUUGCUUUACCUGGGCAGCCUGGCCAUUCUUUUGUGAUGAUCUGAAUCCAGGUCAUGGGCUCACCCUAUUCGUACACAAAUACGCCCUUAAGACAGGAGUUGCAAGCAAAAAGUCAAUGCGAAGGCUUUCCCCAUUUGCCUCCCUUACUGCAGAGGAAUAUUUGAGGUUAUUGGGAGAGUCAAAACGGCUUCAGGAUUGCUCUCCCAUACUAUUUCAGACACAUGGUUCAUAUAUUUAGAUAUGUGUGCAUUUAUGAACAUUUAUUCCAUAUUUGAGACCUUAAAAUUCUUAUAACACAUGCGAUAGAAAGUAUGUGUGGUGAACUGGUCACACGUCUGCAUUUGUUCUUUGAAUGCAAUUGGGACAUUUUUCUGCAGCUGGGGGUUAGAAGGAGCCUAUCUGGCGUCUGAAUUUAGCUCCCCACCGCCACAAACAGGCUUGUAAUCUGCCAAGGGAGAAACAAAUCUAUAUUUUUCUUAUCUACAGAUGUUAAAGCGCUUCCUUGUAUACUAUUGACAUGUCUCUGUUGCUGUGCUUGAGGUUCCCUCUGAGCAAUGCUUUUUCAUCUCGGCAUGUGGGAGGCCACUUUUGCAAGCUCCCGCUGCCAGCGAUACACAGAAACAUUCCCACAACACACCGCACUCAGAACUUGUGCAGACAUCUUAGUAUCGUAUCCCUUUGUGGUGGCAUCGUGCAUUGCCUCUUCUGACUGUUUUGCUGGGGAGAGGAUACUGUUGUGGUCUAAACCAGGGGUCCCCAAACUAAGGCCCACAGGACGAAUAAGUUUAUCCGGCCUGCGGCGACGCCCGCCGCCCGCUCUUACCGGCAUUGUGCUGCGCGGCUGCCCACUUCCGGGUCGGAGGAGCACCGGAAAUAGCUUGUGCGCAUGCGCAAGCAUUGUGCGCAUGUGCAAGCCUUCUUUCUGGUGCACAUCCAGGUUGGUGGAGGCCCGUGCCCAUGCACACAAGCUAUUUCCGGUGCUCCUUCAACCCGGAUGUGUGCCAGAAAUAGCGCAUGCGCAUGCAUAUAGGCACGCGCUCCCCCGCCCUCUGGCCCACCACGCGAUCGGCGCUGGAGACACCGGCCCAAGGCACGGUAAGUUUGCUGACUCCCGGUCUAAACCACUGAGCCUCCUCAGCUUGCUGAUCAGAAGGUCGGUGGUUUGAAUCACUGUGAUGGGGUGAGCUCCCGUUGCUCUGUCCCAGCUCCUGCCAACCUAGCAGUUUGAAAGCACACCAGUGCAAGUAGAUAAAUAGGUACCACUGCGGUGGGAAGGUAAACGGCGUUUCCGUGUGCUCUGGUUUCCGUCACGGUGUCCCGUUGCGCCAGAAGCGGUUUAGUCUUGCUGGCCACAUGACCCAGAAAGCUAUCUGUGGACAAACACCGGCUCUCUCGGCCUGAAAGCGAGAUGAGUGUUGCACCCCAUAGUCUCCUUUGACUGGACUUAACCGUCCAGGGGUCAUUUAUCUUUAUUUUUACAUAAUUUGCCGGGGAGAGGAUACGGCAGCCAAGUGUCGGAUUUAUGUAUAAGCUAUAGCUUAGGGCCCCAGUCUCUUGGGGGCCCCCAAAAAAUUUAAAGGAAAAAAAACAACUGGAUGUACAUUUCCAAAAUAUAAGAUAAAAAACAAUUACUUUGAUAAAAUACAUAUUAUGUUGUGUGCAAAUGGCUUUAGAUACCUAUUAGGCCCAUAAAUUACCAAAUAGCAUAUAUUCGACACAAAAAACAGGGACAAUUUGUUGUUGACAAAGGACAGCUGGACAUAUAAAGGGCCCCAUUAACUUCAGUAGCUUAGGGCUUCAUCAAAUCUAAAUCCGGCCCUGCCUAUCAUGGUGAUGUUUUAGAACAGUGGGGCUGAUCUAGAAGCAAACAGUGUGCUUCCCUCGAAGAUCUCUGAACCCAGGCAAGUACAGAUAGCUUGGACCUAAGUCAUAUAGUUUUCUUAGCAAGGAUACUGGAGUGGCUUGCCGGUUCCUCCUCCAGGUGGAUCACGUUUGGCCAAAACCCUCCACUAUGACCUGUUCAUCUUGGGUGCCCUGCUCGGCAUAGUUCAUAGCUUCUCUGAGUUAUUCAAGCCCCUUCGCCACGGCAAGGCAGUGAUCCAUGAAGGGGUCCAUGAUCACUGCAGAUGGUGACAGCAGCCAUGAAAUUAAAAGACGCCUGCUUCUUGGGAGAAAAGCAAUGAAAAACCUAGACAGCAUCUUAAAAAGUAGAGACAUCACCUUGCCAAUAAAGGUCUGUAUAGUAAAAGCUAUGGUUUUCCCAGUAGUGAUGUAUGAAAGUGAAAGCUGGACCAUAAAGAAGGCUGAUCGCCGAAGUAUGGAUGCUUUUGAAUUAUGGUGCUGGAGGAGACUCUUGAGAGUCCCAUGGACUGCAAGAAGAUCAAACCUCUCCAUUCUUAAGGAAAUCAGCCCUGAGUGCUCACUGGAAGGACAGAUCGUGAAGCUGAGGCUCCAAUACUUUGGUCACCUCAUAAGAAGAGAAGACUCCCUGGAAAAGACCCUGAUGUUGGGAAAGAUGGAGGGCACAAGGAGAAGGGGACGACAGAGGACGAGAUGGUUGGAUAGUGUUCUCGAAGCUACCAGCAUGAGUUUGACCAAACUGCGGGAGGGAGUGGAAGACAGAAGUGCCUGGCGUGCUCUGGUCCAGGGGGUCACGAAGAGUCGGACACAACUAAACGACUAAACAACAACAACAACAACAACAAAGUCAUAUAGGGCUUUAUUGAUAACAGACAGCACUUUGAAUGGCGCUCCGUAGCCAGUGCAGCCAGGGUUAACCAACCCUGGUUAACAAUCUGGCUGCAGCUCUAUGAGCCAGUUGAGGUUUCUAAACCCUCUUCAAUAGCAGCACCAUGUUAACCGAAAUCCAAACGGGUCUAAUAACAUGAUCAAGUAAGCAUGUAAGUCAAUAAAUAGGACAGAACUGCUGAAGCGCAUGGAACAUUUUCAGGCAUGAUGAAAUAGGUAUAUAGAAAUUAUGCCUCAACGAGCCACGAGUGCGUCUUUGACGGUAUUUAUCAUUCUAGGAAGCCGUCCAAGUCUUUGCUACGUUGAAGAAUGAGGGUUAUGCCCCAUGUGCAGAUAAAAGGCUGGUAUGUUCAAACAGGAGAUAAUUACGCGGCAAUUUACAUGCAGAGACAGACAAAGAAAAGCAUAUAUGGAAUAAUCAACUUUGCAAAACAUUAUUAAAAUGGCCAGAGAUGUUUUAUUAUGAGGACAUAACCUCAAAUGUAUAUGGCGUGUUCUUCAGACCUUACUUUGUUGGCCACAAUCCCAAAGCAAUUUGAUAUUAUGAAUUAUUUGGUUUAUAAAAAAACCCCGACUUCAAUUAAAUCAGCAAAGGCUGAAGCCUUAAGGUAUGUCUCUGCUUCGGAAAAUAGCUUCUCUGCAUGGGGAGUUUUGCACUCUCAAGAAGCCUACCAAACAAAGGCAGGGUGUGUCUGUCUACACUACAAAUUAAACCCAAAUGAAACAGCCUCAGACCUGUUUAAUGGAAAUGGAUCUCUAGCAAGGGAAAGUCAGGCAUUGAAGUUCUGUGUAGGAGCCAAUGAUCUGUACCACAAAUUCCCGGCGUCUUCACAAAACUAAAGCUGCAAAAUGGUCCUUAUGACAAUGAAACCACUUCUUGGUUCCUUGUCUUGUAUAGCAGUUGCACUAAAUUCUAUGAAAUCUAUAUUAUUGUCUUGUAUUCUUAUGGCUUACAGGGCUGAUGGACGCCUGAAUUGGAGAAAGUGUGUUGUUGAUAUGUUUGGUAAAUUUUCUUAAUCGCAAGUUGUAAAAGCUGGUUUCGCAUUUCCAGAAUCAGGAUCUGUUAGUCUGGAAAACUAAAUUCCAGGUCUGGCUCUCCUAGCAUAGAUUCCGUCUUGCGGGAUGGGAGUGGGGAUUAUUAUUAUUAUUUUACUACAAUUUAUUAAAAAAGAAAGAAAGAAAGAAGAAGAAGAAAAAUAAAGAAAAAGCAGUUGAGGUUUCAAAAAAAAACUUCCAAACAUUCUCAUUGUACGUUAUCUGUUAAAUACACUUUUACCGCACUUAUUUCUUCUAUUUUUUUAUCAUAUUUCUAUGUAAAUUGUCAACUACCUUUAUAUGCUACAAGGCUCAUUCUAGGUCUGCCAGGAGAUUACACUUUAUACCAUUGUUCUUCAUAUAUUCUUUAAAUAUCCUCCAUUCCUUGUGGACUUUUUGUUUUGUUUCUCCUCUAACUCUUCCCAUCACCUUUGCUAGCUGCAAGUAUUCUACCAUUAAUGUUUGCCAGUCUACUAUAUUAGGUGUUUUAGUAUUUCUCCAAAAAAUACUUAAAAAAUGAUUUAAAAUAACAUUUUUUUAAAAAGACCAGAAAUAUUUCUUUUAAGUAUAUUGCCAACUGAAAAAGGAAAAUCGAAAAGACCAUUGUUCACAUAUGGGGUAACCGCGGCCAGAAUUUUAGUGGCAAGAAAUUGAAAUGGGGGGGGGGGCAUUAUUAUUAUUUUUAGAAAACUGGUUUAUUUCUUAGGAACAGAGGAAGCUGCCUUACUCCACGGCAGAGAGACAGCAGACCCAAUCCAUACAUUCAGAGCACAUUUCUCCCACCCAAAGAAUCCUUGGAACGGCAUUGUGUGUGUGGGAAUUUUAGCUCUUUGAGGGAGAAACUACAGAUUUUCUGGGGGGAUAUUUUGUGGCUUUGAAGAUGCAUUGAAUGUGCUUUAAAUCCACGGUGCAGAACUGGCCCCCUCUAGCACAAGUCCUCUAGCGAAGAAUGGUCUUCCCCAUCACUUUUUUUAAAAAAAUAAUAUUUAUUAUUUUUCCAGAAACUUAAACACUAAAAAAAGACAAUGCAAAACAUUAAAUUAACAAAACAAAACAAAAACAAUACAAUAAAUCAAACAGUUUCAUUAUCCCAUCUUUCACUCACUUAUUUCCGUGACCUCCUCACACCUCCCUUUUUGUAUUCCACUUCUGAUAAUUAUUUCAGCAAUUCCUUUCCAUCUUCCUCUGCUUUCUAUCCUUUAAUUAUCUUAACAGAUUCUAACCUUAUUUUUUCCUUUAAUGCUCUACUAACCUAUCUGUACUUAAUUCCUUAUAACAUUUCUACUAAAGCCAUAUAACUUCAUUCCAACAUUUUUCUAACAUUCAUUAAUUUUACAAUAUUUCUGUAAAUAGUCUUUAAAUUUUUUCCAAUCUUCUUCCACCGACUCUUCUCCCUGGUCUCGGAUUCUGCCAGUCAUUUCCACAGUUCCAUAUAGUCCAUCAACUUCAUCUGCCAUUCUUCCAGAGUGGGUAAAUCUUGUGUCUUCCCAUCACUUGCCACCCCCUGAUCAUUUUAAUGGGAGGUGCCAGGGCUUGAGUUCGAAAGCUGCCGCAUGCAAGGCACAAAGGCUGCUCUCUACUCUCCUAGCAACCUUGCGGAAGACACCUUUCAUUAGAUCGGAGCUGAAGGAGAAGGUCCUCAGGACUUUCCCCAAAAAGGCCUCACUUUGGAAAAGCGUGGCUUCCUAUGGGGAUUCUGCUCUGGAGUAGGGAAAAUGAGAUUAUCCACCCUUCCCUGCAUUGGCCACUGCCCCCAGAUGUUUCUGUCAUCGCUUCUCAAUAUGUCUCUUCCUUCCUUCAUCUAUCAGCAACCUCAUUUGCUCAUUUUCUUGUCACUGCUGUUUCUUACCCCAAGGAGAAAGUGUUAUGCAAUAAUGAGAUGAGCAGAAGGAGGAGGGAGACAGUCUAGCGACUUGCGCUCAGGCGACUGGAGGCUGACGGCUCCUAAAUUCUAAUCGGGCACACAUCUCCCCGGAGCCAUGUCUUCUCGACUCGCUAGGCUCACCUAAAUAAGCUAAGUUUUGGGGUGGGGUGGUUCCCCCCCUCCUCUGAGCAAUCCCUUGCCAAGGCAAUAGGAAAACCCCUCCGAGUUAGAAUGAACAUGUCUUUAAUCAGGUGUCAGCCCUGAUGGAAAGAUGGAAAGGUAAGAGUCGGCUGGAAAAUUUAAAAGGGAACCGCCUUUUCUUUGGUGGCAGAAUAAAAGGACAUGUUGUGAAUUUCACAUCCAGGAUUGGAGAUGGCAGAAAAUAAACUAUUAUUAUUAAUAACAAUUAAAGUUUUCAUCUGUAGACCCCAGGGCAGUCCAGAGCAUAGAAAUACAAGAUAAAAACACAAACUAUAUAAUAAAAACAGGAACAAAACAAAACUUCUCUGUGGGUGUCGGGGAGAUUCACCCAUCAAGGGCCACGUUAAUAAUAAUAAUAAUAAUAAUAAUAAUAAUAAUAAUAAUAAUUUAUUUAUUUAUUUAUUUAUCUAUUUAUUUAUACCCCGCCUAUCUGGCUGGGUUUCCCCAGCCACUCUGGGUGGCUCCCAACAGAAUACGAAGAAGAAGAAGAAGAAGAAGAAGAAGAAGAAGAAGAAGAAGAAGAAGAAGAAGAGCAAUAAAAGAUCAAACAUUAAAAACUUCCCUAAACAAGGCUGCCUUCAGAUAUCUUCGAAUCUUCUAAAAGUCAGAUAGUUGUUUAUUUCCUUGACAUCUGAUGGGAAGGCAUUCCACAGGGCGGGCGCCACUACCGAGAAGGCCCAGUGCCCGGUUCCCUGUAACUUGGCUUCUCGCAAUGAGGGAACUGCCAGAAGGCCCUCGGCGCUGGACCUCAGUGUCCGGGCUGAACGAUGGGGAUGGAGAUGCUCCUUCAGGUCUACUGGGCCAAGGCCAUUUAGGGCUUUCAAGGUCAGCACCAACACUUUGAAUUGUGCUCGGAAACAUACUGGGAGCCAAUGUAGGGCUUUCAGGACCGGUGUUAUGUGGUCUUGGUGGCCACUCCCAGUCACUGGUCUAGCUGGCCGGGCUCCCUCCUGUGUGGACGGGCGGAUGUCGCGACAAAGCCACACUUGGCUGCAGUGGCACGGGUUUGGCUGGCUCAGUGGGCUCACUCCCCCUGCCCCCCACCCAGUGCGCACCUGCCUGGUGCCGUCAACGGUGUUGUAAACAAAAUCUGCCCUUAUUCCCUUAUGGGGGACGCAAGAGCCCUUAUAGAGUCCUUUGUAGGUUCUCCAUCGGUAGGAGAAAAUAACAGAAGCAAAGCAGCUAGUAAGCCUGAUCUUUAUUGAACCCCUCACACGCAGGAAAGGAGGAGGACCCAGAACAAAGGUGUGCCUGCCCUUAUACAGACAUUUUAAAUUGCCUUCCCUGGAGCUCAAGACCACCCCUCCAUACAUCAUAUAUACAUCACAGAAGGGGUGUAACCCAAAACCACCCCCCACAAAUAUCAUACCUACAUCACAGAAAAGGCGGUCUACAACAGAAAUUUGAAUGUUGUUAUUUUUCCUGUCUGCCAGGUUAUCUGAUAAUGCCUUAUCUGAUUGCCUUUCCUGGUAGUCUGGCCAUUCCUUUGAGAUGGUGAUUACCCAAUUCCUGAGACAAUUGGAAGGCUCCCUCACCCCCUCCCUCCUUGCAGAGAAAACAUUGGGUCAAAAUGGUUUCAGAACGGUCUUCCUGUGCUGCUCCAGACAUGUGGUCCCCAUAUCUAUGUACGUGCUUGGCUGGUACAUUUAUGAACAUUUAUUAUAUAUAGGUAAAUGGACCCCUGACCAUUAGGUCCAGUCGUGGCCGACUCUGGGGUUGCGGCGCUCAUCUUGCUUUAUUGGCCGAGGGAGCUGGCGUACAGCUUCCGGGUCAUGUGGCCAGCAUGACUAAGCCGCUUCUGGCAAACCAGAGCAGCACACGGAAACGCCGUUUACCUUCCCGCCGGAGUGGUACCUAUUUAUCUACUUGUACUUUGACAUGCUUUCGACUGCUAGGUUGGCAGGAGCAGGGACCGAGCAACGGGAGCUCACCCCGUCGCGGGGAUUCGAUCCACCGACCUUCUGAUCAGCAAGUCCUAGGCUCUGUGGUUUAACCCACAGCACCACCCACGUCCCUUAUUAUAUAUAGAAGACCUUCAUUUUAUUUAUUACAGUGGCAUCAACUGGGCUGGCCCAGCAGGUUCUGGUCACCCUCUGUGCCCGGGCAGCGUCCAACGAUGCUGUGUUGCUGCUCUUGUGCAAAAGAUGCUAUGCUAUGAAGUCUCUCACAAAGGAACAAUUACUAAAGAGGCGGAAGGUUGCUGUAACCCUCCGUGGUAAAGCUUGAGAGAUUGUAUAACUAACUGUGGCUUCCCUUUUUCAAAGGAACCUCUGAAAAGGCAACAAGCAGGGGAGCUGCGAGGGAACCAGCACGGCACAGGAAAUGAGCAAAGCACCAUGGGUAUAUUUGCCAGGGUUUUACCUGUGUUAUAAGGGGGAAAAACUGCUCCUUUUCCCUUAUGGGGUAUCCAAGAGCCCGUAUGGAGUCCUUAAGUGGGUUCCUUAUUGGUAGGAGAAAAUAACAGAGGUCAACCAGAAAAUAUAGAGAAGCAAAGCAGCUAGUAAGCCUGAUCUUUAUUCAAGGAACUGUUGCAAAAGGGUCCCCACUCACCACAAGCAGAAGGGAGGAGAGAACCCAGAAAAAUGGUGUGCGAGCCCUUAUAUAGACUUCUGAAAUUGCCCACCCUGUAGCCCAAGACCACUACCCCUAAACAUCAUACAUACAUCAGAGAAGGAGGCGGUCUACAGCAGAAAUCCUGUCUGCCAGGAUACCUGAUACUGGUCACUGAUUGCUUUACCUGGGCAGCCUGGCCAUUCUUUUGUGAUGAUCUGAAUCCAGGUCAUGGGCUCACCCUAUUCACACACAAAUACGCCCUUAAGACAGGAUUUGCAAGCAAAAAUCAAUGGGGAGUCUUUCCCCAUUUCUUCCCUCCUUGCUGAGAAAUAUAUUGAGGUCAAUUUGGGAGAGUCAAAAUGGCCUUCCUGUACUAUUUCAGACACAUGGUUUUAUAUAGUUAUGUGUGUGUUUGCCUUUAUGAACAUUUGUUUUAUACUUGAGACCUCAGAAUUCUUAUAACACCUGCUCAGGAUAAUAAUAAUAAUAAUAAUAAUAAUAAUAAUAAUAAUACAGUGGUGCCCCGCAAGACGAAUGCCUCGCAAGACGGAAAACCCGCUAGACGAAAGGGUUUUCCAUUUUUGAGUUGCUUCGCAGGACGAAUUUCCCUAUGGGCUUGCUUCGCAAGACGAAAAUGUCUUGCGAGUCUUGAGAUUUUUUUCGCUUUCCCCCCCUUUUUCUAAGCCGCUAAGCCGCUAAUAGCCUUUUAGCAGCUAAGCCGCUGAUAAGCCUUUAAUAGCCGCUAAACCGCUAAUAGCGCUAAUCCGCUAAGCCGCUAAUAGGGUUGCUUCGCAAGACGAAAAAACCGCUAGACGAAGACACUCGCGGAACGGAUUAAUUUCGUCUUGCGAGGCACCACUGUAAUAAUUUAUUAUUUAUACCCCGCCCAUCUGGCUGAGUUUCCCCAGCCACUCUGGGCAGCUCCCAAUCGAGUGUUAAAAACAAUACAGCAUUAAAUAUUAAAAACUUCCCUAAACAGGGCUGCCUUCAGAUGUCUUUUAAAGAUAGGAUAGCUGCUUAUUUCCUUCACAUCUGAAGGGAGGGCGUUCCACAGGGCGGGCGCCACUACCGAGAAGGCCCUCUGUCUGGUUCCCUGUAACCUCACUUCUCACAAUGAGGGAACCGCCAGAAGGCCCUCGGCGCUGGAUCUCAGUGUUCGGGCUGAACGAUGGGGGUGGAGAUGCUCCUUCAGGUACACAGGACAGAGGCCGUUUAGGGCUUUAAAGAUCAGCACCAACACUUUGAAUUGUGCUUGGAAACGUACUGGGAGCCAAUGCAGAUCUCUCAGGACCGGUGUUAUGUGGUCCCGGCGGCUGCUCCCAGUCACCAGUCUGGCUGCCGCAUUCUGGAUUAAUUGCAAUUUCCAGGUCACCUUCAAAGGUAGCCCCAUGUAGAGCGCAUUGCAGUAGUCCAAGCGGGAGAUAACUAGAGCAUGCACCACUCUCGUGAGACCGUCUGUGGGCAGAUAGGGUCUCAGCCUGCGUACCAGGUGGAGCUGGUAGACUGCCGUCCUGGACACAGAAUGCUUCCUCCAAAUAGCAAAAAAGGGUGACUGACGCCAUUUCCCUGUACUUCUGCAUCAGGGGAUGAGAGAGUUCUGGCUGAAUCCAAAAAGAGGGACCAGAAAAGUCAAAAUGGCCUCUGCGGGAACAAACAUCUCGUGCCGCGUAAGGAGGAGAAGGGACUCUCCAGCUUGCCACCAACAGACAGCAGAAAGGAGAAGGAUGUUGGCAACUUCUUACAAGGUACUCCAGUUUCUACACACUUUAAGAAAUAAAAUACCUGCACCAAAGAUGGGGAGAGGCGUAUGGUUGGGAUGACAUUAUAAUGAGGUAGAAACGGAGCCAAGGGAGAAAACUGUCAGCAGUUUAUCCAUUUAUGUGAAUAGAGGAAUAAAUUUAACGGGAUGUGUCGGGUUUAAAGAAUUCCUUCUUCUCCCUUCUAGAAGUUACCUCAAGUGUCAUCUGUUUUGUAAAAAUUCAUCACACACAUACACACCCAUCUAGCUUUCUAGUGUGGUUUGUCUGUACAUAAAGGACUAAACUGCUUAAUGUGUUUUGCUUAACUUUAUGCACUUCUAACGCAUAAAGUUAUUUUUUCUUUGUGAAGACAGCUGUGACUUUCCAUGAAAACUAGUCGCAGGCAAAUAAUUUUUUGUCACUCAGUUGUCAUGUUUGUGACUGGUGUGAAGGUAUUUCUCAGUCAGAAAGAUGAUCUCAACCCAGCCAUUUGAUGUUUGAUAUUUUAAUUAGCCCUGUUUCCGAUGUAAACUCAAUAAAAGCUGAGUGUGUUGAUCCUUCUGUCCUUCUGUGUCUCAGCUGGGUGAAAUGAAAAUACUGAGCAAAGUUCAAUUGAGAGUUUUCUUUGUCCGCUAAUCGGGCCUUUAUGCAUGUAGAAAUUGAAUUUAUUUGAUUUGUCCAUCCUGAUUUGAGGCAUCUUGGUUGGAAUUCUAUACUUCUCACUAUAGUGCAGAGGGUCUUUAAUGAGCAAAUUAAUGCAGAGUCACAAUGGCUUAGAGAAAAGUCUUUCUGUGUCUGCUCUUGCGAUGAUUCUUUCACAUCAGCUUAAUAGUGUUUCUACAGGUCUGUAGGGACUGGAACUACAAUGCUUGAAUAAUUUCCUUAUUCUCCUUCCUGUGGUAUAAUGAUGUUCUCGUUUGCUAAUGACCUUUUCAGAGCAGUGUCCUCUAGCUCUCUCAGCGGCCUUGCAUUUUACAAAACCAGGAUGAAAAUUCAGGCUGGAUGAAACAAAUGCAGAGUUAGUGAAAUCAGUGGACCAGCUCUGCCUUACCUCUAUUGCCACCUCUCUACUCAAUAACAACAACAACAACAAAUUUAUUUAUAUGCUACCCGCCUGACUGGGUUGCCCCAGCCACUCAGAAUAUUAAACACACAAUAAAACAUCAAACAUUAAAAAACCUCCCAGUACAGGGCUGCCUGUCUUCUAAAAGUCAGAGAGUCGUUUAUUUCCUUGACAUCUGGUGGGAGGGCGUUUCACAGGGCAGGCGCCACUACCGAGAAGGCCCUCUGCCUGGUUCCCUGUAACCUCACUUCUUGCAGGAAGGGAACCACCAGAAGGCCCUCGGUGCUGGAUCUCAGUGUCCGGGCUGAACGAUGGGGGUGGAGACGCUCCUUCAGGUAUACGGGGCCCAAAGCCUACUCUCUAUAGGCUAGUCUGCAGGCAAACAGAUCUUCCAUUGAUAGAGAAUUUUUGUGCAAAAAGUGUUGACAUAAGUGCAUGUUUUGGACUGCUUUGCUCCUACCUGGUAUAUGCAACGUGUGCAUAGCUGUCAACCGUCCCUUAUUUGGAGGGAAAGUCCCUUAUCCCAGCGCCAUGUCCCGCUGCUGUCCCUUAUUGAUGAUGUCCCUUAAAUUUUCCGGGUUUCAAAGGAAGCAGCUCCUCUCCCUCCCUCCCUGCCGGCCAGGGAGGAGGGAGGCUCCAACUGUGUUGCUUGGCUGCGUUGCUCACCCAAUAAGGAGUCUAAGAACGACUGGGGGGUGGAGCUUGCAUGCCUUGUGCCGAUCAAAUCGGCCGCGUUGCCUGGGGACUCGCCUUUGCUCAGCGCUUCCCAGCGGAGAGGUGAUGGUAGUUUUCCUUGCUGCAUCCCCUUUGCCGGGUUGCUGCACUGUGGGAACCACCGCUUGAGGCUUCGUUUGGCUGCUGGCUGGGCUUUCUGCUUUUGGUUCAGAGGGGCUCAGAAGUCGAACAUACCUGUGCUCUGAAAAUCCCUUAUUUUGGCUGCUGAUCCCUUAUUUCCGAGGCUGCUGGUCCCUUAUUUUCAAAUCUGUAAGUUGACAGCUAUGAACGUGUGCCAAGCAACAGCUCCUAGCAAUGACUUCCCAGAACAUGUACACAUGGUGUAGUACAUGCCCUUUGCUGCGCAUCCUGUGUUAAAAAGGCCCUUGAUUCACUCUGACCACCUAGGUAAAAAUGCCGUUCCAUCAUUUUUGAUUUGGGAUCGUAAGAGUGGCUACCCAAGGAUCCUUCCCAAAUUAAGACACAGCGUGUCUCCCCACCCUCUCUUCUUGCACAAAAAGAGAUGCCAGCUAGCUUCAAGGAAGAUGCUCAAUUAAGGCCGUGAGCAUGCGCCUCUGGGUAAUUACUUUGAUCACAAUUUGCUUGCCGGAAGUUUAAAGAGCCUGGGCAAGAGGGAAAUCAAACAAAUGCAGCUCUUGAUGGUUUCCACUUUGAGGGGAUGUUGAGGAUGGAAUUAUCAGGAAACUGCUUGGUGGAAGCGGUGCAAGGAACAUGAGAGGGCACGCUGCUGUACAGAACCAGCUGAAAAAAAUAUAUAUCUCCAUGCCAACAAGACCUAGAUUGCAGAGUCGAGGGCCAUUAAAAGUUUCCUGUCUUCGCAAGGCUGGAUGCAAUUCAGCUUUCUCGGUCGCUUAUUAUGAUUUUAGCUAGGACAACAAAGGAAAAGCAAGCAUAUGAUUUUGGUCUCUCUACAUACCACCGGAGCCUUCGCAAAGAGCUGCAUUUCAAAAAGCUCUUUGGGGGAAACCUAUACCCCUUAAACUGCACUGGCGCUUAAUUCAGAUAGCCUCUCAUGGUAUUUCUGCUGUGGAUUUGCAACUCAAGAUGACCAUGUUGUUGUUGUUUAGUCGUUUAGUCGUGUCCGACUCUUCGUGACCCCCUGGACCAGAGCACGCCAGGCACUCCUGUCUUCCACUGCCUCCCGCAGUUUGGUCAGACUCAUGGGGACCAAAGGUGAACAAACUACCGUAGAAGGAACAUGGCGUGUCCCCUGCCAGAGAUACUACCUCUUCUCUAACACCCCAUCCAACCCUAGGUAUAAAACAGGGAAAUUAAGAUUCAAGUUUCCAGUGGCUGUAGUAAUAAUAAUAAUAAUAAUAAUAUAUUAUUUAUACCCCGCCCAUCUGGCUGGGUUUCCCCAGCUACUCUGGGCAGCUCCCAACAGAAUAUUAAAAACACAAUAAAACAUCAAACAUUAAAAGCUUCCCUAAACAGGGCUGCCUUCAGAUGUCUUCUAAAAGUCAGAUGGUUGUUUAUUUCCUUUACAUCUGAAGGGAGGGCGUUCCACAGGGUGGGCGCCACUACCAAGAAGGCCCUCUGCCUGGUUCCCUGUAACCUCACUUCUCGCAGUGAGGGAAGCGCCAGAAGGCCCUCAGAGCUGGACCUCAGUGUCAGGGCUGAACGAUGGGGAUAGAGGUAUACUGGGCCAAGUCAGAAAUUAGUAGGAACAUGACACUGCGCAUUUUCGUAAGAGGCAUUUUAGAUGUGCCUAGAAGCCUCUCUGGACAUCCCACAGAGGAACUUACGGUCUUCAAACAAAAACAUCCUGAAGGUCCCAGGCCACAGGGAGGUUAGGCUGGCCUCAACCAGAGCCAGGGCUUUCUCGGCUGUGGCCCCGAUCUGGUGGAACGCUCUGUCACAAGAGACUAGGGCCCUGCGGGACUUGACAUCUUUCCGCAGGGCCUGCAAGACGGAGCUGUUCUGCCAGGCCUUUGGUCGGGGUUCAGUCUGACUCCCUCUCCCCUUUCAUAAAAACUUGCAUGAAAGUGGCCUCCCAAUUUUUCUCACAGGCCCAUAUAAGUUCAGCACAAACAGUUGGGCCUGGGGAGCAUUUAAGGUGCCCAACCCUAAUCUGCGGGUUGCCAUCCGAUUGGAUUUUAUUCUGAUCCUGAUCUGAUUUGAGGAUGUAUUUUAAUUGAUUGUCUGAUUUUAUGUUAAUGUGUUAUACUUUUGAUGUUAGCCGCUCUGAGCCCGGCUUCGGCUGGGGAGGGCGGGAUAUAAAUAAAAAUUAUUAUUAUUAUUAUUAUUAUUAGUGUGAUAUAUUCACAUAUACAAAAAAUUAAUGUGCAUUCCUGCCAGUGUAGGCUUUCAUUUCCCACUACUCCCGAGGAGUUCUUACUCACCCUUCACUGAAAGCUCCCAAGGCCAUUUGCAACAACAAGAGGUGUGCGAUUUGAAGGGAAACAAAGCCCAGCAAACCUCAGCAUGGUGUUGGUGGGAGAGAAGUCUGGCCAAUACGGGCUUGAUUCUGCUCUCCUUGCCGCCGUUCCUUACGGCUGUGUGGUCUUCUUUGAUACCGCUUUUGCACCUGUGCAAAGCAGAUGAAAGGAAUUGCCCAGAGAGCAAAUCAAUUCUCAGAUCAGCCUCAUACAUCGGGAAUCAAAGGCUGAGCAGGCUGAGAACGGAAUGGCGUGGAUGGAUUUGCCCAGGCGAUUUGCAGGCGGUAUAAACUGCCAAGGGAAGAGCCUCUUAUGCAUAUAUUUUUGCUGCUUUCCCUGUGGUUAAGGCAAUGCUGAAAACUAUGUCAAGUUGAUACAGGGAAACCAGAACUGGAAAACCCAUAGGAAGUCCCUUCACCGGGACGGCAUGUGCGGCGAGGAAAAGGUGUAGAUAAUCCAGCCAAUGGGAGGGUUUUCAAAUGGGUAUCUAGAAACAGCAGGAUCUGGAAUUCAUCUAGAUGGAGAGUCACAUGUUGAGGACAAUAAUGGUUGCCCCAGCCACUCUGGGUUGUUUCCAACAUAGAUAAAAACAUAAUAAAACAUUAAACAUGAAAAAACUUCCAUAUACUGGGCUGUGUUCGGAUAUCUUCUAAAGGUUGUAUAAUAUAGUUACUUAUCUCCUUGGCUUGGGGAGGGGGGGAGAGUCACAUGACUCCAUACCCUCCAACAUUUCUCUGAUGAAAAUAGGGACGUCCUAAGGAAAAGCAGGGAUGCGGAUGGCACUGUGGGUUAAACCACAGAGCCUAGGACUUGCCGAUCAGAAGGUCAGUGGUUCGAAUCCCCGUUGCUCCCGUUGCUCGGUCCCUGCUCCUGCCAACCAAGCAGUUCAAAAGCACAUCAAAGUACAUGUAGAUAGAUAGGUACCACUCCAGCGGCAAGGUAAACGGCGUUUCCGUGCGCUGCUUUGGUUCGCCAGAAGUAGCUUAGUCAUGCUAGCCACAUGACCCGGAAGCUGUACGCCGGAUCCCUCGGCCAGUAAAGCGAGAUGAGCGCCGCAACCCCAGAGUCGGUCACGACUGGACCUAAUGGUCAGGGGUCCCUUUACCUUUACCUAAGGAAAAGCAGGGCAUUCCCGGAUCAAAUCAUGAAACUGGGACGGCUUCUGUAAAUUUGGGACUGUCCCUGGAAAAUAGGGACACUUGGAGGGUCUGUCAAAAUUGUUAUCAAGCUUAAUUGUAUAGUCAAACUUAUUUUGCCUGUUCUUAAGUUAGGCUAUAGGUAAAGGUAAAUGGACCCCUGACCAUUAGGUCCAGUCAUGACCGACUCUGGGGUUGCGGCGCUCAUCUCGCUUUACUGGCCGAGGGAGCCGGCAUACAGCUUCCGGGUCAUGUGGCCAGCAUGACUAAGCAGCUUCUGGCGAACCAGAGCAGCACAUGGAAACGCCGUUUACCUUCCUGCUGGAGCGGUACCUAUUUAUCUACUUGCACUUUGAUGUGCUUUAGAACUGCUAGGUUGGCAGGAGCAGGGACUGAGCAAUGGGAGCUCACCCCAUCGCGGAGAUUCGAACCGCCGACCUUCUGAUCGGCAAGCCCUAGGCUCUGUGGUUUAACCCGCAGCGCCACCCGUGUCCCAAGUUAGGCUAUAGAGAUAUCUAAUGUUUUGACCAAAACAGAAACGUCGUUCUACUUCUGCAAUAUAUUGAAGCACGUGGCAAAAGAUUAGUAGGAUUUUAUAAUAUUAUAUAAUAUGAGGCAACUCCUUAAAGUAUAUCGGCGUUGAUUUCCAGCGUAAUUGGACCGAGACCGCUGUAUAAUAUACAUCAGACUAUAGCGAAGCAGUGGCAGAUUUCUCCUCCUGCGCACUAAAGAAAACAGGGCUGUGGGGGGGAGCCAAGGGAGCUUCUUUCUCUUAAUCUGUGAUUCUCCGGCAUUUGUUAGCUAAACCGCUUAACUCCCCCAGCUCUCCAUUGCUCACACCAGGGAAGUUCAUAAAGUACACCUUUCCGCACAGCAUGGGUUUUAUCUUCCAGUUGAUUUCUGCUUCUGAACUCCAUACACACAGGCGCAGAAAUCCUUGUGAGUAAGCCCGUAACAACUCGACCGUUUCAGUUCUGAAAACUCCCUCCAGAGUUGUAUCCAAAGAGCUCAUUUUAUGUUAGCUCUUUUUUCCCCCCCUUUCCCUUUUCUUCUUCUUUAGGAAGAAGCUUGGCAAAAGAAGCAGCGAGGGAGGGGGAAAUCCCAAAGAUCUUAAACUGGCUUUUCUAGUGCUAUUGAUACAGAAGCGCAGGAGGUUUAAAACUCACGCAAGCCCCAUAGCUCACUGUCUUUCUAAUGUUGUGGACGACCUUCGCCUGCUCCAUUUUGGCCCAAAGGCAACGUAGCUGAGAUUGCGUAGACUUUUAACCAGGGCAUUUUUUCAGCCAGAACUUGCCAGAACUCAGUUCCGGCAUCUCUCACUGAGAGCCAGUGUGGUAUAGUGGUUAAGAGCGGUAGUCUCGUAAUCUGGGGAACUGGGUUCGCGUCUCGGCUCCUCCACAUGCAGCUGCUGGGUGACCUUGGGCUAGUCACACUUCUCUGAAGCCUCUCAGCCUCACUCACCUCACAGAGUGUUUGUUGUGGGGGAGGAAGGGAAAGGAGAAUGUUAGCCGCUUUGAGACUCCUUCGGGUAGUGAUAAAGCGGGAUAUCAAAUCCAAACUCUUCUCUUCUUCUUCUCAGGUGGGCGCCAUUGCCAUUACAAGAGAACAAGGUUCAUGGCAACUCUUUUUCUAGGAAAAUAGCUCUGCUUUUAGCUAGCCAGGCUGGACCAGAGGUAUCUAUAGGGAGCUAUAGCUCCCCAGUGCUGGCUGCCAGCCACAAACUUCGCUGUAAACCACAGAGUAGCCUCCUUCCCAAGAUGGAGGUCUUCUUUCUUAAAAGGGGUGCGGGUGGCGCUGUGGUCUAAACCAUGAGAUUCUUGGGCUUGCCGAUCAGAUGGUCGGUGGUUCGAAUCCCUGCGACGGAGCGAGCUCCUGUUGCUUUGUCCCAGCGCCUGCCAACCAAGCAGUUCGAAAGCACACCAGUGCAAGUAGAUAAAUAGGUACCGCUGCAGCGGGACGGUAAAUGGCGUUUCCAUACGCUCUGGUUUCCGUCACGGUGUUCUGUUGCGCCAGAAGCGGUUUAGUCCUGCUGGCCACAUGACCCAGAAAGCUGUCGGCAGACAAACGCCAGCUCCCUUGGCCUGAAAGCGAGAUGCAUGCUGCAACCCCACAGUCGCCUUUGACUGGACUUAACCGCCCAGGGGUCCUUUACCUUUACCUUUUUACCUUCUUUCUUAAAGCCACAGACAGGCUUCUGCCUUUGACACACUAUUUGCAAGGCAGAGAAUGUGUGAAAAUCGACUUAACUUUUGUGAGAAAAACACGAACAUGAUAGAUGAAACAUAACGCAUCUCCGCUUCAACACUUUCUUAAAACAGUGACAAUCUGUGUGUUGCGAGGUUGUACUUUGGGUGCAAAUUGCAUUUCAGACCAAUGUAAUAAGUUGUUCCCACUCCCAGCCACAAAAAAACCAGAAGUGUAGCUAGCUAUGAUUUGGUACUUAGUGGGUGGGCAAAACAGGUCCCCCCCAUGCUGAGAAGAUGUGUGAGGAGAAGUGUGAAGGAAAGCCAAGGAUCAGGAUGUUAUAAAGGGGCCAACUUCCUUGCUUUGAUUUACGAGGGCCUCAUCUCCAACUUCCCUGGGGAUAAUCAGCAGCAGAGGUGCAUUUGUUUAUGGGCAGCACAUGCAUGGCACAGAUGAUGGAAUAUUACCCUUUACAGGAUGCGGGAUGAAUGUGAGCGAUACAGUUACUUGCCCUUUGGACACUAGACAGAAGCCUGAGCUGCUCUCAGGACUUCAGUUUGAUGCCAUUCAUAGAAGGCUUUGGUGCUGGGAUGUGUGACGUCUCAAGGCUAAUUCUUAAACUACAAUCCCUCUCAGACUGUUGCUUUUCUCUUCUUCUUUUUUUAUAAGAUAUUUAUUAGGAUUUUUAAAAAUAUUACAAUAAAAAUGAAAAAAAACAACACAAAAUAAAAAUGAUUAAAAACACUCAGAUUUUCCAUUGCUUAUUUUUCUUUAGCUUGUUUCCCGGACCUCCUCAUACCUCCCUUUUUUGUAUUCCAGUUCAGUUUGUUGGUUCAGCAAAUCCUUACCCUCUUUGUUUAUCCUAAUCUUUGGUCUUAAAAUAAUAACGUUAGAUUUUUACCUUUUAAUAACCCCUUUUUCAUAUUCCCUUAAAGCAUUACAGCUAGAAACCACUUAAUUUCUAUCCAACAUCGUUCUAACAUUCAUUAAUUUUACAGUAUUUCUGUAGAUAAUCUUUGAACUUCUUCCAAUCUUCUUCCACCGACUCUUCUCCCUGGUCUCGGAUUCUGCCAGUCAUUUCUGCCAGUUCCAUAUAGUCCAUCAGCUUCAUCUGCCAUUCUUCCAGAGUGGGUAGAUCUUGUGUCUUCCAAUACUUUGCAAUGAGUAUUCUUGCUGCUGUUGUGGCAUACAUAAAAAAGGUUCUAUCCUUCUUUGGCACCAAUUGGCCGACUAUGCCUAGGAGAAAGGCCUCUGGUUUCUUCAAGAAGGUAUAUUUAAAUAUCUUUUCAGUUCAUUAUAUAUCAUUUCCCAGAAAGCCUUAAUCCUUGGGCACGUCCACCAAAGGUGAAAGAAUGUACCUUCAGUUUCUUUACAUUUCCAACAUUUAUUAUCGGGCAAAUGAUAGAUUUUUGCAAGCUUGACUGGGGUCAUGUACCGCCUGUAAAUCAUUUUCAUAAUAUUCUCUCUUACGGCAUUACAUGCCGUAGAACUUCAUACCUGUGGUCCAUAACUGUUCCCAGUCGGCCAUCAUUAUGUUAUGACCAACAUCUUGUGCCCAUUUAAUCAUAACAGAUUUCACCGUUUCAUCCUGAGUAUUCCAUUUCAACAGCAAGUUAUACAUCUUUGACAAAAUCUUAGUUUUGGGUUCUAAUAGUUUCUAAUUUUGAUUUUUCCACCUGGAAACCAAUUUUCUUAUCCAAAUUAUAUGCCUCCAUUAUCUGAUAAUAAUGAAGCCAGUCUCGCACUUUGUUUUUUAAUUUCUCAAAACUCUGCAAUUUCAGUCUAUCUCCAUCUUGUUCCAAAAUUUCCCAAUAUUUCGGCCAUUUGGCCUCCAUAUUGAGCUUUUUCAGAGCUUUUGCUUCCAUCGGUGACAGCCACCUUGGAGUUUUAUUUUCCAAUAAGUCCUUGUAUCUUAUCCAGACAUUAAACAAUGCUUUCCUGACGAUGUGAUUUUUAAAUGCUUUGUGUGCUUUGACCUUAUCAUACCACAGAUAUGCAUGCCAUCCAAAUACAUUGUUAAAACCUUCUAAAUCCAAAAUGUCAGUGUUUUCAAGAAGCAACUAUUCUUUCAACCAGCAGAAAGCUGCUGAUUCAUAGUAAAGUUUAAAGUCUGGCAGGGCAAAUCCACCUCUUUCCUUUGCAUCUGUUAAUAUUUUAAAUUUUAUUCUAGGCUUCUUGCCCUGCCAGACAAAUUUAGAAAUGUCUCUUUGCCACUUCUUGAAACAGUCCAUUUUGGCCUACCCCCAUCCCCUGUAGGUUCUUCUUCAUAAAACUCCAAGAGAUAUUAUCAAAAGCUUUCUCCGCAUCCACAAAUAUCAAAACAGCUUUGGUAUUUAUGUUCACUUCUAGUUUUUCCAAAAUAUCAAUUAUAUUCCUCAAAUUAUCGGACAAGUGUCUUCCCGGGAGAAAGCCCGCUUGAUCUUUAUGAAUCUCUUCCAUCAAUACUUUUUUCAAUCUCUUGGCCAAAAUGUCUGCAAAAAUUUUGUAAUCCACAUUGAGUAACGAUAUGGGGCGGUAGUUCUUAAGCUGAGUCUUUUCCGUCUCUGUCUUCGGUAUAAGUGUAAUGUACGCCUCUUUCCAAGACUCUGGUGCCCUUUUCCCUUCCAAUAUUUCAUUGCAGACUUCCUUUAAAGGUUGUAAUAGCCACUCUUUCAAAGAUCUAUAAUAUCUAGAAGUCAGCCCAUCCGGUCCUGGAGAUUUGCCUAAUUGCAUGUUUUGAAUGGCACCUUCUACUUCCUGUUCAGAUAUUUUGUAGUUCAGCAUUAAUUUACUUUCUUGGGAUUUUUUUUUAAUCCAUUUGUCUCAGAAAUCAGUCUAUAUCCAUUUCCUUCUGUGGCCCUUGUGUAUAUAGUUGUUUAAAAUACCUCUGGAAACAAUUUCUAAUCUCAGUUUCUAAUCUCAGUUGGGUUAUGUAUAUUCUUUCCUUCCACUUCUAAAUUUGUAAUAGUAUUUAAUUUUUGUCUUUUUUUCAUUUGCCAGGCCAGCAAUUUCCCACAUUUGUUAGCUGAUUCAAAUGUUUGUUGUCUCAUUUGUUGCUUUUCUCAGGCAGGAUUCAGUCACAUAUCGGCAAAUACCAGUUUUACCACCACCAUCCCACCCCAUUCUGAUUUGCUUACACAAAGCUUGCUUGUAAGUAGACCUGGUCUUCAGAAGCUUCCAGACUUCCGCUAUAUAGGAGGAAUUCAGUCAUAUCCCAUCAAAUUCAGGUUGUGCAGUUAUAGUCAAUGUUCCUAGGGGAGGAGGAGUCUUGCACAACAAACAUGCUUCUCUGAAAGAUCAGACUUUUUGCAAUAAGGAAAGUGGCAGGGAAAUGGACUGGACAGGGUGGGAUGAUACUUCACGUCAUCUACCCAGAAAACAAGUCAAAAUGAAUGUUCAUUAAGUCGUCUUCGUAAUCUAGCCUCCCUGCAUACCAAAUCAGGACAGAUGCUCAAUAAACAGAUCAUCUGGAAGCACCCCUCUUUAGCAUGAGAUAUAUUCUCCUCCACACUUCUGCCAGGAAUGUAGGAAACGGGGGGGGGGGGAGGCGACAUGGUUACUUCCCAGUACCAAAACUGGCACGAAAAGUACCUGCAUCUCCCCAUUUUCCUACAUUGCCAGACCAGCAUGGCGUGAGAAACAGCCAUGUAAAAGUAUGGCAUUUGCAAACUUGAACCCCCCUCAGUUUGCGUUUCAGUUGGGCAGCUUUGGAAUCAGCUGCCUUAAUAACUGUCUCAGACAUUAUCGCCUGAACAGGACAUAAGGUAAAGGUAAAGGGACCCCUGACCAUUAGCUCCAGUCGUGACCGACUCUGGGGUUGUGGCGCUCAUUUCGCUUUACUGGCCAAGGGAGCCAGCAUACAGCUUCCAGGUCAUGUGGCCAGCAUGACUAAGCCGCUUCUGGCGAACCGCCCAGAAAUGGAAACAAGAAGAAUUGCCCACGAUAGAAGAAUGGAGAAUGAAAAUGAUGGACUAUGCUGAACUUGAUAAAUUAACAGGAAGGAUCCAGAAUCGACGCGACCAGAGAUUCACAGAGGACUGGAGUAAAUUUACAGAAUAUAUGCAAAAAUUAAGUGAUAAUCAGAUAACGUUUGUAAGUUUUAAGGAGGUUUUGUGAUAAUAUUAAUUAGAAAUAUUGUUUAAAAAUUAAGGUAAAAGUAAAAUAAUAUUGUAGUGCAUUAUUAAAUUAAGAAAUGUGGAAGAAGUAAGUAAAAUGGGGGAUUAUCAGACAAGCUGAGGGAAGUCAAAAAGGAGAAAUUGGUGAUAAAAAUAAAGAUGUUUUGAUUGUACAAUUUUGUAUUGGAAAAUGAAUAUAUAUAUAUAUAUAUAUAUAUAUAUAUAUAUAUAUAUAUAGCCGCUUCUGGUGAACCAGAGCAGCGCACGGAAAUGCCGUUUACCUUCCCGCUGGAGUGGUACCUAUUUAUCUACUUGCACUUUGACAUGCUUUCGUACUGCUAGGUUGGCAGGAGCAGGGACCUGAGCAACGGGAGCUCACCCCGUCGCGGGGAUUCAAACUGCUGACCUUCUGAUCGGCAAGUCCUGGGCUCUGUGGUUUAACCCACAGUGCCACCCGCGUCCCUAGUGCUAGUUUUACGUAUAAGCUAAACAAGCUAUAGCUUAGAGUCCCACUCUCUUGCCCCCCCCCAAAAAAAUUCACUAUUAAUAUACUUCUUCUUAACUGUAUUUCAGUUCAACCAUUACUUUGAUAAAAUACAUAUUCUGUUAGGCCCAUAAAUUACCAUAUAGCAUAUAUUCAACACAAAAAACAGGGACAAUUUGUUGUUGACAAAGGACAGCUGGAUAUAUAAAGGGCCCCAUUACCUUCAGUAGCUUAGGGCCUCAUCAAACCUAAAUCCGCCCCUGGCGCAGUCCCACAAUCCCAUCUCCCAUUCCCAUUCUCAAGUUUCUUCACCGCCACCCUUGCUCCUUUGCUUCCAUCCAGGGCAUUCCUGCAAUAGCACUAUUUCUUAUCUGGGCAGACAGCAAAGCAAUGAUGAUACCCAGCUCUACCUCUCUUUCAAAGCAGAACCAGUGAAGGUGGUGAAGGUCCUGUGUGAGUGUCUGGAGGCAGUUGGAGGAUGGAUGGCGGUUAACAGAUUGAGGUUGAAUCCUGACAAGACAGAAGUACACUGACAAACUGGAACGUGUCCAGAGGAGGGCAACCAAAAUGGUCAAAGGCCUGGAAACGAUGCCUUAUGAGGAACGGCUAAGGGAGCUGGGCAUGUUUAGCCUGGAGAAGAGGAGGUUAAGGGGUGACAUGAUAGCUAUGUUCAAAUAUAUAAAAGGAUGUCACAUAGAGGAGGGAGAAAGGUUGUUUUCUGCUGCUCCAGAGAAGCGGACACGGAGCAAUGGAUCCAAACUACAAGAAAGAAGAUUCCACCUAAACAUUAGGAAGAACUUCCUGACAGUAAGAGCUGUUCGACAGUGGAAUUUGCUGCCAAGGAGUGUGGUGGAGUCUCCUUCUUUGGAGGUCUUUAAGCAGAGGCUUGACAACCAUAUGUCAGGAGUGCUCUGAUGGUGUUUCCUGCUUGGCAGGGGGUUGGACUCGAUGGCCCUUGUGGUCUCUUCCAACUCUAUGAUUCUAUGAUUCUAAGUACUUGGGGGGACAGGAGGCGGGCAGGUGUGGAGGACUCCUGGUCCUGAAGGACCAGGUGCACAGCCUGGGAGUCAUUUUGGACUCAGAGCUGAACACAGAGGCACAGGUCAAUUCUGUGUCCAGGGCAGCUGUUUACCAGCUCCAUCUGGUAUGCAGUUUGAGACCCUACUUGCCCAUGGACUGUCUCGCCAGAGUGGUGCAUGCUCUAGUUAUCUCUUGCUAGGACUAUUCCAAUGCUCUCUAUGUGGGGCUACCUUUGAAGGUGACCCAGAAACUACAACUAAUCCAGAAUGCGGCAGCUAGAGUGGUGACUGGGAGCGGCCGGCGAGACCACAUAACACCGGUCUUGAAAGAUCUACAUUGACUCCCAGUACUUUUCCGAGCACAAUUCAAAGUGUUGGUGCUGAUCUUUAAAGCCCUAAAUGGCCUUGGUCCAGUAUACCUGAAGGAGCGUCUCCACCUCCAUCGUUCUGCCCAGACACUGAGGUCCAGCACUGAGGGCCUUCUGGUGGUUCCCUCACUGCAAGAAGCCAAGUUACAGGGAACCAGGCAGAGCACCUUCUCGCUAGUGGCACCCGCCCUGUGGAACACCCUCCCACCAGAUGUCAAAGAGAAGAACAACUACCAGACUUUUAGAAGACAUCUGAAGGCAGCCCUGUUUAGGGAAGCUUUUAAUGUUUAACAGACCAUUGUAUUUUAAUAUUUUGUUGGAAGCCGCCCAGAGUGGCUGGGGAAACCCAGCCAGAUGGACGGGUUAUAAAUAAUAAAUUAUUAUUAUUAUUAUUAUUAUUAUUAUUAUUAUUAUAUCCUUCUUGGCCUCGUACACAACAGCAAGGUGGUCUUCAGGUUACAAUGCCCAGCAGUGCAAAGCUAGGAAGCUGCCACAUUCUGAUUCAGGUCAUUAGUUUAGUAUUCGGUCUGCACCGAAUAAGCUGUGGGUUAAACCACAGAGCCUAGGACUUGCCAAUCAGAAGGUCGGCAGUUCGAAUCCCUGCGAUGGGGUGAGCUCCCGUUGCUUGGCCCCUGCUCCUGCCCACCUAGCAGUUCGAAAGCACGUCAAAGUGCUAGUAGAUAAAUAGGUACUGCUCCGGUGGGAAGGUAAACGGCGUUAUGCUGUUAGUCAUGUUGGCCACAUGAUCCGGAAGCUGUAUGCUAGCUCCCUCGGCCAAUAAAGCGAGAUGAGUGCUGCAACCCCAGAGUCAGCCACGACUGGACCUAAUGGUCAGGGGUCCCUUUACCUUUACCUAACUCCAGAGCAGCAUUGUCUUUAAGGCCAAUAAUAUAAAUGACAUGUGUAUGUCACUUAAAAGUAUUUCCUCACCAACCCAGCCACCACCUGCCGAUCCCUAAACGCUGUGUUGUUUUCCUUGGCAAUCACUUGUCUUUGGAAGAGCUGUUUGUUUUUACAAAUAAUAAUGACGAUCUCUUUGAAGACCACACGCACCUAGGAGGUAUGAAAGGGAGAAGUUGCAAUCUUGUUCACCAAGGGGUGGGGAACUAGAUCUGCCCACCUGUCAACCUCCACACGUCGCAAUGGCAUCAGGUGACCUGUUUUGAUGUACAGUGGUACCUCAGGUUACAUACGCUUCAGGUUACAGACUCCGCUAGCCCAGAAAUAGCGCUUCAGGUUAAGAACUUUGCUUCAGGAUGAGAACAGAAAUCGUACUCUGGCAGCGUGGCGGCAGCAGGAGGCCCCGUUAACUAAAGUGGUGCUUCAGGUUAAGAACAGUUUCAGGUUAAGUACGGACCUCCGGAACAAAUUAAGUACUUAACCCGAGGUACCACUAAGCAGGCCCAGCCUGUCCUAGACCAUAUAUCUAUAACUUAUUUAGGGGUCUAUGGGGUGUUAGGGGAGGGGCUGUUAUUGGGUUAUUGUUUUUAUUGAUUUUAUAUAUUGUGAUCUUUUCUGUCAACCGCCCUGAGACCUCUGGGUAUAGGUAAAGGUAAAGGGACCCCUGACCAUUAGGUCCAGUCGUGACUGACUCUGGGGUUGCGGUGCUCAUCUCGCUUUAUUGGCCAAGGGAACCGGCGUAAAGCUUCCGGGUCAUGUGGCCAGCAUGACUAAGCCGCUUCUGGCGAACCAGAGCAGCGCACGGAAACGCCGUUUACCUUCCCGCCGGAGCGGUGCCUAUUUAUCUACUUGCACUUUGACGUGCUUUCAAACUGCUAGGUUGGCAGGAGCAGGGACCGAGCAACGGGAGCUCACCACGUCGCGGGGAUUUGAACCGCCGACCUUCUGAUCGGCAAGUCCUAGGCUCUGUGGUUUAACCCACAGCGCUACCCGCGUCCCUUCUCCGGGUAUAGGGCGGUAUAUAAAUUCAAUAAAUAAUGGUGAUGAUGAUGAUGGGUUGUGAUGUGUAGAAUUCCCAUAUGUACUUUUGCAUAGCUUUUUCUGCAUGUGGUACUUGGUGGAUGGGGAAAAGAAGGGACCAGUAAGAAAUAGAUGGCCUGGAAAUAUCAUUCUUGGUGUUUGCUUAAAUCUAAAAGAAAAGCCAGCAUAAAUCAGAGUGGUGGUACUUGGCUCUUAGCACUGCUGUGGGAUUUUCUUGAAAAUUUUUGGAGCAAGUGCCCCCUCUAUCGACAUCACAACAUCCUCUGAAACCAGGUUUUCUAAUCUGAUUGAAGCUGGUUUACCAAGAAACUACAGGAACAAUAUGGACUAUGGCUAAUGCCAAAUUGUUUCUCAAUUUGAUCCUUUUACAUGGUUUCGUAUGUAUUGUGGUAUUUUAUGCAUUGUGACUGGCAGUUAUUUAUAUGGAACGUAGUUUAGUAAUUAUUUAUCGUAAUUGUUAAGAGUGAAUUUCUGUUUAUUAUUUGCUGGUGUUUUGAGAGUUAAUUUUAUUGUGUACUAUAAUGUUCUAAUAGAUAAUUGAAUAUGACUUUAUUUGAUACAAGUCGUUCCGUUCUAAAGUUAUGUUUCAUUACGAGUUUUUGUAUUGCAUCAGAUUAUUAUAUGGUGUGCGUUCUUUUUUUUUCUUGCUGCAAACUGCCUUGUGUAUCAUAAUAUAGAAAGGCAUUAUGCAAAUUAAGAGUGAAAUGAAAUGUGCCUUCGAAAACCAGCAGUGGGAGCACAUUGGAAGCAGAGCAAACCACAAUGCAAACAUGUUGUUGUUGUUGUUUAGUCGUUUAGUCAUGUCCGACUCUUCGUGACCCCAUGGACCAGAGCACGCCAGGCACUCCUGUCUUCCACUGCCUCCCGCAGUUUGGUCAAACUCAUGCUGGUAGCUUCGAGAACACUGUCCAACCAUCUCGUCCUCUGUCGUCCCCUUCUCCUUGUGCCCUCAAUCUUUCCCAACAUCAGGGUCUUUUACAGGGAGUCUUCUCUUCUCAUGAGGUGGCCAAAUUAUUGGAGCCUCAGCUUCAGGAUCUGUCCUUCCAGUGAGCACUCAGGGCUGAUUUCCUUCAGAAUGGAGAGGUUUGAUCUUCUUGCAGUUCAUGGGACUCUCAAGAGUCUCCUCCAGCAUCAUAAUUCAAAAGCAUCAAUUCUUCGGCAAUCAGCCUUCUUUAUGGUCCAGCUCUCACUUCCAUACAUCACUACUGGAUCACUAAUGCAAACAUCACUAAUGCAAGCAUACUCUCACUGAACUCAGUGAGACUUACGGCUUAUCAUAAGCCUCUGCUCUUUCCAGGUACAGCCUGCACUUUAAAACUUCAUGUCUGAGUGCCUCCCCCCCCCCACCCUUCUUCUUCUUCUUCUUCUUCUUCUUUUUUGCUCUGGAGCUUUCCCUGCAGAAACCUGCUCUUCAAAGUUUAGUUGGAGCAAAUGCAAGCCAUAGGUAAAGGUAAAGGGACCCCUGACCAUUAGGUCCAGUCAUGACCAACUCUGGGGUUGCGGCGCUCAUCUCGCUUUAUUGGCCGAGGGAGCCGGCGUACAGCUUCCAUGUGGCCAGCUAGACUAAGCCACUUCUGGCAAACCAGAGCAGUGCACAGAAAUGCCGUUUACCUUCCCGCCGGAGCGGUACCUAUUUAUCUACUUGCACUUUGACGUGCUUUCGAACUGCUAGGUUGGCAGGAGCAGGGACCGAGCAACGGGAGCUCACCCCGUCGCGGGGGUUCGAACCGCCGACCUUCUGAUCGGCAAGUCCUAGGCUCUGUGGUUUAACCCACAGCGCCACCCACGUCCCUUUAAUGCAAGCCAUAGAAAACUCAAAUUCAUGUUUGCCCCGGCUGAGUGCUAAAAAGCGGGUUUUCGCAGGGAAAGCAAAACAACGCUGACACAAGCUUGGAUCUGUUCCUGGAAAUAGUGGGCAAAUGGUAGAUGUGGACAAACCCUGACUUCUAAGCAGACGUGUAUAGGAUCGUGCUGGUCAUCUCACAGUCUUUGUAAAGCCCAUCUUUCUUCAUUCCUUUGGGCUGUUGCUCUCACUAUACUUGCCUGAUUAGAUAUUAGUUUGGGCUGCUGUUAGCUUCUGCAAUAAUCACUCUGUUAGUCAAGAGUGUUGCAGGAAACCACCACCCCCCAAUCAUUUUGUUUGUAUAAACUCAACACACACACGACAUACGCGAUGUUUCUGUUAUAAAUUCAUAGAAAAUCAACCGUACAUUGGAUCUACACCGGUCCACUUUUAUUUUGCUCCAUGAAGGAAGGACUAUCAAAAGGGGAUGGUUUGAUACAGGGCGGCCAUAAUCCCUUGAGUGUACCAACAUGUACCCAGGAGCCCUACCCAGUUGGCAUGCCAACUGUGAUGGUCCCAGACAGAACAUCAAGGACACAAAGGACUUGCAUAUGGGAGUGGAUUCAACACAGACUGAAACAAAGGACAGUGAUCAGCUCUUCCCUCUGGGGGCAGGAAACUGCCACCUCCCCUUUGUCCUCUGGAAAGUACUCAUGGGGAGGGGGAAAGGUGGAACCGGCCAGGUGACAAGACACUCAGGUUACCAUCACAACUCCUUCCUCAACCCCUCCUUUUUGUGAUGUGUCAAUGAUGUAGUCAUGAUGUAGUUGUGAUGUAGUUCUAGGGGUGUAGCUUGGGAGAUUAGUAACUAAUAAAAGUUGGGGUCUUCUUUUGUUCUGGGCUUCCAUCUUGUUUCACCUGGUGGCAGGUGGGAGUCCUGUCGCGACAGUCUUCAAUAAAGACCAAGCCUACUGGUUGCUGUUUUGCUCUGGUAUUCCUGGCUGGUGUCCUUGUUUUCUGUCCAAUAAAAGUGGACCGGUGCAGAUCCGAUGUACAGUUGAUUUUCUAUGAAUUUAUAACAGAAACAUUGCGUAUGUUGUGUGUGAGUGUGUGUGUGUGUGUGUGUCGAGUUUGUACAAACUAAAUGAUUGGGGGUUGGGUUUCCUGCAACAAGAGCUCGCUCAUCUCAACGGCAUUUGACUCUGGGGCCUUUGGUGCUCCAGAAUGUACUUUAGAAACUACUGCAAGAAAAAUCUAUGCACAGUGCAUGUUUUACUUACCUUCUGCAUCAGAACUUUCCAAACUGUGUGUCGCGACAUGUUAGUGUGACGGCUUCUGUGUGUAAGUGUGUUGUGUUAAUGCUCCCUGCCCUCCUCCCACAGGGCUGGAAAGGGGUUAGUUUAACCUCUGGUUUGCUAGUAAAAAUAAUUUCUGUGUCUCGAAAUGAUGCGUGUCCAAAAAGUGUGUCACCAACGUGAAAAGUUUGGAAAGCUCUGUUCUACAUCAUUUCAGUUACGUUCCGUGUCAUAUAAAUGUAGUAACAGGGUCAAAUACCACCAGUAUACAAAACAGUGAGGCAUCUGAACUAAGUACUGAUGGUUUGUGUUCAGUGGGAUCAGUAAAAUAAACUACAAAACAAAAACCCAAAGUUUGGAAUCCCCUCCAAACCGGUGCCAAACUUUUGCAGUAUUUCUGUGUUUUGCAGCGAAGACCCCCACAUUUUGCAGCACCCCACAAACUGAACAACUGAUAGAUCAAACGCAGGGAUCCCACAUUUUGGAGUUCGUAGUUAAUGUUAAGUACUGUUAUAAGAAUGUUAAGGUCUAAAUAUAUAUAUAUAUAUAUAUACACACACACACACACACACACACACACACACACACACACAUAUUAGAGGUUCAUAAAUGUAGCAAGCAAACCCAUACAAAUAUGUAAAUAUGUAAACCUCAUGUCUGAAACCCACAGAAAAUUCCUGAAACCAUUUUCUCUCUCCCAAAAUGACCUCAAAUAUUUCUCUGCAAGGUCGGAGGAAAUUGGAAAUCUGCCAUUGGCUCUUUCACAAAUCCUGUCUUAAGGGCACAUUUAAGAUAUGAAUAGGGUAUAAGCCUGUGACCUGGAUUCAGGAAUUGAGUAACAAAAGAGUGGCCAGUAUGCCCAGGUAAGCCAAUCGAGCAACCUAGCAGACAAGAGAAAAAAACAACGCACUCAGAUUUCUGCUGUAGUCCGCCCCUCCUGUGAUGUAUGUAUGAUGUUUCUAGGGGUGGUCUUGGACUUCAGGGUGGGGAAUUUAAAAUGUCUAUAUUAGGGCUUGCACACUUUUGUCCUGGGUCCCUUUCCCACUUCUCUGUGUGUGGGGGAGCACCCUGUUGCAACAGUUUUAAUAAAGAUCAGGCUUAUAGCCGCUUUGCUUUUGUAUAUCCUGGUCUGGUCUCUGUUCAUUUCCCGACAGGUUUGAACCUUAAAAGGUACGCUCUCUCCGAAGGUCCAGUUUUCCUUAAGAAGCUGAACCCCUUGAACGGACCCCAUUUUCAUUCUUAUUUCAGUACGAACCCUAUGUUUGAUGUAUUGAUUGCUCAGUUUGUGGGGCGCUUCAAAAUGCUGCAAAAAAAACACACUGCAAAACUUUGGCACAUGUUUCCAGAGGACCCCAAAGUUUGGGGUUCGUAGUUAAUGCUCCCCAGUUUGAUCUCUUUCCAGCUCAAGACUGCACAACUCAUGCUCCCAACACAGCUGGCUAGCAGUUUGCAAAUUCCCUGUACAGUGGUACCUUGGUUUGCAUACAUCUUGGUUUGCAUAUGUUUUGGGUUUUGUUUUGUUUUUUUGUACUUAGUGUCUUUUAUUCAACAUUUCAAUUUAUCUGCACACAUUCUAAGAUAAACAACUUUUCUUCCCUAUACAUAUUUAAUCAAUUUAAAUAAAUAAAGAUGCACAAUUAGAUUUUAAAAAACAGUGUAUAACGAACAAAAUACCUUCAUGAAUAUAGCAAGCUUUAAUUCAGCCAUCUGAAACACAGCACUUUUCACUCUAAUUAAUUUUAAAGGGAGAGUUAUUUUACUUAACUUGUUCCCACUGAAAGUGUUCCUGGAUUUUUCGGUUAAGGACGCAGAGCUUUUGUUUGCCUAUGACUAUAUAUAGAGAGACAGACACACACACACACACACAGGCACAUAUCAUAUUAGGCAUAUGUUGUUUACACUUUUGAAAAUCCUGUAAGGACAUCAAGACAGCUUUUGGAAUUCUGCAUGAGAAAGGCUUGAGGAAGUCGAAAGUUUGGUAAAUUUUAACAACUACACUUGCCCCCUCUGUUUCAUGAGAUGAACAAGAUUCUAGGAAACAAAUGGUAACAUUUCACAUACAUUUUGGAUUACAAACACAUCAAACCCGAAAGUGCGUGUCCUUGGUUUGCAACCUUUUUUUUGGGAUUACAACCCAUUUUUUUAUUUUUAUUUUUUGGAUUAUGAACUAAUUUAUUUUGGAGGCCCCAUUGGCAAAAGUGUGCCUUGGGUUACAACCUGUUUUGGUUUACAAACGGACCUCCAGAACGGCUUAUGAUUGUAAACCACUGUAUUUGCAAAAAUAAUAAUACAACAAUGGAGCUUUAUCACCCCCUGGUGGCUGAACAGACAUUGACCGUCGUCUAUAUAUUCUGCUUUGUAUGUUGCCAAGGCCUGUUCUACCUUAACUUGUAACAUACAAUUUUUUUGCUCUGUCCCCACUGCAGAUACAGAAAAACAACUGGACAAUUUGCCCCAGUCAGCUAGCCCCUCACACCUGGAACCACACAUUGUCCAUCCCACCAGGAUUUCUGCAUCAGAUAGGUAAGUAUAUGAAAUGGGACGGCCGCUAGCGUUUCCAAGGGCUGAGUCUCUCAUGGAAUUCUACUAAAUAUUGAUCCAGAGCAGAACUCCAACGUAUAGUUAGCAGAGUAAAAACUUAAACACGUUGCGGGAUUCCACCCCAAAAUAGACCAGAGGCAAUUGAAUUUCAUCCAGCAGAGCUUUACGGCUACUGAAGGCACGUGAGCGUAAUGGUCACAAAUCCAAUACAGUAGUACCUUGGGUUACAGACGCUUCAGGUUACAGACUCCACUAACCCAAAAAUAGUACCUUGCGUUAAGAACUUUGCUUCAGGAUGAGGACAGAAAUCACGUGGUGGCGGCGUGGCAGCAGCAGGAGGCCCCAUUAGCUAAAGUGGUGCUUCAGGUUAAGAACAGUUUCAGGUUAAGAACGGACCUUCGGAACGAAUUACAGUAAGUUCUUAAUCCAAGGUACCACUGUACAUUCAGGACAGGCGCUGUCCAUAAGAAAUCCAAUUGCAGCAGACUUAACAGUAACAUAAUAAGUCUAAAUCUUAACAUUAUACAGUGGUACCUCGGGUUAAGUACUUAAAAAAGUGAAGUAAAAAAAGAAUGGGAGUGCCUAAAUGAAUACCUCAAAAGUCAAGGUUCGAGGGCAGAAAUCUGGCUGAGUCUGGAAUAACCUUGUGAAGUGAAAGGAUAUGAAAGAAGGAUUUACAUCUAGAUGUUAGGAUAGAGAUGAUAAAGAAAACAGGAAAACAGGAAGACACAAUGAGAGAUAAAGGAGGUGCUGUGGGAUUGGUGGAAGUCACUGUCUUGUUGUUGUUGUUUUAGAGUUUAUAAUAUUAACUUGUAAGAUAUGGAUUUGGGGUUUUUUGUUUUGUUUUUGUUGUGUGUUUUUUAGUUUUUGAAUGUUGAUUUUUGUGUGUUGUGUAUUGUUAUUUUUUGAUAUCUUUCGUGUUGUUAUUGUUGUGUGGAAAAUACAAAUAAAAUUCAUUUAAAAAAAAAGAAUGGGUCAUAAGAGGAAUACGUCGCCUAAAUUACAAACAUUUCCUUCUGAAUAAGUUUGUAGCCUUCUUUGAUUGUAACAAAGCUCAGUUUUCUGUUGAACGAGACAGUAGCCAAGUGGGGUCAACCUUUUGUAUCUCACUUGGACGGGUUCAUUAGUAAAAUAAGACCUGUGUUAUGGCAUCGUCUUGGCCCAAAGCAAGGGUGACAAGUAAAUCUUGAAUUCUAGUAAACCUCCAGGCAAAAGAGAUGGAUCUCUUAUGUAUUCUGGGCCCAAGCUGCUGUAAUCUCUCUAUUUCCCAAAUAGCACCUGGAUGGAUUCUGGAAGGCUAUAGAAAGGCAGCGUGGAUGCUAGGACCAUGAUGGGGUUGGGGAUGCUUCACAAUGGGCAACUGUCAGGGAAACAGAGUGCACCAUGAGGCUUUUGAGAUGCUGAGAUGAAAGGGGCAUCCUUUUUAUUAUUAACCGUGGAGAAAAGUCUUGGGACUGCCAUUAAAGGCACAGGAGAAUAUUAUUUCCUUUUUGCAGUAGCGAGGAGGACAAGAAAAGAAAGGCAGCUCUGCCCAUUACAAUUACAUGAGUUGUGCCUCGUGGGGUUUCAUAGCUUGCAAGCAAAUAAAAACAAACUUAAUGUGGGCUGUUUCGGGGGCAGCAGGUUGUUGUUGUUGUUUAGUCAUUUAGUCGUGUCCGACUCUUCGUGACCCCAUGGACCAGAGCACGCCAGGCACUCCUGUCUUCCACUGCCUCCCGCAGUUUAUUCAAACUCAUGCUGGUAGCUUCGAGAACACUGUCCAACCAUCUUGUCCUCUGUCAUCCCCUUCUCCUUGUGCCCUCCAUCUUUCCCAACAUCAGGGUCUUUUCCAGGGAGUCUUCUCUUCUCAUGAGGUGGCCAAAGUAUUGGAGCCUCAGCUUCAGGAUCUGUCCUCCCAGUGAGCACUCAGGGCUGAUUUCCCUAAGAAUGGAUAGGUUUGAUCUUCUUGCAGUCCAUGGGACUCUCAAGAGUCUCCUCCAGCACCAUAAUUCAAAAGCAUCAAUUCUUCGGCGAUCAGCCUUCUUGAUGGUCCAGCUCUCACUUCCAUACAUCACUACUGGGAAAACCAUAGCUUUAACUAUACGGACCUUUGUUGGCAAGGUGAUGUCUCUGCUUUUUAAGAUGCUGUCUAGGUUUGUCAAUGCUUUUCUCCCAAGAAGCAGGCGUCUUUUAAUUUCAUGACUUCUAUCACCAUCUGCAGUGAUCAUGGAGCCCAAGAAAGUAAAAUCUCUCACUGCCUCCAUUUCUUCCCCUUCUAUUUGCCAGGAGGUGAUGGGACCAGUGGCCAUGAUCUUCGGUUUUUUGAUGUUGAGCUUCAGACCAUAUUUUGCGCUCUCCUCUUUCACCCUCAAUAAAAGGUUCUUUAAUUCCUCCUCACUUUCUGGUAUCAAGGUUGUGUCAUCUGCAUAUCUGAGGUUGUUGAUAUUUCUUCCAGUGAUCUUAAUUCCGGCUUGGGAUUCAUCCAGCCCAGCCUUUCGCAUGAUGAAUUCUGCAUAUAAGUUAAAUAAGCAGGCUGACAUUAUACAGCCUGGUCGUACUCCUUUCCCAAAUUUUGAACCAAUCAGUUAUUCCAUAUCCGGUUCUAACUGUAGCUUCUUGUCCCACAUAGAGAUUUCUCAGGAGACAGAUGAGGUGAUCAGGCACUCCCAUUUCUUUAUUUAUUUAUUUUAUAAUAAUAUUUAUUAGUUUUCCAACAAAUUGAACACAACACUACAAAAAACCAAAAAAGAAAAAACAUACAAUAAUACAAUACAAUACAAAAAAACCCAAAAAAAACCACUGCAAAACACUAACAUACAACUAACAAAACAAAACAAAAACCAUUUAAAACACAGUCCAAUUUCAAUAUCUUAUCUUUCUUCACUAAUUUCCACGACCUCCUCACACCUCCCUUUUUGUAUUCCACUUCUAUUAAUUGUUUCAGCAAUUCCUUUCCAUCUUCCUCUGUUUUCAGGCACUCCCAUUUCUUUAAGAACAUGCCAUAGUUUGCUGUGGUCGACACAGUCAAAUGCUUUUGUGUAGUCAAUGAAGCAGAAGUAGAUGUUUUUCUGGAAUUCUCCAGCUUUCUCCAUAAUCCAGCGCAUGUUUGCAAUUUGGUCUCUGGUUCCUCUGCCCCUUUGAAAUCCAGCUUGCACUUCUGGGAGUUCUCGGUCCACACACUGCUUAAGCCUGCCUUGUAGAAUUUUAAGCAUAACCUUGCUAGCGUGUGAAAUGAGUGCAAUUGUGCGGUAGUUGGAGCAUUCUUUGGCACUGCCCUUCUUUGGGAUUGGGAUGUAGACUGAUCUUCUCCAGUCCUCUGGCCACUGCUGAGUUUUCCAAACUUGCUGGCAUAUUGAGUGUAGCACCUUAACAGCAUCAUCGUUUAAAAUUUUAAGUAGUUCAGCUGGAAUACCAUCACUUCCACUGGCCUUGUUAUUAGCAGUGCUUUCUAAGGCCCAUUUGACUUCACUCUCCAGGAUGUCUGGCUCAAGGUCAGCAACCACACUACCUGGGGUGUAUGAGCCAUCCAUAUCUUUCUGGUAUAAUUCCUCUGUGUAUUCUUGCCACCUCUUCUUGAUGUCUUCUUCUUCUGCUUCUGUUAGGUCCUUUCCACCUUUGUCCUUUAUUAUGGUAAUCUUUGUACGAAAUGUUCCUUUCAUAUCUCCAAUUUUCUUGAACAGAUCUCUGGUUUUUCCCAUUCUGUUGUUUUCCUCUGUUUCUUUGCAUUGCUCGUUUAAGAAGGCCCUCUUGUCUCUCCUUGCUAUUUUUUGGAAAUCUGCAUUCAAUUUCCUGUAUCUUUCACUGUCUCCCUCGCACUUUGCAGGUAGGUAAAGGUAAAGGGGCCCCUGACCAUUAGGUCCAGUCGUGGCCGACUCUGGGGUUGCGGUGCUCAUCUCGCUUUAUUGGCCAAGGAAGCCGGCGUACAGCUUCUGGGUCAUGUGGCCAGCAUGACUAAGCCGCUUCUGGUGAACCAGAGCAGCACACGGAAACGCCGUUUACCUUCCCGCCGGAGCCGUACCUAUUUAUCUACUUGCACUUUGACGUGCUUUCGAACUGCUAGGUUGGCAGGAGCAGGGACCGAGCAACGGGAGCUCACCCUGUUGCAGGGAUUCGAACCGCCGACCUUCUGAUAGGCAAGUCCUAGGCUCUGUGGUUUAACCCACAGUGCCACCCGCGUCCCUUGCAGGUAGGUAGGUAGCAUCUAAAGUUUCCAUUUUGUUAUUGCAGUUUCUUCUUUCCAUAGGAAAAGAUCCCCUGCUUACCAAGCAUUCAUCCUGACUUGCUUGCACGAAGCUUUACACGGAGGUCACACGAUGCCUGCUUUUCAUUGAGCAUUUGUUCUGAUUUGUUGGUGGGGAGGGGAUACGGCAAUGAGCCACUCAUCUUGAUUUGCUUGCACAGAGGUUAUAUACAUCAUCCCAUAAUUGGCUUGUUUAUUCCACUUUUUAUUGCAUUUCCCCCACUGCAAAAAGUCUUUCUGAUAAAAGCAGAUUUGUCGCGAGCGGGACAGAGUGCUUUAACCCACUUUAAUUCUGCAAACCUACAGUACAAUUCUGGAAUGCGGUGGAAUCCCUUCCGCAAACUGCUCACCAUCUGUAGAGGGACCUCUGACAAUGUGUCUGUUAACUAUGUGUUCGUCCCAUCUGACUAUUUAAUACUGCUUUUUCAAAGGGAGGAGGUCUCUGAAAUGGACAGCACCAACAUGGAGAUUCUUGACCACAGUGCCAAAAUUGAGAAGGGUGCAAGAAUGGGUACCCAUUCAUCUGAAAAACAUCUGGUAGGAGAAGAAGAUGAUGAAGAAGAAAAAACGUUGCCAGAGAAAACCAGAAAGCCAACUAAGGCCACUGAUCCCAAGGCAGUGAGUGUUAACCAUUGUGGAAAAAUCUUUAUGCAAACUGAUCCGGGCCCACAGGGCAGGGCAAAGUGAGAUGGACAUUUUAGGGUACCACUAAAGGAAAGCAAAUGGUUGAUUCCCUCCCCCUCUUUCUUUUUCCUUUCUCCUCCUGUGAAGAGGCUGCAUCUUAAUGUUUUAAUGUUUUAUUUUAAUCUUGUUUUUUAAAUUGUAUUUUAAUCAACUGGUUUUUAUUAUUGGUUGUUAGCUGCCCUGUCUUGGCAGGGGAGGGCGGGGUAUAAAUAAAAUUUAUUAUUAUUAUUAUUAUUAUUAUUCUCAUUAUUAUUCUCAUUAUUAUAUUUACUAUUGUAAUGGGAGGGUGUUGGUUUUCUGCCUCAGAAACCGAAGCAUCUUAGACCACCUCUUAAGGCAGGGAUAGCAAGCCCUGCAGAUGUUAUUGGGCAACAAAUUCCAUCAUCACUGACCAUUGGGCCAUGCUGCUGGGGCAGAUGGGAGAUGAAGUCCAACAAGAUCGGGGGGGACGACAGGCUCCCCAUCCCCGUGUUUUGUGGGGGGAGGAGAAGCAAACAGAGUGUCUGUUAGGUUUAAAGACUCUCCCAAGGCAAAGUACAGUGGUGCCUCGCAAGACGAAAAGAAUCCGUUCCGCGAGUCUCUUCGUCUUGCGGUUUUUUCCGUCUUGCGAAGCAAGCCCAUUAGCGGCUUAGCGGAUUAGCGCUAUUAGCGGCUUAGCGGGCUUAGAGGAUCAGCUGAUAAGCGGCUUAGCGAUCAGCUGUUAAGCGAUUCGCGGCUUAGCGGAUCAGCUGAUAAGCAGUUUAGCGGCUUGGGAAAAAGGGGGGGGAAGGAAAAAAACCCCGCAGGAACUCGCAAGACAUAUUCGUCUUGCGAAGCAAGCCCAUAGGAAAUUCGUUUUGCGAAGCACCUCCAAAACGGAAAACCCUUUCAUCUAGCGGGUUUUCCGUCUUGCGAGGCAUUCGUCUUGCGGGGCACCACUGUACUAUAAACACCAACAAUUGGGAAACACUGGCCUGCAAGCUCUCCCAACUGCAGAACAGCCUUUACCAAAGGUGUCAUGGACUUUGAAGACACCCAAACUCAGGACGAAAGGGAGAAACGCGCUAAGAGGAAGGCACGCUUGGCAAACCUUCACCGUGAUCAACUCCCACCCAGAAACCUGUGUUCCCACUGUGGAAGGAUGUGUGGACAAUGGCGGACCUUCAUGCUCCAGCACCGGGGGGGGGGGGCUGGCACGCAUCCUGGUGGCAUGGCGCCCAGCGCAGGUGGGGGAACAGCCGCGAUGGCACCCCACCAAGAUGCUCCCCCUGUGCUCCUCUUCCUCUGCCAAUAUGUGUUUGAAUCCAGAAUUGGCCUCCACAGUCACUUGUGGACUCGCUGUUAAGACUGCGUUCAUGGACAGUGCCGGAUUUAUGUAUAAGCCAAACAAGCUAUAGCUUAGGGCCCCACUCUCUUGGGGGCCCCAAAAAAGUUUAAAGGGGAAAAAACCUGGAUGUACAUUUCCAAAAUAUAAGAUAAAAAGCAAAUGAAAUAAAACCUACAUACAGUUAAAGGUAAAGGUACCCCAGCCCGUACGGGCCAGUCUUGCCAGACUCUAGGGUUGUGCGCUCAUCUCACUCUAAAGGCCGGGAGCCAGCGCUGUCCGAAGACACUUCUGGGUCACGUGGCCAGCGUGACAAGCUGCAUCUGGCGAGCCAGCGCAGCGCACGGAACGCCGUUUACCUUCCCGCUGGUAAGCGGUCCCUAUUUAUCUACUUGCACCCGAGGGUGCUUUCGAACUGCUAGGUUGGCAGGCGCUGGGACCGAACGACAGGAGCGCACCCUGCUGCGGGGAUUCAAACCGCUGACCUUUCGAUCGGCAAGUCCUAGGUGCUGAGGCUUUAACCCACAGCGCCACCCGCGUCCCAAGCGCCACCUGCGUCCCAUACAGUUAGAGCUUAAUAAUUAUUUCACUAUGAAUAUACUUCUUAAUUGUAUUUCACUAUUAAUAUACUUCUUCUUAAUUGUAUUUCAGUUCAACAAUUACUUUGAUACAAUAUUUUGUUAUGUGCAAAUGGCUUUAGAUACCUAUUAGGUCCAUAAAUUACUAUAUAGCAUAUAUUCAACACAAAAAACAGUGUCAAUUUGUAGUUGACAAAGGACAGCUGGACAUAUAAAGGGCCCCAUUACCUUCAGUAGCUUAGGGCCUCAUCAAACCUAAAUCUGGCCCUGUUCAUGGAAGACCAUCUUACUUGGCUAUGAGGGAUCGCCAAAGAAGAAGAAAACAAAAGAAGAACUCUUAUCAAAUUUUAAAAUUUCCACCAAAACAAAAAUGUGCUAUUCUAACCUGUAUUUGGUUAAACACUAAAUUUCUGUCUUUUAUCCCACCCUGUACUCCACACCCUUUUUCUUUCUUUACUAACAGGCUGCAGGUGUUGUUGAGGACAAAGUGAAGACAGGGAAGAAGAAACCUGAAUUGGUGAGAACUGGAAAUGUAUUGAAAGUGCAGAAGAAGAUGCUCAAGAAAGACAAACGGACAGAUUUUGUUGUAGGUAAAGGAAAAGGCCAUUUAAAAACUGGAUGUUGUUCCUGUGUGAGGGAUUCAGCCAGGGGUCAGCAAACUUUUCCAGCAGGGGGCCAGUCCACUGUCCCUCAGACCAUGUGGGGGGCUGGACUAUUUUUUUUAUUAAGCAAAUGAACGAAUUCCUAUGCCCCACAAAUAACCAGGAGAUGCAUUUUAAAUAAAAGCACACAUUCUACUCAUGUAAAAACACACUUAUUCACUCUCUAGUGAGGAAGCCUCACGGAAAACAGUGGGACUUACUUCUGGCAGUUUGCAUUUCUUAGUUCUUAUGUACUGAGUUGAAUAGGAUUCAGAAUGCAGCAAUCUGAUUGGUCCACAGGAGCCACCCAAUCCAGCUCCAAGUGGAAGUGAAUCCACAACCUGAUUGGCCUACAGGUGAAUCCUGGAAUUAGCCAAUCACGUGGGGCCCAUUGUGUAAAUAAUGUAUAUAAAGCAGACAUUCUGGGAGAACUUCCAUUCCUCCUCACCACUAUGAGCUGAAUAAAGAGCAUGAAAUCCACUCUCGACUCUGAGUAUAUUUCACAAACAUUCUUUGGAACCUGAAUGUCUGAUGUGGCUACUGCGGCUUUCAAUUGGCUGCAGGAGCUUCUUGCAGCCAUCUUAACAUAACAUUCGUUAAGACGAAUGUUAUAUUGUUUAUUACAUUUAUUCCUAUUGUAAAAUCCAAUAAAUUGCUUUAAAAAAAAAAAAAAGGAGCUUCUUGCAGCCAAUCAGAAGCCACGCUUUGGUUUCCGAACGUUUUGGAAGUCGAACAGAUUUUUUAAAAGCGCUAGGGCCAAACUAUAUGUUAUACGAAUACAGUCAUACCGGAUUCCGUUCGACUUCCAAGGUACGACUGUAUUUGUAUAACACAUAGUUUGGCCCUGGCAUUUAAAACAAAAAAAUUUGGCAUGCCCAGAAAACCUUGUGCAAUAGUUUCACGAGAUAAUCUCAGGCGCAGCUCCUGUGUCAUCCUUGUAUGUGUGUGUGUUUGUCUUUUUGCAGGGAAACCAAAACAGAAGAAGGCUGUUUGGAAAACAGUUCCUUCUUCCAAAGAGAAGUCGGCAGGUGUCAAAAGAUCAGAGGCUGCCGUGGACCCAAACCAUGAUGAAGAAAAAGGGGAUGUUGCUGUUGAAAUAGAGCAGAUCAGUUCUCUUCUGGAAGGAGAAGGAGGAGAUGAAGAGGAAAAGGGAGGCUUUUCUGAUCAAAGCCCUCCUCUUUCCAGCCCUCUCAGGGAAGAACCCCUCUUGCCACUUGAAGAAGGUGAAGAACCUUCUGCUGAUGAUGUUCUCCAUCCUUCUGGACCUCAUGCCGUUCCUGCUGAGGAGACGGCUGCUGUUGCCUGCCCAGUAGUUGCCCCUGCAGAUGGCUCCCAGCCUGACACAGCUCUGAGCAAUGACCCACCAGAGGUAAACAAUGUCAUUUUCCUGAAGAGCUGCUUUCUGAGUUCAUUCUUGAACCAUUUAGGAAGGGAGGUGUCAGAUCCACGCAACCAGGGAGACCCAUGAAGCCAGGCCAACACACACGUACUUGCCGCCUGUAAGCUUUCUCGCAGCUGUGCGAGAGGUGCUCUUAGAUCACCCAUGCGGCUGGAUCUAAAAAGCCAGGAAUGCAAGUUGUACCUGACGACUAACAACACGUUGCAUUAAAUGCAUGAAAGUGCUUUCAAUGUGGAUGUAAAAGUAAAGGGAUCCCUGACCAUUAGGUCCAGUCACGGGCGACUCUGGGGUUGCGGCGCUCAUCUCGCUUUAUUGGCCGAGGGGGCCGGCGUACAGCUUCCGGGUCAUGUGGCCAGCAUGACUAAGCCGCUUCUGGCAAACCAGAGCAGCGCACGGAAACACCGUUUACCUUCCCGCUGGAGCGGUACCUAUUUAUCUGCUUGCACUGGUGGGCUUUCAAACUGCUAGAUGGGCAGGAGCUGGGACCGAGCAACGGGAACUCACCCCGUCGCGGGGAUUUGAACCGCCGAGCCCCAGGCUCUGUGGUUUAGAUGUAGGUGAUUCUUAAAACUGAUACUUGAAAGGGUGGUGAUUUUCACUGGGACCACAAUGUGUGUGUGGGGGAGGUUUAGCUCUUCCCUCCCCAGCUGCAAUCCCUAUCAAAAUCCCACCCCCACCCCUUGCAGCGCAAUUCCCUUAAGAUGAAAGUGUCCAUUGGUGCCCUGAAGCUGUUUUUCUAAGAAUAAUUUCCACCGGUGAGCAGGAGUAUGCUGAGGACUGUGGCUGGAAGGGCAGUGUGCCUUCCCUCCGUACAUUAUGAAUCCCCCUUUCAGUACUACCUUUUUUGAAAAACCCACUGGCCAAGGUUGCAUACUAUGCAUUUAUUGGAAUGUGUUCAGUUAGGCCUCGAGGAAUCCUUUGCCCCACGUGGGACUCCAGGAACGCAAGUUUCCCCCCCAAUAUUCACAGGAUGCCGUUCUCAUCAAAACGCCCACCCCUUCACAAUUUAAUCUAGAUUUACUGUUUCCAUGUUUUCGUUUCUGGUUUGGGUCUGGGUCGGGUUUUUUACAUAUCAGUUUUCCUGCAGAAAUAUGGGGAAUAUGGGGUGGGAAUAUGGGUUGGCAUUCGGAUGCAGACCACGCAAUGUGCACCGAGUUCACCAUAAACUGCUGCGUGGAAGCAUCCUGAGUCACAGCAAAGGCAAACUCCACAUGGUUAACGGUGUCAAAAGAGCCCUUCUGGAUCGGGCCCAAGGCCCAUCUCGUUCAGCAUCCUGUUCUCCUAGUGUAGCCUUAUUAGACUUUACCGACUGGUGGGGUCUGCGUUGCUCCCGGGAGGGAGAAAGGAAGUCAACUGACACCGAGGUUGAUUCAGAGAAAGAGUUUAUUCUGCUCUCCGGAUAGCAGAAGGCACUUGCGUGGUCAGUUCACAGCAAGUCCAAAGUGAAAGAAAUUUCAUGCAGUAUAGAUAUCCUCCAGGCACCCUCUUCCCCCUUCCCCAGGAAUCCAACCACGUCAGCUUAUACACGCAGGUUGACAUCACAGAUGUUCCUGCUCCAGUACUCUUAACCAUAAAAGGGUGUUCCUCUUCUUGUACUCUUGACCAUAUAAGGGUAUUCCUGUUCUGGCACUCUUACCUUGGGGUAAGAAGGUCACCAACUCUCCUGGCACUGUUCCCAGACUAGGUCUGUGCAUCAGAGUGUGGUCAGGAUGUAAGAUAAGACCCAGACGUGCCAUCCCUGCUCCACUGGAACAGCCAAGGCCAUCCAUUGCUGUCACGGACUGAUAAGGGAGAGGGCUUUGAGCACUUGUUUAUACAGCUGGCUUUCUGUUUAUACAUUGACUCAAGCUCAAGUUACUGCAUUUUAGAAAUGCUCCCUUGGAGAAGGAAAAUGGGGAUUUUGGGUCAGUUUCAAACUCACUGCACAGAAACCCAUUCCUUCACUAGCGGCCAACCAGAGGCCUCCAGGGAAACCCUUGAGCAGAACCUAAGCACAACAGCACACUCUCUCACCUCCCCCCCCCUUGUGCUUCCCAGCCACUGGACCCGCCUCGGAACAAGCAGGAGGAGAAACUCUCGCGAGAGCAAAUGAUAGCCGAGAGGGCCGAGAAGAGGCGGCUUGCGGUGGAGAGAAAACGGAGGGAGCAGGAGGAGCGGAAGCGGAAGGAGCAGGAAGAGCAGGAGCGCAUGGAGAGGAUGAAAGAGGAAAUGGAACAGGAGCAGCAGAAGAGGAUGGCAGAGAUGCGGUUAGUGAGGGAGGGGGGAGAUGCCCAACAUCAGGGGUAGGAGAAUGAGCAGGAAACACACACACCCCUCUCCAAAUGUAGCAGGGCCAACUUGCCAAACGAACCACAGAUAUCUGUCAGCCUGCAGCGUAUCCUCAGUGUCCUACAAAACUCCCUGCAUUUCUUCCAACACGCAGCCUCCCUCGCUGCCUUUCUUCCAACACCCAGCCUCCCUCCCUGCAUUUCCUCCAAUACCCUGCCUCCCUCCCUGAAUAUCUUCCAACACCCAGCCUCCCUCCCUGCAUUUCUUCCAACACCCAGCCUCCCUCUCUGCAUGUCUUCCAACAUCCAGCCUCCCUCCCUGCAUUUCUUCCAACACCCAGCCUCCCUCUCUGCAUGUCUUCCAACACCCAGCCUCCCUCCCUGCAUCCAUUCCUUCAGAUACAUAUUCUUUAUUGUUUUAUAGAUGCACAUCAGCACACAAAAAUUUACAGUUUUUAACUCCAUUGCCUCCCCACCCCCAGAGUUCACAUUCUGACAGUCAAAAGUGAUGUUGCCAAUUCAGAAACCUUCAUUCAAACUUGUCCAAUUUGCCUUUGCAUCAGAAUGUGGUACUAACGGCCAUUUCCCAUUGCCGACGGAUUGCUGCUCUGCAGUGCCCUCUGGUGUCACAUUUUUAUAACACAUUUUUUAACGUUAUAACAGACCAGUGUAGAUUCGCCCUCUAGCAGUGAUGUCCAAACUUGGCCCUCCAGCUGUUUUGGGACUACAGUUCCCAUCAUCCUUGACCACUGGUCCUGUUAGCUAGGGAUGAUGGGAGAUGUAGUCCCAAAACAGCUGGAGGGCCAAGUUUGGUCAUCACUGCCCUAUAGAAUGCACUGGUUGGCUAUCUUGCCCUUUUAUUAGAGCUAAUAGGGAACCUGCGGCUCUUCAAAUGGUGUUGGGCUUCAGUUCCCACCGUCCCCUGACCAUUGGCCAUGCUGGCAGGGCCUGAUGGGAGCUGGAGUCCAGCAACAUCUGGGAGGACCACAGAUUCUCCAUCCCUAUAAGCUAAACUCCUCUCCCUUGUCUUGUGGGUCCCCUUGCUUUUGCCUGACGUGCCCAUGACCUACUUGGACCUUCCCUCCAACGGACGCCUCUUCGUUUUAGUCUAAGGAAACAGCAGCUGGAAGAAGAGCGCCGGCGGCAGGAAGAGGAAGCGGCAAGGCAGCGGCAAGCUGAGAAGGCAGCCCAGGAACGUGCGCGGCACCAGCAAGAGGAACUCCGCAGGAAGCUCCUGGAAAUGCAAAAGAAAAAGCAGGAGGAGGAGCGAGAACGAGCAGGUACGCCAAGGCAGGCCUUAGUGUCUGGAUCAGUUCCAGGUCUGAGGUCGGGUGGGGGGAACCUUGAUAAGAUGCCCUUCAUGGGCUCCUCCUGUCAGUCAGUGUGGCCCCCUAUUCUGUGAGCUUAUCCACUGGCACUACAAGCUACCGUUUUACUGGCCUUGGCUCCCAGUACGUUUCCGAGCACAAUUCAAAGUGUUGGUGCUGACCUUUAAAGCCCUAAACGGCCUCGGUCCAGUAUACCUGAAGGAGCGUCUCCACCUCCAUCGCUCUGCCCGGACACUGAGGUCCAGCACCGAGGGCCUUCUGGCGGUUCCCUCAUUGCGAGAAGUGAGGUUACAGGGAACCAGGCAGAGGGCCUUCUCGGUAGUGGCACCCGCCCUGUGGAACGCCCUCCCACCAGAUGUGAAGGAAAUAAGCAGCUAUCCUAUCUUUAAAAGACAUCUGAAGGCAGCCCUGUUUAGGGAAGUUUUUAAUAUUUAAUGCUGUAUUGUUUUUAACACUCGAUUGGAAGCCACCCAGAGUGGCUGGGAAAACUCAGCCAGAUGGGCGGGGUAUAAAUAAUUUAUUAUUAUUAUUAUUAUUAUUAUUAUUAUUAUUAUUAUUUCUCACAAAGCCCUCGAGCGCCCAGUACCAUGUCAUGCUGGGAUGCUGUGGCAUGUUAAGAUGGCAGCCGUGUGUGUGUGUGUGUGUGUCCUUUUAAAUAUAUUACUAUAUAAUACUAAUUGGGUACUCCGCUUAUCUCUGGACUUCAAACUGAUCACAGCAGCUAUCAACUAUUAUUAUUAUUAUUAUUAUUAUUAUUAUUAUUAUUAUUAACUGAAUUUUUAUACCGCCCUCAGGGCGGUUCACAGAACAAAAUCAGAAUAUAAAAACCACAAUAUAUAUAAUCAAAAUAAAAACAACAAUCCAAUAACACCCCCCCAAAAGACCACAUUUUAAAAGGGCAUAAGAUGUCAAUCAAAUCAACCAAAGGCCUGGUUAAAAAGGAAUGUUUUUGCCUGACGCCUAAAGGUGUAUAAUGAAGGCACCAGGCGAACCUCCCUGGGGACAGCAUUCCGCAGACAGGGAGCUACUGCAGAGAAGGCCCCGUUCUCAUGUUGCCACCUUCCGAACCUCUUGAGGAGGCAGCACAUGACGAAGGGCCUCAGAAGAUGAUCUCAGGGUCUGGGUAGGUUCAUAUGGAAAGAGGCGGUCCUUGAGGUAUUGCGGUCCUGAGCUGUUUAAGGCUUUAUAGGUCAAAACCAGCACUUUGAAUUGGGCCCUGAAACUAAUUUGUAGCCAGUGCAGUCGUACCAGGAUCGGUGUAAUAUGCUCAAACGGUGUAAUAUGCUAUAUUACACCAACUACUAUCUACAACUAUCUCUUUCCCUUAGAAGCGGAGAAGCGGAGGCAGAAAGAAAGGGAAAUGCAGCUGGAAGAGGAACGGCGACUCUUAGCCGAGAUGGCAGAAGAGCAGCGCUUGGAGUACGAGAGAAGGAAGCAGGAAGAAGAGGAGCGAGUGAGGCGUGAGGCUGAGGAGAGGAGGAGAAGGGAAGAGGAAGAGGCUAGACUUGCAUUAGAGGAAGCAAAGAGACAAGCCUUAUUACUGGCAAGGUACACAACUUCGUACGAUUUGUCUGAAACUCUUGAGAAUCAGUGCCAAGCAAGUGUAGACAAACCAACCGAGGUCCUAAAGAUUGCCAUUAAAGUUCUAAAUGGCUGCUCCGUGGGGUAGGAAACCUUUGGUCUGCCAGGUGUUAUGAACUACCGUAUUUUUCGCUCUAUAGGACGUAUUUUUCCCCUCCAAAAAUUAAGGGGAAAUGUGUGUGCGUCCUAUGGGGCGAAUGUAGGCUCCUUGGCUUCAGCGAUAGCAACACGAAGCCUCCGAAGCGCAGAGGGAGCGCUCCUUCCACGCUCCGGAGGCUUCAUGUUGCUGUCACUGAAGCCUGGCGAGCGAGAGGUGUCGGUGCGCACCGACCCUUCUCGCUCUCCAGGCUUCAGGGAUAGCCGCCUGAAGCCUUCGGAGCGCAGCACGAGUUCCCGCUGCACUAUGGAGGCUUCGGGUUCCUUUUGCUGAAGUCAGGAGAGCAAGACUCCUGGCUUCAGCAGAGAGGGAGAGCUGCGCGGCGCCCCUUCAGCCAAGUGGGAGGAGAAACGGAAGGGGCUCCGUUUCUCCUGCCGCUUCUCUGAAGGGGCACUGAGCAGAAAGAGGGAGAAUUUUUUUUUCUUGUUCUCCCCCUCUAAAACAAGGUGUGUCCUAUGGUCCGGUGCGUCCUAUAGAGCGAAAAAUACGGUACAUUUCCCAUCAGCACCAGGCAGUAUGGCCAAUGAGCAGGGAUUAUGGGAGUUGAAGUUCCACAACAAGGGCCAGAGGUUCCCCACACCUGACUUAAAGGAUCAGGUCUCCCAUAUCAGCAGCCUGCCUGGUGCUUAAGAUCUGUUGGGGAGGUUCUGGCUGGGGCAUGACUAGUUCAGCUGUGAAACAGGGCCUUAUCUGUGACUGCACCUAGAUUAUAGGACUCCCUGCCUCUGGAGGAGUACUAGGCCUCUUGUCUCCUUACCAUCUGGCCAAGACAUUCUUAGCCAUUUGAGCUCGGUGUUUUAAUGGAUUGAGGCUUACCUUAAAGGUAAAGGGACCCCUGACCAUUAGGUCCAGUUGUGACCGACUCUGGGGUUGCAGAGCUCAUCUCGCUUUAUUGGCCGAGGGAGCCGGCGUACAGCUUCUGGGUCAUGUGGCCAGCAUGACUAAGCCGCUUCUGGCGAACCAGAGCAGCGCACGGAAACGCCGUUUUACCUUUCCACUGGAGUGGUACCUAUUUAUCUACUUGCACUUUGAGGUGCUUUCAAACUGCUAGGUUGGCAGGAGCAGGGACCGAGCAACGGGAGCUCACCCCGUCGCGGGGAUUCGAACUGCCGACCUUCUGAUCGGCAAGUCCUAGGCUCUGUGGUUUAACCCACAGCGCUGCCCUUGGCCUACCUUACCUAGGUCUGAUUUAGUGUUUCAUUCCCUGCUGUUUCAUUGUAUUAUGUCAUUAGUUGUGUGGUUUUAAAAUAUAUUGUAAACCACGUGUGAUGGGAUUAUGAGCUGCUUGUGCGUAAAAUCGUAUUCCCUCAGAGUUUGUUCAAGUCCACAAACCUCUGUCUGUGACUGAGCCCCUCUGACAUGGCUCCUCUUAGUCACUAGAAGAUUCCGACAGUGGUUGCUUUCGUAAUCGCUUCCAACAUAAAAGCUCCUUAACGGAAACACGUCUUCUGGACUCUCUGCGUGACAGUUUCCGGCGAGGAGUGGGUGUCGCUACAGGAGGUCCGGAAACCUCACCACUGUUUUCGCUGGAAGUAUCUCUGAGCCAUCCCCCAGCUCCCUUUCCCUCAGUUCAGCUUGUCUCCCCUGCUGGUUUCCUCUUCCGCUGCUGAGUCUCUUCCAACCUGUCUGAGCCCUUUCACCUCCCUCAGUUCAGCUUCUCUCCCCUUGCUGGUUCCCUCUUCAGCUGCUGAAUCUCUUCCAACCUGUCUGAGUCCUUUCACCUCCCUUCCUUCCGAUGGCAGUUCCCUGACAUCCACCUCCCCUCCAGGGCCCCCUUCACCCCCUCUCGCCCCCUCCUCUACGGGCGGUGAGGAGGCAAAACCCCGGAAUGAACUUCCUUCAUCUUCCGAUGUCUCGAACACUUCUCUCCACCUGUUGCGGUUCCUGGUCUCGAAGCACUCCUCCUCCUCCGAGUCCAUCUCCCCUUCCCCUUCCGAUUCUGGGAAUCCUUCCAACUCCUCCUCCUCCUCAGUGGUCCCAAAGUAUUCCCUCCGGAACCUCUCCACAGGCUGAGGUUUCCGCGGGAACCUUUGAUGGAACAUUUCUAUCAAUACCUCGUCAUUGAUAUCUUUGGCCAUUACCCACGUGUUUUCUGACUCCGGUUCUCCUUCCCACGCUACCAAAUACUCCACCUGAUUCCCCUUCCACCUGGCAUCAAGGAUUUCUGCCACAUGACUGCUGCAUUCUCUUUCUUCUAUGACCGGUCCCCGAGUGUCCAUCCCUUCUCGUCCCCUCGUACGGUGACAGUAACGACCUGUGAAAUACUGGGUGCAGUUUCAUGUGGUUGGGUAACCGGAGCCUGAAAGCCACUGGGUUGACCUGUUGAAUGACCUCAAAGGGACCCAACCUCCUGGGUCGUAAUUUCUUACAACCUCCUUUGAACGGCAACCCUCGGGUUGACAGCCACACCCUAUCUCCAACCCUUAUGGUUUCACCUUCCCUUCGGUUCUUGUCUGCCUGCCUCUUGUAUUCUUCCUUCGCCCUUUCUAAGUUGAGUUGGAGCUGACGGUGGAUUGCUUCCAUUUCUUCUACAAAAUGCUCGGCUGCCGGUACGCUCCAUCUCUCCCCUUCUCCCCUGGGAAAGCCCUGGGAUGACACCCAUAAUUAGCCAAGAAGGGGCUCAUCCCUGUGGACACAUUCUCGGCAUUGUUGUAGGCAAAUUCCGCCAGCGCCAACUUUUCUACCCAGUCAUUCUCUCUGUCAUUGACAUAACACCUCAGGUAUUGCUGGAGGACACCGUUUGCUCUUUCCGCCUGCCCGUUGGUUUCAGGGUGCCGGGCAGUCGAAAGUUGACCUCCACCUGCAGUAAGCUCAUGAGCUUCCUCCAGAACCUGGAAGUAAAUUGUUUUCCUCGGUCUGAGACCACCCUCAAUGGCACCCCGUGCAACCUAAAAAUGUGUUCUACAAAUAACUUCGCUGUCUCUUCCGCCGUGACUGCAUGCGAGCAAGCUACAAAGUGGCACAUCUUUGUUAGUAGGUCUACCACCACCAUGAUGGCUGUUUUCCCUUUGGACUUCGGCAGAUCAGUCAUAAAAUCUAUCGACACUGCCUCCCAAGGUCGUUCUGGUGUUGGUAAGGGUUCUAAUAGCCCCGCCGGCGCCCGCCUUUCCCCUUUGGCUCGCUGGCACUGCUCGCACCCUCUUACAUACUCACGUACAUCCUCCCUCACCUUAGGCCACCAAAAUUCCCUGGUGACCAACCACAUGGUUUUGUGUUGCCCAAAAUGCCCGCCGUGGGGCUGUCAUGCAACUGCUUGAGUACCCUCCCCUUAAGUCUCCUUCAGGGAUAUACAGUGCCCCUUUGUAAUACAAAGCUCCAUUUCUUUCCUCGAAACCCCUUGAUUCCUCUCCCUCAUCCCUAAGACCUCUGAGCUUAUUCUGGGCGUAUUCAUCAUUCUCUGUUUCUUCUACCAGUUCUCUUUGUCCCACCAAUGCCGCCCCACACACCCAGCGGUCCUCUGGAAUGACAUGUCUCUCUUCGGGUGCUCCCUCCCCUCCCAAUAUUCAGGUUUGCGUGAGAGAGCGUCCGCCCUAAUGUUCUCUGGGCCUGGCACGUAACAAAUCUCAAAGUUAAAUUUGGAGAAUUCCUGGGCCCAUCUCACUUGCCGUUGGUUGAGCACUCGUGCCGUCCUCCAAUACUCUAGGUUCUUGUGGUCAGUGCACACUUGCACCUUAUGUUGUGCGCCAAUUAGCAGGUGCCUCCAUCUCCGGAACGCCUCAUGAAUGGCUAGUAGUUCUCGGUCAUACACCGUGUAGUUCCUCUCGGAUUUGUUCAGCUUUCGCGAAAAAAAGCACACGGUCUCCACUCUGACUCCUCCUUCCCUGGCUGGAGAAGCACCGCCCCAACCGCUCUGUCUGAUGCGUCAGUUUCCACUCUCAUCGGUUUUUGUAAAUCCACAUGCAGGAGCUGUUGUUCCGAGGCGAAGGCCCUUUUAGUUCCUCAAAUGCUUGCUCCGCCUCCUCCGUCCAAACGAACUUCUUCUUACUGCUGAGACAGUCCGUAAUGGGCGCCGUCAGGUGGGCAAAGUUUGGGAUGAACUUACGAUAGAAGUUCCCAAACCCUAAAAACCUCUGCACAUCCUUCCUUGUUUUGGGUGUUUUCCAUUCCAGUACCGCCUGGACCUUGCCGGGAUCCAUGGCCAACCCCUUGUCAGACAGGCGAUACCCCAGGAAUUCCACCUCCUUGGUAUGAAACUGACACUUCUCCAGUUUCACCCACAGCUGGUUGGCUUGCAGCCUGCUCAACACUUCUCUGACGUCUCUCACAUGCUGCUCCUCAUUCUCAGAAUACACCAACACGUCGUCUAAGAAGGCCACACAAUUCUUGUAAAGCAACGGCCCCAGGACGUGGUUCAUAAACGAUUGAAAUGUUGCGGAGCCUGCUUGUAGACCGAAGGGCAUAACUAAGUAUUCAAAUGCCCCUAAAGGGGUGAACAUGGUGGUUUUCCAUUCAUCCCCCUUCCUUAUUCGUAUCAGGUUGUACGCCCCCUUAGAUCCAGCUUGGUGAAAAUCUUUCCCUUUCGCACCCUUGUCAAAAUGUCGUCAAUCCUGGGCAUCGGGAAGGCCACUGGUUCUGACACUGCAUUUAAGGCCCUGAAGUCACACACCAGUCUCGGCUUGUUCGUGUUUUUGUCCACAAAAACACUGGGCUGCCCCCACCGCCCUGGACUCUCUGAUGAACCCUCUCUUCAGGUUCUUGUCAAUGAACUCUCUUAGCUCCUGCAUCUCUCUGUCUGACAUGGCGUACAGCUUGCCCACAGGGAGCUGUGCCCCAGGGAGCAAAUUGAUUUGACAGUCAAAGGCUCUAUGCGGUGGUAGUUGGUCAGCUUCCCUUUCGCUGAAGACGUCGCGGAGAUCUGCGUAUUGUCGUGGUACCUUCACGUUCUCCUUCACUUCAGUCCCUGCUAGGGUGGCUUGGGCCCCUGCCAAAACCUUUCCCUCUUUGCAAUGUUCUAAGCAAUGUGCUGACCCAAAAGAAACCACUCUCUGAUGCCAGCCCACCAGCGGAUCAUGUAACGCUAGCCAGCUCAUCCCCAAUAUAAUGGGAGCUCCUCCCAAGGUGGCCACAUUAAAAGCUAUCAGUUCAGUGUGCCUUGCCACCUUCAUUAUCAUUGGGACGGUCUGCAAGCUGACUUCUCCUCCCAACAGCUCCCUGCCAUCGAUCGUGGUUACCUGCAGGGGUUGCUUAAAGGGAGCGUCUGUAUCUGGUGUUCAGCUGCAAACUCUUUGCUCAUGAAAUUGCAGGAGCUGCCUGAGUCCAACAGCGCCUUUAUCUUUAGAGGGUGUCCGUUUGGGAGCUCUAGUGUCACUUCUAUCACUAGGGCGGGUUUAGGAGGUUCUGGAGUGGGCACUUUCACUGCUCUUUGGCCUGGCUGCUGUGCCCCGACAAUGGCAGCCAGGCGUUGGCUUUUAGUUGCUCCGGUAUUUUUCCUCUCUUCCCUCCACAGCUCCCACCAUCCCUUGCCAUUCCUUCCUCUGGGGGCAGACUCUGGCAAAGUGCCCUGGCUGUUGGCAGAGAUAGCAUUUCCGGGCGCCUUUUCCAUCCUUCUUCCCCCCUCACUGGGCUUUGAAACUGCGCGCGCGCGCGCUGUUCCGAUUUCCAUCGGCUCUGCCGGCGGGACAGUUGGCUCUGGAAUGUCUGGAAUGCGGAACUCCUUCCAACGUUCCCCUUUCCCUUCCCGCCUCUCCAAUGCUCUCGCCUCCUGGCGCGCUCCUAUGGCCAGCGCUGAUUUGGUCAGCUGGUCCAUAGACUCCGCCCUGGGCGCCCGGGAAAGUUCAUCUUUCACAGCCGAAGAAAGCCCUUCUUCAAAGAGCAUUUGAAUGGGUUCCGCCGAUAAGUCCCACCCCAAUCUGUGUAUCAGCAUGGUGAACUCAGUCCAGUACUCACGUACAGAUCGGCUCCCCUGUUUGCAAGCCAUUAACUGUCUGCGCACCACUCCCUUUUCAAUAUCGCUGGAAAACAUCAGAUCCAUGGCGCGAAAGAACUUCAUCGUGUCUUUUAAGACGUCACUAUUCGCUGCCAUCAGGGUCUAACCCAGUCUCUCGCCCCCUUUCAAGAUGCCCAAUCACAAAAGCCACUCGUGAUUCCUCAUCAGGGAAUCAUCAAACUGCAGAUUGAGGGCAUAUUGCAUUUCUGUCCGAAAGCUAUGAUAGUCUUUGGGCUCCCCCCCAAAUUUUUGCACCAAUCCUGGUACCUUUCUGGCGAGCUGGGUGGCUUUCUCCCUUUGUCUGCAUCUUGAGCCCUCCUCUCCUCCAGCCUCGCCGUCUGCAGCGCCAGCUGGACCUCUAACACCCGGUACCUUUCUUCCAGGCUUGGACCCGCUCCAGCCCCUGCUUCUCCGGUUCCUGCUGGGUUGCUCAUUAUUAUGCCGUCUCCUGCACAAGCUGCGUUCAAAGACUGUCGGAAUGCUGUGAUGGGAUUAUGAGCUGCUUGUGCGUAAAAUCGUAUUCCCUCAGAGUUUGUUCAAGUCCACAAACCUCUGUCUGUGACUGAGCCCCUCUGACAUGGCUCCUCUUAGUCACUAGAAGAUUCCGACAGUGGUUGCUUUCGUAAUCGCUUCCAACAUAAAAGCUCCUUAACGGAAACACGUCUUCUGGACUCUCUGCGUGACAGUUUCCGGCGAGGAGUGGGUGUCGCUACAGGAGGUCCGGAAACCUCACCACUGUUUUCGCUGGAAGUAUCUCUGAGCCAUCCCCCAGCUCCCUUUCCCUCAGUUCAGCUUGUCUCCCCUGCUGGUUUCCUCUUCCGCUGCUGAGUCUCUUCCAACCUGUCUGAGCCCUUUCACCUCCCUCAGUUCAGCUUCUCUCCCCUUGCUGGUUCCCUCUUCAGCUGCUGAAUCUCUUCCAGCCUGUCUGAGUCCUUUCACCUCCCUUCCUUCCGAUGGCAGUUCCCUGACACCACGCUAAGGACAAGUUACCGUAUUUUUUGCUCUAUAAGACUCACUUUUUCCCUCCUAAAAAGUAAGGGGAAAUGUGUCUUAUGGAACGAAUGCAGGCUGCGCAGCUAUCACAGAAGCCAGAAUAGCAAGAGGGAUUGCUGCUUUCACUGCGCAGCGAUCCCUCUUGCUGUUCUGGCUUCUGAGAUUCAGAAUAUUUUUUUUUCUUGUUUUCCUCCUCCAAAAACUAGGUGCAUCUUGUGGUCUGGUGCGUCUUAUAGAGCGAAAAAUACGGUAUAUGCACUGUACAACAGAAAGUAAUGGCCUGAGUUACCUGCUUACUGAUAUUCAUCCACCUCUCUGCUUUCAGACAAAGGGCGGACUCAGAGAAGGAGAAAGAAUUCCAUUAUAAGCUGCUUGUGGAAGCUGGGGGGCUAGAACGAAGGCAAGCGAUUUCACGCCCAUGGGUUUAUUCGUAUUUCCAGCAUCCUUUUUUAAAUAUGGGAGAUGAGAAUUAAAGAGCGAGAACUUUUUCCAAGAACAACUCGCAGCCACGUAGCUGUGUUGUUCUCGCCUUACUCCAACAUGUCAGCAUCCCUUUAUUCACUUGUAUUUAAUUCAAUAGAGGUUGUUAAUCCACAUGAUGAGAGCUGUUGCGUUCUGACUUAACCAUCUGGCAGAUUCCCAGUCAAAAGCUAUUGCCAAAGCCCUCUUUCUAAAACAAGCAACGGAGGGGGGAAAUGUCUUCAUCUGGACCACUGGGCAAUUUUGGACAUUGGGCAUUAUUUGUUGGCAAGAAAACCUGGAGAGUCUGGAGAAGCCACCGUUGGAGAAGUCAGCUGUCAGUGAAAUCGAAUGAAAGUUGCACUCCGUGUUCUAAAACACGAACAGCAGAUUGGUGAGCCAUAGGCAACAUCAAGAAAACAAAGAUCAUGGCCACUGGUCCCAUCACCUCCUGGCAAAUAGAAGGGGAAGAAAUGGAGGCAGUGAGAGAUUUUACUUUCUUGGGCUCCAUGAUCACUGCAGAUGGUGACAGCAGCCACAAAAUUAAAAGACGUCUGCUUCUUGGGAGAAAAGCAGUAACAAACCUAGACAGCAUCUUAAAAAGCAGAGACAUCACCUUGCCAACAAAGGUCCGUAUAGUUAAAGCUAUGGUUUUCCCAGUAGUGAUGUAUGGAAGUGAGAGCUGGACCAUAAAGAAGGCUGAUCACUGAAGAAUUGAUGCUUUUGAAUUCUGGUGCUGGAGGAGACUCUUGAGAGUCCCAUGGACUGCAAGAAAAUCAAACCCAUCCAUUCUGAAGGAAAUCAGCCCUGAGUGCUCACUGGAAGGACAGAUCCUGAAGCUGAUCCUGACUCCCUGGAAAAGACCCUGGUGUUCGGAAAGAUUGAGGGCACAAGGAGAAGGGGACGACAGAGGACGAGAUGGUUGAACAGUGUUCUCGAAGAUACCAGCAUGACUUUGACCAAACUGCGGGAGGCAGUGGAAGACAGGAGUGCCUGGCGUGCUCUGGUCCACGGGGUCAUGAAGAGUCGGACACAACUAAACAGCAGCAACAGCAGCAGGCAUCAUGUGGACCGCAAGUUAGUUUUGUCUGGACAACACCCCCUCCCCAAUUCACUAGUUUUGCGCUUUCUCGAGGCCAGGGACGAGGAACCUGUGAUCUUCCAGAUGUUGAGACCGUGGCUUCAUUCAUCCCUGAACACUGGCCGUGCUGGUUGGUAUGGGAGGGAGUUGGGAGUCCAACGACGUUCAAUUCAGAGCGGCCUCGCCGUACGACGAAGGUUGUGAUUCAAGUGGUGUCACACAAAUGUCACCCUUAGCUCUUAUGGAAAGCUUGGGCAGCCUGGGGCACUUCAGUUUUUGCUUUAUGUAUCAUUGCUAGCGUAUGCUUCAGAAUGGGGUACAGCUAUAAAAACAGAUCGAUUCCCAGUUCACAAAGAAGUAAAACACCCAAGUUGGAUUCAUCUAUCCAGGCUGAUUAAAGGAGUUUCCUACAAAUGUCUGAGGAACAGAGACAAGUUUUAAUCUGGCAGUGUUGACACCAACCAUGCUUCUGAGAGGACAGGCCUACAAAUGGGACACCAUUGCAGAGAAGAUCCUUUCCCAUGUCAACUCAUGUGAUUUGUAAUCCAGCACAUAGCUGUCAAGUGUCCCUUAUUUGAAGGGACAGUCCCUUAUUCCAGCACCAUGUCCCGCUGCUGUCCCUUAUUGAUGGAUGUCCCUUAAAUGAUGUCCCUUAAAUUUCAAAGGAAGCAGCUCCUCUCCCUCCCUCCCUGCUGGGAGGAGGGAGGCUCCAACUGUGUUGCUUGGCUGUGUUGCUCACCCAAGAAGUCUAAGAACGACUGGGGGGUGGAGCUUGCAUGCCUUGUGUGUGGCUAGUUAAUGCAAGCUGGCUGGACGCCAUUUUGUUGCACGUGCUGCUGCCAACUUUGCAGUGCAAAGCCAGGCCGGGGAGCCAUCUUAAGUUGAGGCUGCAUAGGCCUUGUGGUGCAUGUGAUUCAGAUUCUAUUCAGUUGAACCUCUGGUUACAAAGUUGGUAGGACAGUGUUCUCGAAGCUACCAGCAUGAGUUUGACCAGACUGCAGGAGGACAGGAAGACUGGAGUGCCUGGAACAGGUGAGGCUGCAGGUCCCUUAUUUUGGCUGCUGGUCCCUUAUUUUCAAGGCUGCUGGUCCCUUAUUUUCAAAUUUGUAAGUUGACAGCUAUGAUCCAGCAUCACCUAGCAGGGCUCUGUGAGCCACCAGCUUAUAGAAACUGGAAAUGGAACAGGAUGCAAAAUCCUGGCUCGCUCAUUUCUACAGAACGUGGGGGCGACUGAUACCUAUGAGCUAGUUGGGUUAUUCAUUCGAGUGGCCCAGGAAGAGGAGGAAAACAGCAGGUGCCAGGCUAAAAACACAUUUCCAUUCACGUUUCACUCAGCUUGUUUAUUACUGUAGUCAUGGAUAACACUUAAACCCCAUAUGCCAAUUUUUGAAAACAAAUUUUAAUUUUUAAAAAAAGUUCAGCAUGUGUACAAAAAGGCAUCAGAAGUGGGACAUGGGAACUACAAGCAUUGGAGAAGAUCCAUUAACACUUUACAAUUAAGUGCCAGCUUAAAAAUAAAAUUAAACUCACAAUCAAAUGGUGUAUUAAAAACAUGCUUAAGAACAUUGCAGUCUCAAUUUCUGUCCUUUCCCCAAUCCCCUUGCAAGAGGGAAAAACAAAAGAGGUAGAGCAAUGUGUUCCUAAUCCUGCCAUCAUCAUACCAUAAACCUGAGCUAAAGGGCCCCUUCUAGCAUGACAGGUUUUCUAUGACACUGUUCCGCGAUUUACUAAAAUAGGUACGGAGGUCAAAAAGUGUUCAGUGGGAUAACCAAUCGGGGAAUACAGUUUUCCAACCCUCAAUUAAGAAUACUACUUCACAGAACAAACUCCACAAAAACCGAUGAAUAGCUUUUAUUUUGGGAAGCUGCUCUAACCAUUCACCAUUUGGUUUGGGACAGCGUUGGCUUGAAAUGUAUUUUCAGGAAUCCCUAUACCCUAAGAACGCUUACGUGUGCUCCCUGGAAAUCCGUUAGGCUUACUUCUACAUAAUACAAGAAAUAAGGUUUGGCGCAAGGGCUUUGAUGCUGAUCCUACGAAGUCACACGACAAAACUUUGCAGUUCACAGGAUGAAAUUCUUGAUCAUGUCUUGCAAGUAGCUCUGGCCCGUCUCACACUAGUAUUAUGCAAGCAGCAAGCAGAGCUCAUGCAUGGUUUUCAUUGCCACAGAGCACAGCAUUGAUGAACCUAAAGAUUACCUAGGAUUUCCAAUGCAACACAAGGCGCUCAGUUUAGAAAGAGUUACGCGUGCUUAAACUGCAUUAAAAUCAAUGGAGCAAGUUAGUUGUGGCUAAGUUGAGCUCCAUCAAUUUUAAGUGAGCAUUUUCUGUGACUAUUCAAAACAUACACCUUAGUGUGCCCCUUUUACACCUUUAAAAAAGGUCAUGAAGUGUUCACGGCAGGGGGCUCACAAAAUACUUGGGCACCCCUCCCCCAAUUCUUGCAACCUUUUUCAACAUUACGCUAACAUUAGUUUUCAGAACCGAGGAGGCAUUUACCAAAGACAUCUAUUAGUUGAAGAUAGACUGCUACUUAAAAUUUGAGAGCAAGCGGCAAAGAGCGUGCUAGUUCGCAAGGUGGAAUAACAAAAUCAGUUGUUGCCACACUGUCAUAUCCUCAGGCACUGGUCAAUGGCUGAAAGCCAGUGUUCCUUAAAUAUUCUUCACUGCUUCUGCCAAACAGUAUCCAAGCCACAGGUAUCUCAAAAAAUGCAGAUGCUUAUAAAUUUGUUUCCUCUCAUUUAUUUAAAGGGAAGCCAGUACAGUCUAUGUGUGCAUUCAAAAACCACAUCUCAGGCCAAAAGGUACCACAAAAGAAUGAAAUUCUUAGCAACUCUCAGUACAUGAAAGUACUAAAAAUCAGAAUGUUCCUGGGCUCUUCUGCCGAUGAAAAAUCAGUAGGAUUUCCCAAGUUCUCUUCGGUGAUUUCAUGUAUCUCAUACCC